AUGCCUCCGUCGUCGGCGCCGGCUGCUCCCUGGAAAAGCUUCACUCUGGCUUUGCUCUUAGCCACCGGCGGAGCGACUCCCUCGAGGCGGGUGAGUCGUGACGGGGAGGAGGGCGCGGGGCUGAGCGCUAUAUCCGAGGGCGCUUGGCCAGCUUGCAGCUUGGCUACUACUACUCGACGGGGUUUGCUUGUCUUUGCUCGGCUUCCCUCCACGGUCUUGCCCCGAGCGAGUGCGAGAGGAAGAAGGGGGGGGGGGAAGAAGACCAUUUGCCCCAAGACACAGCGCCAGGGCUGCCGGCGUCGAUCCCUCUCGCUCCCACCCCCAGCCAGCAAAAUCUUUUGAGCCACUUUCUCCCGCCCCUCGGACAACUCCCUUGUCUUCAGGCAGUUUGGUCUGCGAGGGCAGAGGAGCUCGACGUACUUGGAUUUCUUGGCAGUUACCAUUCUCCCUUCCGCCGCUUUCCUCCUUCCGUAGGCCAAGGGCAGCCGGGCUAUGCUACAUAUAUCUGAGCAAUAGUGCGGGAGGAGGGUGGGUGGGUGGGUGGGGGAGUUCAGUUAUAAAGCUGGCGGGGUUGCAACCACCGUCAAAAGUUUAUACGAUAUACACAGGGUUUCCCCCCCUAAAUCAUUGCUUAUCAAAUGGCUGUUUGCAACCGGUAUCGCAAAGCAGCGUUCAGAAACUGAGUGUUCCACUGGUCUAAGACGCGCUCAUCCCAAAAUCUUGACAAUAUAAUAGAGACAUGCCUGACACAGGGAUGAAAAAGGGGACCGUCUUCUCCUAGAGUACCGGGGGACUGAUUUCUCUGGGUGUCAGGCGCUCCUAAACAAAAGCCACUUGAUCCCAGCUGAAGCAUUUCUGCUAUAGUUUACUCUGGAGCUGUUUCCUACAGCCAUACAAGCACUACUCUGCCUCUUGGUGUCUGCUGUUGUGUGUGGCAUUACCUUUAAAAGACUAUUGGGGGUGGGAUGCUCAGAUUAGCUGGCUGUGUCAGGGACUUGGAUGGCAUUAAGUGAACUUGCAAAGACAGCUUCAGUUUGUAUAUAGGCUACUCAAGCAGCGUCUGCACUGGGGUAUACAAUACCCAUAUAUGAAUGAAUUGAAUGAAUUUUUAUUACUUCGGUCACAGACCAGUUCCAGCCCACAUACAAUAUCAAGGAAGUCAUAAAACACGAUAGGGAUACAUUUGAAUUUGCAAUUAGGUAUAACAGGGGCAAUACAGGUAAAGCAACAGUUAAAAAAUACAUACAUUAAAACUUAGUCACUAACAUAUAGCCUAAAAUUAUCAUUUAAGGCCUUAAUCAUUAUGAUAGCAUAGCUUGUUCCCUAAGUUUUAUGGCAAUUGCACAGAAUUUGGCUACCCUUAACGUGAUCUCAGGAUCCUUGUCCUCUACCAGGGAUUUUAGACAAGUACCCAUGUAUAUUGUUUGGGACUGUGUUGUUUGCUAGUGGAGAAUAAAAUAUAGGGCUUUCAAAAAGGUGUUGAAUGGCCUCAUCUGCGUAUCAUUACCUUAUCCGUACCAGUCUCAGUGCUGGGUUUCAGCAUUCUCAGAACUGGGAAGGUGUGAUGCUGAAUAUAUUUUAAGUACAUGCAAAGUCUGUAUAAAAUGCUUAUGAAUUUGUGGGUGCUUUUUCUUUUCUUUAAAACGGUAAAAUUUCAUACCUUUGUGACUUUAAAUAUACUGAAAAUAAAUACCUAAAAAUGCUAAGCUUUGUGUAGCUAAUGAAUGUUUUUGCUCAUGUGAAAGAUGCAGUGGGCUUCUCCUCCAAGGAAGUGUGCAUACAGGCCAAGAAUCUUUUGUGGUCUCAGCAACUUCACAUAAAUUUAAACUUCUUAAAAGAAUCAUGGUUUACCUUCAUUUACCUUGAAGUAGUUUUGAUUCAACUACAGACAUUCUGGACAUUUUGACACCUGCGUAUGAGCAUCAUGUGCCUCUUUGCCAGUAGAAAUUGGCGCAUAUUGUAAGUGUUGGUCAAAAGGAAAUGGUAAAUUAUGCGGUCAGACUUUUCUUUUCUUUUUCUUUUUUAAAAAAGCAUGCAUCCCAUAGAAAAUGCUAGAAAAGAGAACAAGAUGAUUUUGCAAUAAUGGAAUAAACCUCCUUAUUUGUCUUAGUUAUAGCUGUUAGCAAAUUAUUGCCAAUCCUCUUGGUUGACACAGCAUCCAGAAAGAGCUUUCAAACUAGGUGUGCUGGAAAAGAUCCUGAGGGAUUUUUUUUUUAAAGUAUGGGCAGUAAAGUAUCGUGAAGUUCAGUUAGUUGGUCUGAAGAUAAUGUCCCCCGUAAAUAGAAUGUUAAGUUUAUGCUGCAGUGUGAGUUUAUUCAAAGCAUUAACAGUCAGUGCAUGAAGCCAAGACUGAAUUGCUAGUUGAAAUACAUGAGUUUAAAGAAUGGAAGAGAGUAUCAGCAAAAUGUAUAAUUUUGCUUUAUUAGUUUUGCCAUUAAUGUAGAAAGAGUACUUGGGGUAGGAUAAAUAUUCUUUUGUGAUUCAGUACCUUCAGUAUUUAGCCUUAAAAAAAACCUUUUUGGGGGGGUCUUUCAAGGUCUUGUAGCGGUACCAUUUAUAUAUUUACUACGUUUAUAUUCUGUCUUUCUGCCAAGGAACUCACAACAGCAUAGUUGGCUCCUCUCCCCUUUAUUUUCUCUUCAACAUAACCAUGGAGGUAGAUAAUGUUGACUGACACUAACCCAUGAUCAUCUAGUGUGUUUUGUGGCUGAAUGGGAUUUUAACUUUGGUCUCCUUUGUCCUAGUCUAACCACUGCACCAUGUGGACAUGUUGAAGAGAUUUCUGGUCCCUCUCCUGCAAAACACCAACAAAGGUUUAUUAAAAAUAAAUAAAAUGUAUAAUUUCAUAAAUGGUCAGUCAUUGUCCUGCUUUCAGGAAUAUCUUCUGACCUAGCAAGUUCCAGUGUCACCCUUGCUUGUCAGGAGGUGUUUGGCGCUGGAGGUCAAGCACAAUAAUUGCCUGUGAAAUGGGUUUGCUUUAUGAAGAGGAAGUGAGACUCUGAGCUCGAUGAUGAGGAUUAGAGGGGAUAUGGCAGGAAUGGUGUCAUUGGGGUAGUGGAAGAAGAAUGACACACUGUUGCAUACUUGAAUGAAUGGAUCCUUCAUUAGUAUUCCAUGGGUCCAAGACUGAACAAAACAGAAUUACAAAAUGAGCAGAUAAAGGAUGGAGAGGGAGGCUGCCACCACCACAGUAGUGCAGGUGACAGAAUGAGGCCAUUUCAACAGUAAGGAUUGAGCAGAAUGAGAAGAUGCAGAAUGAAAAGCAAAAACUCAUAUCUUUGUCCCAUUUGCUUAAGAGAGCAAUCUUAAGAUGCAAGCUUCUGUGACAAGGCCUCAUUGAGGAUGAGGGAAGAUAGGCUUAGGCAGAUACUGUUUUUGCUGUAGGCAACCCAAGGAGCUGCUCAACAGACGGGCUUGAAAGAGGCACUUUCUUCUUUAGAAUUACAUGAGCUCUUGAUGCAGUUUUAUAACCAAGCCUCUCUGCAUUUCUUCUCUUGACCAGGUGGCAUUGACCUGAGUUAGACUUGUGCAGUGUCUUCUGGUUUCUAUUAAUGUGCCCUCAUUCUGUCACCUGCAGUAUAUUACUAUACUGCAAAAAUGAGGGAUCAGUCCCAAUGGGGCUGCAAACAUUUUUUUUUAAACAAAAGUUUUACCAAAUAAUAGUAGCCUCUUAAUGUUGUAAUAAAAAGUUUUCAAUAUGUUAGAGCUAAUAACACAAUUCUUCAAAAGGGAGCUGCACAUUAAAGAAGGGAAGGUUAUUACAAAAAGAUCCUUUAAAUAUUUGCCACAACUCGCUAUUUCCAUUUUUUAAAGAUGCCCAACAUAGGGUUUAAAAAGCAAAGAAUAUGAUAACUUGUACUCCACUAACACAAUUCUGGCAAAAUCGAGCAAUUUAAAGUUGAAUUUAGUAAGGCUUAUAAAAUGAGAACUUUGGGCUGGAUGGUACCCUGUGAGAAUGAAGAGAGAGCUUGUUUGAAAACUCCUUAAUACACGCAAGAAUGAAUAAAAGUCAUGCUCAUUCCUGUAGCAACUAACCACAGAAAAUACAUAUCUCAAAAGAUGCUGUUGAUCAGCUAGCUGCCCACAUCAUAGUUUUCUUGUUCUCUAAGCCAUAUGUUUAAGUUCAAUUCUAUCCAUUCUAUUCAGUGGGACUUCUCUCAGGUAGGUGUGUAUUGGUUUAUAGCUUUAUUGGCAAAAUUAUUGACAAAUUUCAAGAAACCCAUCCAUCUAUGCUGCUUGCUUUUCCAUUUCUGUUUAAAGUUCCUUAAAUGUUUCUAACAAAGUAACAUACAUCAAACAUCUGUUGGUUUAAUGCUGUACUUUAUUCGCAUUCAUGUACUGCUCAACUUGAAAUGUGCUCACUUAACUGCAUUUCUUGUGCUCUGUUGUGUCUGGGGAGCUCGUCAUAGAUAUUUCUGCUGUUCCAAUAGCUAACCCAUUCAAUCAGUGGUAUGCAAGUAUCUUGAAUAAACUGGGAGGAAAUGAAGAGAAGCUCUUUUACUUGCUCUAGACUUCCUGACGUGGACAGCUUGCGUAUUAACUGUAUUUUUUGCGUUGAGGUGACUUGACCAUGCUGUUAACUCUUUUUCAUUCCUGAUUGGAUUGUGCCAUUGAAGAAUUAAAAUAAAUGUAAAUUGUAUCACUUUAAAGAUCCAUUCUGUUCAAGAUCCAUUCAGUUGUGAAGUCCUCACAAUAGCUACACAAAAAUUGAUACUGAACAUUGUAUUCCUGGAACAUAAUGUAUCUCUGUCUGUAGUUCCUUCUCUACCUAUAGUAGCAUUUUUAGUAAUCAAACUGUUAGCGUCAUGCAUUUUUGGACAGUUUAUUCAUGCUGUCUUCUGAAUGAACGUUAAAGUAGAGCGGUAGUUUCAAAGUGGAGAAAUCAGUAUAGAAGGGUGGAGAAUUCAUAUAUUUGCUGCACUCUAUAGAUUAGGGCAACUCUUUAAAUUGCUGAGAGGAGAAAACGUGUAUCUUUCAUCAGUAGGGAAGGAUCGUAGCUUUGAGUCAGUGGGCGAGCUCUCUCUCGUGCAUGCUUUCUCGUGUGUUUUAACAUAAUAACUUGCUUCUUCCCAUUGUCUGAUAGAAGUCAUUCAAAAAACUUUAGCUUGACUUUUUCAUAAAUUACAUUUGUACUAAAUAGUAAAACUCUGCGGGAAGUUUCACAUAUUGUUAGUACCACUUUAAACUGUUAAGUUUUCUUAUAUUAAGUAAAGUUGUAAUCAUGCCCACUGCUAUUUGAUUUAAGUGGCAUGUAAGCAUUCCUAGAAUCGCAGAAUUGUAGAGCUGGAAGGGACCCUGAGGGUCAUCUAGUCCAACCUUAUGCAAUGCAGGGAUCUCAACUAAAGCAUCCAUGACGGAUGACCAUCCAACCUCCACUUAAAAAUCUCCAAUGAAGGAGAGCCUACCACCUGCCCAGGGAGUCCGUUCCACUGUUGAACAGCUCUUACUAUCAGAAAGACCUUUCUGAUGUUUAGUCUGAAUCUCCUUUCUUGUAACUGGCAGCCAUUGGUUUGUCUCCUACCCUCCAGAUUGCCAUCAAAGUAUUUAAAUGCAAAUCUCCUUUUGAACACCAGUAGUGGAAAUUUAUUUGCAAAUGGAAAUACGCACACCAUUGAGUAGUGGUCUCAUGAGAAUGUUGUGCAAAUUUCAGCUUGGGCAAAUGUUUUCUUAAAUUUUAAGUACAGAAUAAGACUGCCAAUAUCUCCUAAGGGAAAAUUAAGUAUUCACUGCUUUACUCGCUUGGUUGCUCUUGAACAUGAAGGUGCUAUGUCUUUUGCUUGUCAAAUCCUAAAUGUCAAAAAUGGCACAACACCUUUAUUACAUUGUGCCUAGUCUUCUCCCAGAGAAAUUGAGAUUUAUGGCAUACUACUAAUUUAUCCCCCUGUUAUAUAUCAAGAAUUUCAGGUAUUUGACAGCAUGUCUCUUCAGUUAUGGUGGUUGAAUACUUCCAUAAUUUUCCUUAUUUAACAGUUUCAUGUUUCCUUGUCUGCUCUCCCUUUUAUCAUCUUUGGACUAUAACUUGUGUCCCUGUUUCUCACUUUAACUGGUUUGGUCAGUCAUUUGCUGACCAUUUGUUGACUGUAUUCCCCUUUUAGGCAAAAUCAAUACCAUCUUAAUUGUAGGUCAAACUGCUGUUAUCUCUGCGAUCCUUAUUUUUCCCGGAGUCCCAUUUCAGAUGAAAGAAUGACAUCUUUGCUAAAAAAAGUACUGGUAAAUUAAAGUUUAUACUUUAUCACAGGGCUGUUUUCAGACCACUUUCAGACAAUAAAAUGCAAUCACAUAUCAAGGAGAGGUAGCAAGUAAGAGCUGUGACUGUCUCCACCCUGUGUUUUUUAUUCAUCGGAUAAGGCAGGCAGGUGUAAUUUAAGUGUUUAAAAGUGACGCUGUAAACUUUUGAGUGGGGAAAUUGCAUAAAUGCACAGUCCAUUUCGGCUCAGAAGGUUACAGUUCUUUUCCUUUAUUUUGGUUGCUGAGACUCCUUAAUGUACACACAUUUGCUUAAAGUAAGCACAUUUGGUAGUUGUCAUUUUACCUCUUUGCUUGUUGCCAGAUUUGGAGCGCUCACAACCACUGUGCAAUUGACUAAAAGACAUAGAGUGUUGGUGUACCUGCAGUUUCCUUGUUCUUUCUAAGCAGGAAAGUUUGUAAACAGAUUAUAAUAUAGUAAUAAUAAUACUCAACUUCAAGGAAACCGAACAUGCAGAAAUUCUGCUUGUAAUUUCCCAGUGCUUAGGGAAAGGAAACCAAGACAUAAAUGCUCCUUCUGCCAAAGCAAUGAAUGUUUGCUAACAAAUAAUGGAGAGGUAUAUUUGUUUCAGAGGCAUUUAUAAAUGGCCCUGUACAAUUGCUGCCUCCCAUCGGAGACAUACGUUUCUUCAGUUCUUGCCAGUGAAUAGCAAAUAGUUAAUUCCUGUUGACAAGAGUGAGAGUUAUGCAUGGUUGCUUUCCUUGUAUUCUGAAAUGCAUGCUAAUAUAUACAUCAUCCUGAUUCAAGUUGGUGAAAGCUGUAAUAAAUGGAUCAGUUUUGAAGCAUGACCAUUUCCUGUUCCUCCUGUCACAAGGCUGCAUCUUUUGCACUGUGAAGAGAAGCAGCUUGUGGAAGGGGACAACUCUUGAGUAGAAAAAAGGGGCCACAGGAGGAAGGAUAAACUGAGGGAAAGCCCUCAGUUGAGCUCAGAGUCCCAAUCCAAGACUGCUCUGGGUUCAAAAAAGAAAAGUACUGUAGGAUAUAAAGUUUUGCUCUCUCUCUGGUUGCUUCUAAAGAUAUUUGUUUUAAUUUGCUUUUUGUUGAAGCAAGUUAGAUUUUUAAACAGUUGUUGCUCUGUUUUAAAUUUCAAUAUGAUUUCAUUGGUCUGCUCAGGAAUGGUUUAUGCUGGUUUAAGUGGUACAUUUUUAGAUAUUGGUUUCAUAUCUUACAGCUAAGAUAGUAACUGUUACGUUGCCUUGAGAAACUACUUGUUUUGAAAGGUUAAAUAAAAAAUAAAUUAAUGGAAGCUCAUCAAGCAAUCACAAAUCUGCAGCCAGAAUCCGUUGCAUGGGAUCUUCCUGUUGUAACUGAAACUAAGUUAAUGGCACUUUGCUAAAGUCUUGCUGGAUUUAUGUCUUUCCUUGCUUGUUUCUUCCCACCUGGAACUGUCAGAUGACCUGACAUCUCAAGAGUUUUAUUUGUAUAAAACUAGAAAUAAUUGUUGGAGGUGAGCAGGAUACUUCAACGCACAGUUUUCUGGAUAUUGGCAAAAACAUAUAUAUAUAUUUGAAUGUCAGCCUUUUUCCUUUGUUUAGUGAUCUUAUAGUUCUCCUUCUCCUCUGAAGUAUGUAAAAAAAAAGUUAAAAAAAAAGUUGGGGCAGCAGAUUGUUUCAUCUGUUCUUACAGAUAAUAGUUUUGCCAGUCAAAAUCCCUGUGUAUUAGAAAGCUAUUUUAGCCAGUUAGCCUAACAGCCAGUUUAACAGGACAAUCUGAUCUAUUUAGUGAUGAGUGCAACACCAUGUAGAUAUAUAUAUACUGCUGCUAAUUUAGCUGACUCUCUGAAGCAUUCUGCAUAAUAUCUGGACAGAUGUUCAAAGGAAGUUAGUACCGCUUUAGUAAGGUAUUGACCUCUCUCAAACAUAAACUUGUGAGUGGAGCCCUUAUCAGCCCAUGUGAGCAGUUGCACCCAGGAACAGGUGCAAACAGUACCAGAUGCUUUCUGUAUGUCUUGAGACAUGUUUCUAGAAAAACAUACGGUGCUCCUGUGCCUGUAUUGUUGAAACACUGGGAAGCAAUCAUUAAAAACCAAUUAAACUAUGUCUGUGUGUAUGCGCGUUACGUAUAUAAGAUCUUUUAAAACCUAAUGAUCAUUACGAUAAAAACAUCACAGCACCAACUAUUUCAUUAGAAACAAUCAGUUCCCCAAAGCCUGUUGGAAUAAGAACAGGCUUUUUGUUGUCCUGCCAGUGGAAGGACAACAAGAAGAGAGCCUUUCUAAUUUUUCUUGGAAGGGAGUUCCAAAGUCUGGGAGCAGCCACUGAGAAGACCCUCUCCCCUGAAGAUUUCAGAGCCUGGGCAGGUUUGUGUGAGGGAAUGUGGUCUUUUCAGAUAGCCUGGACCUAAGCUGUAUAGGGAAGCACUCCUUAGAACUAGUUAUCCUAGCAAUGAGUGGAAAAGUAUAGAUGGAAGAGAAAUUCCGGCAUGCAAUGUUCUUUUUAGGUCUUCAGUGGGAACAAAGACUUAUACAAUAUAUAAUGAAAUGAGUGCUGUUUGCAGCCAGAAUGAUUGCACCAAAAUGAGGACAUCACAAUUGCAUUGGUUUUUUUGAGGACCAAAUUCUUAUUCACAUGUUUAACACAAGCGCUGCAGUAAUGGGCAAUGAGGGAACAACCAGCAAUAUCACUUGGUAUUUAUCUGUGGCAGCUCAAAUGCAAGAUGUAAUAGCUGUUAAGAGCAUUUGCUUAUUAUGCAGUAGUAAGGUGUACAAUGCCAUUUGGUUUCAUACUUUAGAUAUUGCUACUGUUGCUGUGGGCUGUGGAUUACAGUAAUAAACAGCCCAUUAGUUGCAUCAGAUUCCAGGCCGUGAAUGCAUUUCCUGUAAGCACAAGAAAGUGUAUAAAUUAUGUUAGGUGAUUUAACCUAGACGUAUUGAUAGUGGCACAAUUUAAAGCACAACACAAGUUAAGGUUGUGCAAUGUCAUGGACCAAAAUGCUAAACCAGCAUUGCCAAAUACGUUAGCACUAGAAGCUUAAAUUCCUCAAACAAUUGAGAUCUAGCUUAAUGCCUUUCAGAAAGUAAGGUUUUUGCUUCUGCAAAGGAAACAUCUUAUUUCACUCUUACACAGUGAAAGCCAACAACGAAGAGAUUUGGGAGUUUGCAGAGAGCAAAAGUAUAGAAUGCUAGAAUGAUUGACUGCAAGACGGAUCAGACACAGGGAUGGUCAUGUCUGCACAAAUAGCGGCACAGUGCCCCCUCUAAAUGGCUCCCUGUGGUGGUUGCCUUCUUCACUGGCAACUAUCUGCUCUGUAUGGAGAAGCUUUCUGUAUCUCUGCUACUGUGUACCCACUGAAAUAUGAUUUACGGAUGUUGUUCGUUUUGCAAGCCCUCCCCUUUCACAAAAGUAAAACUUAUUUUCUUGCGUCUAAGCUUCGUUUUUUCUUAAGUUGCUCUUAUGACUUGCUUUUAAAAUCUGCCUGGUGAAGCAUAUAGGAAGGCCUUCUGCAUUGCUAACUUCAAUCUCUCCUGACUGUGUGAAAAUUCAGAGGUUGAUGCUACAGCGUUUAGUUUCCUUUUAGAUGCAGAAGAAAUUUAGCUCAAAUUGCAUUUGAACAUGAACCUGCCUGAUUUACACUUUUCAAAAUGGUAUGCAAGCCAAAGUGCAGCUGUUCUUCAAUAUCUGCAUUCUUCAAAUUGUGCAAUUUGGUUCUCAAGCCCCCCAAAAUGUGUUUUAGGUGAAAAUGUGUUGUAAAGAGGCAUUUAUUCAGGAGAAUAACAAAAAGAUGCAUAGCGUUAAGAAAAAUAGCUUGCACAAAUGUCUACAUCAGAUAAGCUUGUAUACAAGAAUGUGUAUGAAGAGAAAUGUAAACUAAGGGCUUACAUUAGGACUUACAAACUAAGGAUUUACAUGAGGACUUAAAGUAAGAAGAUGAUGACUGAUACAGAAAAGUGAACAGAACACAAAACUGGAAAAAUGAGAAACAGAGAGAAGCAUAUUGGACAGAUUUCCAUCCCAAGAUGAGAGUGAGCACUGGAGACUUGGUAGUGAUUGUUUAUUUCUGUUUAUAAAUACACACACAGAGUGCAGAUAACACAACUGCCUCAGAUUCCCAGAGAGGACAACUGUCCACCAAGAUGAUUUCACCAGUGUCCUACUUGGUUAGUCUUAUUCUCCCUUCAAAAACUCAUAGCUGUGUGUCCGUCCAUCCUGCAAAACUCUAAUGGCUAUAUCAUCCCAUCUUCAGCCCAUAUGGGGAACUUGUAGCCCUUCCUUCAGAAGUUGUAUUCACAUUGGCCUUAGCCAGCAUGGCAAAAGGUCAGGGAUGUUGGGGGCUGGGAUCUGUUCCUGCUUUAGCCAGUCUUAAGUGGCUGUUGUUGCACCAAGGUGAUUCUUUCAUGGGGUCUUGGCAAGGCAUGCUCCUAUCUGGUGUCCCCCCUUCCGAUCCUGAAUCUCUGUAUCUGAACUGUUCAGUCUCUAACUGAGUGAGUGAGCACUGGCUCUUACUCAUGUCCCCUGUGAUGGAUGCUCACUCUUACCACUGGUAGCUGGAAUGAGGCUAUUGCCAGUCUUUCUACAAAAUCACUUGCUAGCCCACCAAUGGCAUGGAUGCUUUGUACCCUGGCAAGUAAGAAAAUAAGAGUGCUUACUGGUAGCAGGAGAGUGAGGCAAAUAUAACUCAUUGUUGGCAUGUGAAAUGGGGUUAGGCGCACCAUAGAAUUGGCUAUGUAGCAGAAGCUGCAGAAGGAGUCAGGUGGGAGAUUGCAUCACAGCAGCUAAAUAAGGUUGGAAUAAAUUUCUUCUGUGGUUAGAAAGGCUACUGACUUUUUUGUAGCCUUCUGCUAAAAACCGAUUUCUCACAGACUGCGCUCUGGCACAAACAAAGCCAUAUGUUCUGAAGAGUUGGAUAUACAGAAUGAAGAGCCUACCUAUUGCGGCAGUGUUGGAAAUCUACAGGUAGUGGUAUUUUAAUUGUGAAGAGUUGUGGGAUGGGAAUUGGGAAAAAUUAGGAGUGAGUUUUAGGAACCAGGGUCUGUGAUCUCUAGCUAAUGUAUGGAAUGCUAUCUAGAGAGGUGUGAGCAGUGCUCAGUUUCUAAAGAUAUGUACUUGGAGUCAGACUUGCAGAGGAGCAAUGCCUGCUUGUCUCAUAAGUGCUUCUCCUUCACUCUGUAUGGGCAGGCAGAGCAGGCUUUACUUGCUUAGUGGAAAGUGAAAGGCACUGCACAUGUGCUUUGGGGCAACUGUUUGCUACCAAGACUGGGCACAAUUUCUUGACUGGUGGCUUUUGUAGUCUCUGCAGCUGUUAGAAGUCACUGGAUCCUUGCAUUUUCAUUGCUUGGCCUGGUGAGCCUGUGCAACAUGUAAGAUGCCAAAUGUAGAUGAGAAUGGCAACUGAUGUUAGCAUAGAGAGCCUACAUGCUCUUGCUACAUAUUGUUGAUGGCGUCCUUGCUUUUAUUGCUCCUAGUGCAACAGCCCAUUAAUCAACCAUUGUUCAGAUUUCCACUUUAAUGCUGCUGAUUGAAUUUCAUUGCUGUUUGUUCAUCUUCUAUGCCUAUGUUUUCCCCUCUUGUUACUGCUUCUAGGUCUUGAUUUCUCUGAGGUUUUGUAGUAUAUCCCCAUGAACGCUUCCACUUUGUUGUCGCUCCCUUUCCACUCUUAUUUCUUGCAAACUUUGUUGUAGUGUAUGUCAGAAACUCUCCCACUCUUGCUCUUUUCCUCCCCUUUUCUAUAACGGAUAACAAAUUGAACAGUUAGCAGCACAGAACUUAAAUUAAAUUGGGCAAUGUAAUGGUUUUCUAAAGAGAGAUGUGCAGGGACUUUAGAGUUUUAAUUCCCUACAGCCUAAUUAGGAGUGCUAGGGCUGCCCCAUACUAGUGCAUCCCUUAUAAAGUCCCAAUGUUUUCAUUGUUCUCACUCCCUUAUGUGUUAUUUUAUUGUCCUUUUAUGAAAAACAGUGUUCAAUCUUGAACUGAAUGGCUACAGAGUGUUUUUGCUACUUGGAAGAGAAUCUAACAAGGCCACAACUGUUCUCAGAACUGAACUUCUCUGUGUCUGACAAUGGAUUUUAUUUUCACUUCUAAAUGCACUUGGGGAUCUGUGAAGGGAGCUUAGGCUGCCUUACUGUCUUAUUGAAGGGGAAGGUAUUUAUGCUGAUCUGCACCAGAUACCAACAAGCCUGGAUUUGUGUUUGUGUGUGUGUAUUAUUUAAGGUUUGUCCAGUGGUGGCUGGUGCCAGUUGGGGACUGGUAGGGCAUUAGGAGGGGAGGUCAACUGUAGGUGGAGUUGGAGCCAAUGACAGCCAGCCAGCCAACUAAUUCUAGUUUUGUCCCCAGCCUCCUUCCUGUUUUGCUCAAGGGGGUAAAUAAUCAGUACAUGAUUCAAUUUAAAUGAAGUAGAUGCUCUCUCUCACACCCACCCCUGCCUGAAUUAAAAUUCCCUUGAGUUGAUAGUGUUGCCUAAAUACAGGCCUCUUUCAUUAUGAGGCUUGAAUAAAACUGGACUGCAGGUGCUGUGGACGAUAGCAAGGUUAGCAUCAUUCAGCCAAAGUACAGCAACACUUUUGAUUUGUGGCUUGUUAUAUAUGUCGUUUUCCUAACAGAGAAGCAUGCCAAUUGUUGAAAUACUGUUUUGAAAUACAUUCAUCUCAUAAAAGAAAUGUGUGUAAUGCACCAUGUGGUGUGACAUGCAGAAUAUUCCUGUAAGGAAGGGACAUCUGUCAACAAUAUUAGCCACGAUAUUGUUAUAAAUAGAGCAAUGAAGACAUGGCCUUGCUUUGGCUCCAAAAUUAAAAGCUUCCUACUUUGUUAAGCAGUUUUUCAUUGUUGAAAGUUUUUUAAUAUAUGGAGAUUUGACUUUUACAUUCCUCAGAACGCUUGUCUAAAGUGGACUCUUGUUCCGCAAUUUCACUUUCCCUUCAAAAUUUUCAUUUCAUUCUGUAGUGGUGCAAUUCAUUUAGUUGUGCAGUUUUGUUUAGGCUGCUAUCCUUUGCCCACUUCCCUGGGAGUACAUCCCAUUGAACUUGGGGCUUACUACAGAGUAGAUCUUACUACAGAGUAGAUACAGUAAGUACAGGACUUCCAUGCAGUCUCUGCCCAAGAGGGUGAAGUACUUCAGCUAUAGCUAUUUCUUACCUAGCCUUCCACAUCGAUAAACUUAGUUUUAGAUCUCAGAUUGAUUCUUGCCUUUGUUUUAAAAGUACUGAAAAAUGUGCAUGCUGAACUUGACUUAUAUAAGUAGUCUUCACCAUUUUCCCACCUGGGGUGCACCUUUUAAACCACUUGGGAACCAUUUUCUUUUUCUUUUACCUUACAUUUUUAUGGGGGUCAUGGUGCUUCUACAACCCACCAUAGAUCAGGCUGUGACCUGGUAGCAGGUCCCAAUGCCCCAGCUGAAGACCAUCAAACUCUUUUCUGGCAAACCUCCCCCUUUUGAUGGAUUGUUGUGAUCGUAUUGUUGCUUGGGAGCCUUUCAGAAACAUUUUAAACUGAAUCCGUGGGACUGAAUUUGGUAUUGGUUUUAUGUUUGUUUUUACAUACUGAAGAAUGGAUCAGGCAAUUAAGAAGUAAGAAAUGGAGGGGGAAAUCAUCCCGCAUGUAAUCCCAGAAAGGUCUGGUGUAGGUCUGAAUACAUGUUAUUGACUUCUGUAUGUAGGAGGGGUGCCAAAUUGAAUAAAAUAUUGUAGGGGCCAGGUAAGUCCUGCCCCACAUAAUCGAUCACAUGACACAGUGCGUGCGCACACACCCACACCCACCAUUUGCAUGGGAAUGCCCAUUGACUUUGUGGGGGCCUGGCCCCCUCAAAUACUUUAUUGUGGGGGCCGAAGCCCCCACGGUCCCUAAGAGCUGGUUCCUAUGGUAUGUAGGGUCUGCAUACUUUUGUUUGUAUUAAAUGCUCUCUGCUUCCCAAACCAGAAGAAAUUCCAGGUUCUGGGUUUAGUUUCCUUUGGAGGAGAGAGAAGAUAGGAGAAUUAGUCAGAUCAUAGUGGAAGGGAACAGGCACCACUAAGCAAAUGCAACAUCCCCAGAGAGCAACUUGCAUAUUCUAACCCCAAAAGCUUUAUCACCAGUUCCAGCCUGGAGCUCUCCUAUCUUCCAUCAUUCUCUCUCCCUACCCUGGCCAUUCCAAUAGCAAAACUGAAGUGUUUUGGGCUCAGUUAGACAGGUGUCACUUCCUCUAUGAUUUGAUUGGUAUCUCUCCACAAAUGCUCAGUGAUUUUUAGCUAUCAGUAGACCCUUGCUUGCCAUUUGCUCCCACUGAUGGAACAUCACCCACCAUCCUGGUCGAUUAACCAGCAAAUGAAUGGUGGGCUAGCAGCCAUAGCGAUCUUUCAGAUGCUAUGAAAGUGUAUGUACGUACUCUCUGGCUCCUGUUGAGCUCUGAAAAGCAGAUUAGAAAGCUGCCAGGAUGUGAAAAACAAAGGAAUCAGAUGAGUCACUCUCUGUUCAGUGACCCCUGCAUUACCUGAACAAAGCUGGAAAUGAUAUUUCAGCGACUGCUGUUUUUUCUUCUUCACAUGUUAGAGGACUUCAGUCAGAUUCUUAAUGAUAUUACUUCUACUUACUGCCACCCUCCCCAAGUGAAAUUGGUGAAAGUGUUGAUUAUCAUGUGUGUGUGAAAAAUUGGUGGUUAAUUUAAAUGCCCCCUUAAUAGGAAUUUAUGAAUAGGUGGUAGGAGAGAUUCAAAGCAAUGAACACAGGAAGCGGGGAAUAGGAUAAGAAUGUGUUGCCAUGUGUUUUAUGUAACUGCGUGGUGCUUGGAUACAAAGGUGAUAAGUGUUUUUAAAAAUAUCCGCAAUUUCUAGAGCUAGAAAUGUGGCAGACUAUGCUGAAGCUGAGUCAGAGCAAUAAUAUUAAUAAUACUAAUAUAUUUAUUUAUUUAUUUAUACCCCCCCUUUUUUCUGAUGGGACUCAAGACAGUUUACAAUUUAUUAUUAUUAUUAUUAUUAUUAUUAUUAUUAAUUUAAAUUUGUAUACUGCUACAUACCAGUAAAUCUCAGGGUGGUUGACAACAUAAAAUUAGAAUAUAAAAAACCCACAAAAUACAUAAUAAAAAUAAGAACAAAAACAAACCAAUAAUUUCCCUCCCAUAACACAUUAAAAUAGAUAUAGGAUAUUUAUCAGCCCAAGACUUACUUGAAGAGGAACAUUUUCGCCUGGCACCAAAAUGGAUAUAAUGAAGGCAUUAGCCAAACCUCAAAGGGGAGAGCAUUCCACAAGCAGGGAACCACUGCGGAAAACUCCUGUUCUUGUAUUGCCACCCUCCAGACCUCUUGUGGAGGCACACGAAGAAGGGCCCUGGUGGAUGCUCAGAAUCUGGGUAGGUUCAUAUGGAGAGAGGUGGCCCUUGAGGUAUUGCGGUCCUGAACCUUUUAAGGCUUUGUAGAUUAAAAACUAGCACCUUGUAUUGGGCUCUGAAACUAAUUGGCAGCCAGCACAGUCUAUCCAGGAUCGGUGUAAUAUCAAACUGUCUUGUCCCGGGGAGCAACCUCGCUGCCAAAUUCUGCAAUAGCUCAGGAAAUGCUAAAACCAAAGAAAAACCAGUCAUUAAAACACAGUUAAACAUUGACAGAAUUAAAACUAUAUGCAUAUAUAAAAUCUGCUUUAAAACUUACAAGUCAUUACAAUAAAACAGCAGCCGAUUCCCAAACGUCUGUUGGAACUAGAAAGCCUUUACUUGCCUGCAGAAGGACAGCAAGGAGGAAGUCAAUCUAAUUUUUCUAGGAAGGGAGUUCCAAAGUCUGGGAGCAGCUACUGAGAAGGCCCUCUCCCGUGUCCCUACGAAGCAUCCCUGUGAUGGUGGUGGGACUGAGAGAAGAGCCUCCCCUGAAGAUUGUAGAGCCUGGGCAGAUUUGUAUGAGGGAAUGUGGUCUUUCAGAUAACCUGGACCUGUAUAGGGAAGUACUCCUUAGAACUAGUUAUCCUAGCAAUGAGUGGAAAAGUAUAGAUGGAAGAGAUGGUAAUUCUGGCAUGAAAUGUUCUUUUUAGGUCUUCAGUGGGAACAAAGACUUAUACAAUAUAUGAUGAAAUGAGUUCUGUUUUGCAGCCAGAAUGGCUGCACCAAAAUGUGGACAUCGCAAUUUCAUUGCUUUUUACAGUCAUCAAAAAAUCAUUCUGAGAUCACAGUUAACGGGGAUUAUUAUUUUUUAAUGAACACUGCAGAGUUUUAUUAGUGGCAAAACUGGAGGUGAAUGAAUGGUUAUGCAAUAUUAGGAUACGGGCAAAACUCCACAUCCUGCAAAUUUUGGCUCUUUAAAAAGCUUUCAGGUUCUCGUGGAUGUAAAGAUGAGUUGAGAGGACAGUGUUGAAAGAACACUGUGGGCGAUGGGGUUAAAUAAUAUCUCAUUCCAAUUGUUACAAUUUCCAUGGCCUCUCUAUCCCCUUUAUAUGACAUCUACCCCAAAUAUAUUGGCAAAUGAAUAGACAUUUUACAUCAUUAAUGUGGCCAUCGUGGAACUGAAUCUCCAUGGCACUAGAUUGGGUUGCCUUGGAGCAUAAUUCUUCUUUAGCACACAAUCUGCACAGCUUUAAUGUGUAAUCAUGAAUCGUUGUCAUUAACACCGAGCUAGGGGAUAUGGUGGGAGAAAAAUUUGACUAGCUAAUAAGUUGUACUAAUUUUCUUAAAAGGCGUCCUGUUGAUCAAGUGAUUGAGAGUAGAACUUGUCCCUUCCAAGGUACAAUACAUGCACAAGGACAGAAGCUUCUGAGAACAUCUAGUGUCAUUGCCUUCUUGCUACUGAAUGUUUUAAUAAACAGUUUCAGGUGUAUUCCAUCCAGGGUUUCCUUCUGUGCAUCAGAAGCUUGUCUCUGUUUUGUACAUCUGGAAGAAUUUGUUCCCUGUUCUCUUUGCCUUCCCUUUCCUGUUCAUUUGCUUGUGUGAACUGCUUGCCUCUUAAAUGCUCCCCAUCCCCCCAUCCCUCUCGCUGCUCGGCAUUCUGAGAAGAAAUAGGCCCGUUUUCUUUUUAAUGUGUCCCACCGACUUACCUAGUGGUUGACUGCUGUUUAUGCUAUAAUGAUUAUUUACUAUAUAAUUGUCCCAUAAAAUAACAGGAUGGUGAUCGCUCAAAUAUAAUUAAAUGCAUAGCAGCAAUAAAAAGUGUUUAAUUUUAGAAACCUGCCAUAAAACUCUAGAUACAUAAAUAUUUCUUGUCAAAAUAGCUUUCGCAUAGGCCACUAAAUUUAAAGAGGUGUUAUCUGCAUUGUACUGACUUUCAUAUGAACCUAGGAAGAUGGUCAGAUACGCAUAUGGAUAAAUGUGUGCGGCUUAUGUUGCUGCUAAUUCACUUGAAUAUUUUGACAAUGGGAUAGUCUACUAAAACUUAGAGUGUCAUUUUCAGAAGAUUUGUUGUUCUUUCAAAUUUAGAACAGUAAGAAGGUUAAUCUUGCCUGCUACAAUGUGCAGCUUUUAAAACUAUGGGAGAGACAGGCUCCCUUGCUCUUACAGGUUUGUGGUCCCCGCAUCCCUGGACCUGCUCUGCAUCCCACUCAAGUUCUUUAUCCUGCUUGGAAUGUGUCCUUGAAGUGUGAUGAAGGUGAUGCCUCUUGCUUGCCUGGAUGGAGAGUGAGUUUGUGGGUGGGUGGAAACCUCUGACCUUGGCAUGGUUGGAAUGUAGCUUACUGUACAAAGAUAAAUGUCUCACCCAUUGUCCUACCCACUUUUGUCUCUGAUCCCACCUGCCACUGGCAUGGGUAGUGCUUACAGAAGGCUACCCGCAAGCGAACAACACCUUUGGGCUGAAAAAAGGCACCUCUCUCCUGGAAACUCUGCAUGAUGUAAUAUCUCCGUAAAAAGAGCAAAGGAUCAAGUGUUGAUGACAUUUGUGUUAGGUUUCCAUUCUGUCUUCCCUUAUAAAGUUGAUUUUUAUCUGGAUUUUUAAACACUGAGUUGUACUAUUAAAUGAUUUGUCACUUUGAAUUGGAUGCUGCUUUGUUGUCUUGUUGUCAAUCACAAGGAUUUCUGCUAUGAACAAAUGCAGUGGAAUAAAUGGUUAUUUCUGUAAUCUAUAGCAGCGUUUAUAAUAUCUCCAGAUACUUAAAGUUUUAAUAGUUGGAUUAAUAACCGUCUGUGACAAGCAAAAGAUGAGCCAUGGGUUAGAAAGUUUACUUGGGGUGUUACAUUGUUAGGAAGGCUAUGAUCUAAUUUCUCGGGGAAAGUUUUCUUUCAGGAGAGUUGGGUGCUUUAUUUGUGAUUCUGUGUUUAUGGUUCUUUCUAGAUAUUCCGCAGAGGUGAAUGGAUUCCUAUUUGCUUAAGACUAGAACUGGAUAGGAAGUGGGAGAUGCAAAGCUGCUAGGGUAAGGUUAAUGAAGUCCCGUCCCCCUCACAAGGCUGUGUUAGCUGUUGAAUAGGUCCUUCAAUUUUCAGAAUAUUAUUGUUACUGCAUUUUCCUUCCACCCAAUUGUACUCUGAAAAUAGCUGGGAAAUGAAAUUCUCUGUAAGUUAAAACUCCAAAUGGCUCAGCUGAUUUAUAAAUCUAAGAUUUUAAAUCUUCCCUCCAUCCCCUUCCACCAUUCCAUUCACACUGCCUUUAUUCCAGAUUAGGGUAAAGAUUAGUUUGAAGACUGGUAGUGUAAGGACACGGGUGGCCCUGCAGGUUAAACCACAGAGCCUAGGACUUGCCGAUCAGAAGGUUGGCGGUUCGAAUCCCCACAACGGGGUGAGCUCCUGUUGCUCAGUCCCUGCUCCUGCCAACCUAGCAGUUCAAAAGCACAUCAAAGUGCAAGUAGAUAAAUAGGUACCGCUCCGGCGGUAAGGUAAACGGCAUUUCCGUGUGCUGCUCUGGUUCGCCAGAAGCGGCUUAGUCAUGCUGGCCACAUGACCCGAAAGCUAUACGCCGGCUCCCUCGGCCAAUAAAGCGAGAUGAGCGCUGCAACCCCAGAGUCAGCCACGACUGGACCUAAUGGUCAGGGGUCCCUUUACCUUUACCUUUACCUUAGUGUAAGGAUGAAAAGAACUGCAAUGGUGAGAUGACAGUGACAGAGAAAUGCAUGGAAUAUAGAAGCCCAGUCUGGCCACAGGAAGAGCAAUGAACAAUGCUGGACUUGUGUGCACUGUGUUAAUAAACACAAUGCACUGCCUUGAACAUUUCACAGCUUUUUUUUUUUUUACUUCAAAACGCCUAGCCCUUAUUCCAGGAUGCUCCUUAGAUUCCUAUAUAGUAUAUGAAGACUUUCUUUCUUGGCCAUUAUACUUCACUCCAUGUAACUACUGCUAUGUAGACACUCAAAUGUUUGUGUGUCCCAGUAGCAAUCCACAACACUGCAGACUAAAAAUGUGUUAAAAUUCUAGUGAGUACACUAUCACUUUUCAAAAUGCAGCUGAGGGAAAAGCUAUUAGUGAUGGUUGUGGAUUGGUACUCCUCCACCCGGUCUUCAUCCACCUCCCCCGGAAACUGCUUAACUGGAUUUUUAACCUUGCAUAGUUACUUGAUAAUUACAUGCUUCCCAUGCUGACAAGUUGCCCUGUAUUCGAGUUCCGUAGUUUUGACUUUUCAAAGAUGAUAAGUUGACUCUUCAGUGCACGUGUAUCAUUGACAACUGGCGUGCCAUUUUAGGUAAUGCAGCUGGUUGCUGUGAAAUGAUUCAGGGUUCAGUUUUAAUUGAAACUCUUGAAUUAAAAUCUAUGCAAGGCUUGUGAAGUUUGCCCACAAGCAUCAAUGUUCAUAUUUAGUUGGAAAGCUGGGUUGAAAUAGAAGCAAUGUUUUGGUAAAGGGACCCCUGACCGUGGCCAACUCUGGGGUUGCGGCGCUCAUCUCGCUUUACUAGACGAGGGAGCCAGCGUACAGCUUCCGGGUCAUGUGGCCAGCAUGACUAAGCCACUUCUGGAGAACCAGAGCAGUGCACGGAAACGCCGUUUACCUUCCCGCCAGAGCGGUACCUAUUUAUCUACUUGCACUUUGAUGUGCUUUUGAACUGCUAGGUUGGCAGGAGCAGGGACCGAGCAACGGGAGCUCACCCCGUUGCCGGGAUUCAAACUGCCAACCUUCUGAUCGGCAAGUCCUAGGCUCUGUGGUUUAACCCACAGCGCCACCCGUGUCCCUAAGGUUUUGGUAAGGCUCCAGUAUUACACUUCUGUUUUUCCCCAGGUUACUCCAGCAUUUGUAACUGCCUUCCUUUCUCUUUGGACACAUUUUCAUAUUAAGGGAAAUAUAAAAGUAUCUAGCUGUAUAGAAUCUAAACACAAAUAUACACCACCUAUUGAGAUUAAUCAUGCAGAGUUCCACAAUUCCAGAGUAGCAUGAAAUCCAAUAAGAAUAACCAGUCAGUGCAAAAGGAAAAAUGGAUGGGAAUGGAGGGAAAAAAGAAGCAAACCCAGGUAUCAAAUACUUAAUACUAUAUUUUCUUUUUUUUAUCAGUGGCUUAGAUGGAAACAAACUGCUUUCAGUUCAAAACUUAUGCCUUGGUGCCUCCUGAGACAUCCUGUUGACUGAGCCUUUGUGGAAGUGUCAGUAAUGUAGCCACUAGGGUGGGAUCUGGUGGCUUCUUGUCACUCGCACUGCAACAAGUAGGCAGGCAGCUCACAGGAUCCUGUUGAUAACUACCAUCCCCAGGAAAGAUUGUCUUAUUCCAGUUCCACACAGGGCUGUUGGAGCUCAGGAUCUCUGCAAGGGGAGAGGAGGAGCCCAGCCCAGUUGAUGAGAGCAGCAGUGUUUGGAGCCAACAGCAGUUCCUUGCCAUCUGUUGCUUUUAAAAGUUGGCAACAAUAUAGCAAUAACAAACUGCUUGACCAAAACUCUCCAAGUAGGGAUGUGGCUCUUUCCAGGUGUGACACAGGGGGCAAUUACCCCCCCAGUGCACCACCUAUAAAGGGCCUGCUUAUGUGGGAUUAUUCAUUUGUCAAUAGAAAGCCUAUGGCAUUGCUGGCUUCUUGCCCAGAUGGCCCAGAUGACCAUGAGAUAAACCAGGGGUACCUGGGGGAAUAGUGAAGCAAAAUAUUUUAUUUACUACAAAGUUUGUUUAUUGAAAAAUACUAGGCAGUUAAUGUGGUACCAUGCAUUUGACGAGAUCAGCAUGCAAGUGUCUGACUAACCAAAACAUCUUAAAUGGACAAGUACAUCCAAAUAUUAAUAUUUUUUUAUCAGUGAGGUGCUUCUGUAGAGAGAAACGACAGCCUCUAAGAUUGAUGGUAAGAUUAGCUGUCUUCCCCUGGCAGGCAAGUUAACGAAAUGCAGCACUAGUUCCUAGCAUAAGGAUGGAUCUGUGUAUAUAGUGGUCGUUUGCCCCCCGUGUAAGGCAAGUGAAAUAUCAGCUGUGCUCUUCUACAAUCAGAGGGGAAGUCAAAGUAUAUACAUCUGUUAUAUUGGGGAUGAGCUCUUAUGUUAUCUUGUUAUACAAAUGCAUCAAAGCACCCUUACUACUAUGAGCAGUUUUAUCCCUUGAAGCACCCUUCUUGAAAUCUAUUGCCAGGCUAUUUCUGAGUGUUUGCAACACCACUACACUUAAAAACAAUUAUGGGAGGGAUGGCUAACAGGAGCUGAUCAAUACAGUGGAUAAAUGAGCAGUGAACCUUGAGCACUGUGACAAUGAGCUUCUAAGGGAGUUACCCUGGGCCAUAGUUAAUUAAAAGCAAAAUAAGCAGCUUCCUUCGGCUGGAACUGCAGCUUUUGAGACAUAAUCGUAUUCCUCACUCACAAUCACUUACCAUUAGGAGAUGCAAGAGCCAUGAAAUUAUAUACUAGAGAUUAUGUUUAAUAGCUUUGUGAUUAUUCUUUUACUGCCUUGUGUCCUCUGUUUAACUUAGACUUUUAACAAUUUAAUAUUGGUGUGGCUGAAAUGAGUAAAUAGUGAAAGCAGGAUAAUCUAAUGUCAUUUGACAAGGGGCUACAGAGUUGAGAACUGUUUUCCCUGCUCUGAGAAUCUUUCCAUUUAAGUAAAAAUCAGCAAGUCUCUUCCCUCCCUCUUUGGAGUGUGUCUCUGUUUGUCACCAGGUUCACUUCUGUUACUAGGUUCAUAGCAAUAGAAAUAAGUUAUUUACUUGAUUUAAGGCAGCUUUCUUACACUCUUCUUCAUGGGAGAUCCUACGUAGAACAUCUCUUUGUAGCAAAUGGGGACAUGUGAAAAUUCGUGAUGAUGCAUGGGAAUAAUGAAUGAUGGAGGGAACAGGGAUAUUACAUCCAUUGGCUUGCCUCCCCCUCCACACACCUGUUGUAGGCGUUUUGAGGACUUGAAACCUGAAGAGUUGGUAAGUUGAUGGUGAGGACAAAAAGGGCAUUCCUCUUCUCUCUUUGAUACUCUACCUAUAAUGAGCCCAAAUGAUCACAUUCACACAGAUCAUUAUACAAAGGGUAUUAUAGAAUUUCAAGAGUUAGAGGAGACUUUUGAAGUAAUUUGGUCCAACCCUUUUCUCAGUGCAGGGUGCAAGGACAGCAGACCCAACAACAGCCCAUCCAGCAUCUGCUUAAAAAUGCAAAGCUCCUAUGGCAGACUGCUUUUACUUCUGCACAGCUUUUCUUAGGGAGUUUUUCCUAAUGCUUAGCAAGAGUCUUCUUCCCUUCCAUUUCCACCCAUUGACUUGGUUUUUGUUCUGGAGUAGUAGAGAACAAGUCUGGUCCUUCUGUGGGACAUCUCUCCAGAUAUUUGAAGACUGCAAUUAAAUGCCUCCUUUAAUUCUCUCUAGGCAAAACAUGCCAAGCAAUUUUUAUGGUUCUCCAUAGAUCUUGGUCGUUCAGUGGGCAAGGAGGAAAAAAUAAUAAUCUAAAAAGGCUUAUAGGAAUUACUUACUGUGUGGUGAGAUUUUCCUUUGGGGCUUUAUUUUAUUGGAAUGUGAACUUUUAAAUAAAACAGCAAUAAUGAAUUCUCUCCAUCCUUUUUAUUGAAAAUUUUGGCUCAGUCCCCUAGUGCCCAUUCCCCAUGGGCUGUAGUGGUUGACAGGGUGGUAGUGUUCACCAGGCUUCCCAGUACUGUUAAUGUCAGUGACCAAAAGGGAGAGCCACAGGGAGCUCAGCACUGAUUGGCCACUCUGCCUGUGCCACUGUGCUGCCCGCUAUUGCCAUACCCUCCAACAUUUCUCCAUAUGACUGGGUUGCCCCAGCCACUCUGGGCAGCUUCCAACAUAUGUAAAAACAUAAUGAAACAUUAAACGUUAAAAAAAACUUCCCUAUACAGGGCUGCCUUCAGAUGUCUUCUAAAGUACUGUAACUUGUAUAGUUAGUUAUCUCCUUGGCUCGGGGGCCACAUAACUCCGUACCCUCCAACUUUUCUCUGGUGAAAAUAGGAAUGUUCUAAGGAAAAGCAGUAAAUUCCAGGAUCAAAUCAGAAACUGGGAUGGCUUCUGUAAAUCCAGGACUGUCCCUGGAAAAUAGGGACACUUGGAGGGCAACUACCGGUAACUCUGUAACCAAGCCCUAAGUGUGUGCAUAUAUAAAAGAGUCAUGUAUAACUGAGAACUCAUUUUCCCAUUUCUCCCUUCCUCCACAUUCCUCCUCUUCCUUUGUUUUCUCUGUGCCAUUUUUUUUACAUUGUAAGCUCCGCAAGGCAGGGGCCUCUCCUCUGUCCUCCUCUUCAAUGCACAUUCAUGGUGCUAUAAAAAUAAAAGAAGUAUUGAACUUCCAAAUUGGCGCCUGUCCAGUUUUUAAACAUGUUUCUCACUUGCCAAAGCGUAAGAGGGGAUAGCCUGUUGGGGGGUGCCCAGAGCAAAAUAUGCAAUAUAUUCCCCCCUUCUCAAAGAUCCUUUCCACAUGUGGAAUGUAAAGGUACACUUUCUCCUUCAACAGGCAUGCAAAUCUUCUGGGCUCUCUGGCAUUGUACUGAAACAAUGACAUUUUCUGAACUGCACUAAGCUAUUGUUGCUGCUGGCUAAAAAGGAUCAAAGAAGGUGUGUGGGCAGGAAAUCUGAAGUGGGUGGCAUUGCGACCUCUUAUCAGUUUGCUUUUAUGGAUUCCUUUAAACUCCUGAGUGAAGUUUAGCUCUCUGGAUACCUUCUGCAUGGUUAGCAUAACCAGAAAUACGUCUACAAAUACAUUUUAAAAAGAUGCUGCUAAAACAUCUGUACUGAACAAGAGCAACUGAAACGCCACCUUCUCGAAAUAAAAUAUUUGUUUGGAAUAAUCUGCCAGGAAUUUUAGAUUUUGCAGAGGUUAUCCAUUUAUAGUGCUAGCCUUAUGAAUCCCCAGGUUGCAAGUUUACCAGCUACACUUGACUGACACGCUUUAACAAAGUAUAACCUAUAUUUGUUGUUGGUUCAGUUCAGGCUUUGUACAACAAUAAUUGUAGAAAGGGAUAAACUUUUAUUUCAUUCUCUGUUGUUGUCAAUAACCCUAUACUUCUGCUAAUGCAUACAUAUAGCCCAAGGAAAUGUAAACAUCUCUUGUUACAAAAUCUAGAUCUUGAGAUUUCAGUAGUUCACAAUAUGACAUUUUCCCAUCUCCUCUUGGAUAUCAAGGGGGGAAAUCAGUGUUUCUAAUUAGUUGCACGUCCCUUCUGGAGUCUGUCCAGAAGAGCCAAUCCCUUAGUUGACACUUAACCUCUAAUAUUAGUUUUAAGAUUCAACAUUUUUUCCUCCUAAUCCUUGUGAAUGAAGGCUGGUAUAAGUUACCUAAAAAACCCCCAUUCUUCUGGAAUAGCUAAGAAUGGUUACUGAAAAUAGUAUUGAUUUAUUGCUAGAUAACAAAUUAUGUUUAUUUUUAGCACAAGCAACCUGUAGCCCAUUUGCUCAUUAUUGUUCCAGUUCUUUUUGCUGUUGCACGUAAGAGAUAUAUCUGUGUUUUGUUGUGCAUGCUGGGUCUUCCUUUUAUGUACCCUGCUCUGGGAUUGUUAGAACGAAGAGUGGGCAAUAAAUAGUUGAAAUAAAUGUCAACUUUUCAGUGUUCAUCUUGGGAAUCAGAAAUUCCGAACAGAACUGUGCUUCUUGGUUUAAUUAGAAUUAUCCAUAUGUAGCAGUUAGCAAUGCAUAUUUAAAUGUGAACUUGGCUUACCAGCUGGCUAGCUCCUUUGCAUAUGCAUGCCAGAUUAUUUAAAUUUCUCACUAUUUGAAUGAGAUCAUUAAAGUUACACUUCUGCUAGACAUUGUUCUUCUGCUCAAAAUCUAGCUUAUUUGUCAAAAAGCAGUCAUUUGAACUAUAUACAGAGAGGUAUAGAAAGCUUAGAAAUUCUGCAGUCCCUGUCCAGAGUGACUGUGUAUGAUAUGUGUGGCUGUCUUCUCCAGUUUCGCAGGAGAGAAGUGGAUAAUUCUUUAGUGACGAAACUGGAAUAUGGAUCCUUCUUCCUUCUAGUCCCUGGGAGGUUUGAGCUACUCCUGCCACAGAGUUGUUGUUUAGUUGUGUCCGACUCUUGUGACCCCAUGGAUAGCAAGUUGGGGAUGGCAUUCUUCAGGUGUCUUGCAUCUCCUCUGAUCCUAUGCACUAAAAAUAUUUUCUUAAUAACGGGAAAUGAUCUAGCAACUAUUCACAGCACAGAACUUGAUUUUCCCUCAUUGCAGAAGGUCCCAUGUUCAAUCCCCAACAGCUCCAGUUAAGGCUGGGAAUGUCCUCUGUCUGAAAUCCUGUAGAGCUGCUGCUGGCCUGUGCAGACUGUACUAAGCUAGAUGGGCUGAUGGUAAUGACUGGGUAUAAAUACAGAUACACUACUGGCAAAACCUAUUGGUGUUUUGCAACUUUCUGACUAGUUGCAGGACCUUAGCCAGACCUAGCAGAGUAAACGCAGAAUCCAUGGAAGCAAUUGGCAACUUGGCUGCAGACAGGAUAGAUGAAGCAGGAACCAGGAACUUAUAGUUAGGUGUUUAUUAUAUACAGUGGACUAUUUUCAGGAACAGAACACGGAUCUUUAGCUAGCUCUCUCAUACAUGACUCACAACUCCUACACUGACACAGAACAACUGAACUCCUGAACUACCAGUUAGUAGACCAUUAAUUAUCACUCCCUUGGGAGAGCUUGACCAGUCAGGGAGCUGUCUCCAUGCCUCUGUUAUCUCCAGGCAGACUUACUCCUUCAGAUUGCCUUCUGGCUGUCUGCCAAACCUUAAUUGACUCUGUGUGAGUAGCUGUACGUACACAGUUUCCCAACAUACACCUGUGGCUUGCUAGCAAUAUCAUUGCAUAUCUUUGAAAAGGUAGCCAAAUUCCAGGAACACGUUAGUUUUUUCUCUGCUUGUACAAUCCUUAUCUGUUUAGGAAUAUGGGCUUGCACCGAAUGCAUAUGCAGUCAGUCUGAGAGAAGGGGCACCUAAGCCGGCAUAUUCAGAACUCUGUUUUGGAGAGAAAUACAUACGAUCUGAUUUAGUACUGCUGUUGACUUGGGCACAGUGACACUUGCUAUAGCUGCCUCAGUGACUGAGACGACCAAGAUAAGACAAUGUCGGAGUUAUGUUGUGUCAGUGUCUCAGGAUUUAUCCUCUGAUCACAACCUAUAGAUGUUAGCUAUCAAUAGGCUCAUACUUUGUGGGUUAAAAUUCUCUUCUUGCUCCAGAGUGCCUGACAUAGUGAGUAAUACAGCCUGGGUAGAUGUCAAGCUCAGGUUCUCGUAACCCCUGCCACCACAGGGUCCACCAUCACUCACUGAGAGGUCACCAUUGCAGAAGCUUCUGCUGUUGUGUCUUGGUGCCCUUGGUGAGCACUUGGCCCAAGCGUGUCAUCAUUCUCUUUCCGUACCCCACUCCCUGGCUUGAAGUUGAAACAAACGCCUUUGGUGACAGCAGCAUAAGUUCUGUUUGAGUUGGCUGUUGAGUUAAUCUAUGAUAAACCUCUUUUGGAGGAAGCAGGACAUUUGGCUGGAGCAGGUCAGUAAACUGCCAUUCUCUCUCACCAUCACAGGCCCGAUUCCCCUUGGUGUCUGAUCACACCACCACCACCUCUUCCCUAUACAUUUAUAUGCGCAUGCAAACUGAGAUCUGCCAAAUGCUCAAUAUUAGAAGGGACUAUGGGAAUAUUAAUUUGGUUCCUGGGUUCAUCCAGUUAAAGGAAAUAUCCUAAAAGAAACAUGACUCCAAAACAGAACCAAGGCAUGAAAUACAGCUGUGCAUCAACAGAUUAACUAAUCACACUAAUUCUGGAAGAAUCUGGAGGUGGGGAGGGGAAACGAGAUGCAAGCAAAAUAAUGCUCCCAAGUGUCUCAUAGCUCUAGGCUGAGGCAUGGGAACAAAAAUAAUCAUAAGGUAAAUCCACCCAACUUUAGCUGUUAUGUUUGGUGUUCUGUAUAUGAUGCAAUUUGCUAAAUCUACGGGGAAAAGAUUUGCAUAGCUAAUAUCCCUAGUGUAUAGCCUCCUAAUUUCCUGUUUUCCUAGUUUAAUCUUUUAUUUCCAAUUGUCCCCCCUUCCCCACAAUCUGGUCCCAUCUCUGACUGGUGGAACUGCGGCUAUGCUUUUUUUGUAAGUAUAUUUUGCAAGCCACGAGUCUAGCCACCACAAUAUCUCCCAACUACUCUGAAAUAAAGGUUGAGAAAACACUUUUCUUUGAAAUCUAAUAGAGUGCCAGCAACUACAAGUGAAGCAAAUGUGUCUUGUUUUCCAUUAUCUGGGUAGAAAGGUGAUGAUCUUCUUCCCUUGAAUUUUGGACUUGUGUGGCUCCCAAUUGAACUGCAGCAGCUAGAGAAAUUUGAGAUCUUCCAAUCCUUGUUUAAUGGCAACUAAGGACUCAUUCCAUGAUGCUAAAUGUGUUUCUGUUAAUGUUUGUGAACUAAUAGUUUUAUAGGUCUGUUCUGGUUACUGUCAAGGUUUGUGGCAUGACUUGAUGCUCCUCUGAUUCCUUGGUCACCUCAUGAGAGCAAGAGCCCUUCCCGAAUUUGUUUCAGUUACUACCAGCUUGAUUUAAAUUACACCCCAAUGGAGAGAAACCUUAAUGCUCAGAUUUCAAUAUUGGUUCCAUAACUGCUUACAGUUGAUUAAUGGGUUGGUUAGAGGAACAAGAACCAUAACACGCCCUGCAACUGUCUCAUUCUCAAAAGGUCUGCUGUGGCCAGCCAAUAUUUUAUGUGGCCUGAAUCUUGACAGCAGAUUGAGCAAGAAAGGCAAGAAAGAUGCAGGGUGAGUCCAGUUCAGCAAUAGAGCCCCCAUCUUCUUCCCACCUUAAAGACUGCAACUUGAUCAUCGUAAGGUGGUAGCAAAGCUAUGAAAAAAGAAGUGGAAACCCAACUUAACAUCUGCGUAUAUCCCCCCCCCCCCCCGGAGCUGAAUGAUGAUGUCAUAAUCCAGUCAUCCAAUAAGUAGAUACUUUCCACCAGAAUUGCAGUUUUUAUUUCUGCAAGUGCUUCAAAGUUAGAUGAAAACUACACAAGUUAAUGAUUAGAAUAACAGUUGACAGUACAGUAUUUUGAAUUCUGAAAUUUAGGAGAAAUCCUCACUGGCAACUUGAAGAAGUUCUUUAUUCUGUCAUUGCCGGCUGAGCUCUGUUUGCUUUAAAGUAGUUGCCCUGCUGUUCCUUUCUUUUUUUAUGUGUUUUGCAGGGUGUGAGUAAGGGAUCUCUGCAUUCUUACCACAAGAUGGAGCUCCAGGAACUAGGUUUUUCAAACAGAUAAGGACACUUAAUGGAUUUUCCAUUGACUGUUUUUAUAUAUUCAGUGGUCCAAACUGUGGAAGUAUUCUAAUGAAGGAUUCUUUCAGAAUGCCUAAGACCACCGAAGUUGUUGUUUGGUGGUUGCAAAAGGUCACUAAGCUUUUUAGGGAACAUGGUUGUCUGACUUGCUCAGUAGCACAUAGUGUCUCCACUGAGAUGACUUUAUUUCAGAAACCAACCAAAACAUUUGUGGACCUUGCUUUGAUUAUGGCUUCGUCUGCGUGCGCAGUAUUAAAACAUAGUUUAAAAGAACCUACGUUCUUUUUCUCCAAACAAACCAUGAAUGGUAACCCAAGAACAAACUGUAGUUUCUACUCAUGAUUUGUUUGGAGAGAAACAAACCAUUAGCCAAGGUUUGCAAUUAAGAAUGAACCAGGUUCUGGCUUCCUCCUGGCUUGUUUUGAUUCUAAGUGUGUUAGGAGCAGGGAAGAAGCAACUCUCUGGAAAAGAAACAAACCCUUCUGCAUCUUUCUUGGGGAAUGGGUAGGGGAUUCAUAGAAUCAUGCAACUUACUUUGACCUCCCUGCAUACAAUGUAUCAAUAAAUUUUAAAAUCCAUUCUUCGAUACUGAACAGUGUUGGGUUUUUUAAAAGUUUUUAAAUGAGCCAAGUGUGCUUCGUGUGGCUGUCACUCAGGCUGCCAUCUAAAGUCAAAUGAUUAUUACAGUCAAGAAAUGUACAUUUGAUGCUUGCUUCAGAUCUUUGUUGAGUGGGGUAAUUUAUCCAGAGAUUAAUUGCACUUAAUUAUAUUGUCAAAAUGAGUUAGUUGUAUGUGCCGUGCUCAAUUUGAACGAAUUUGUACUUGUCUCAUCUAUUUGAUGGCAUUGCAUGGUGAUGGCAUCCCACUGCUACUCACACAGCGUCUUUUAUUCUUGCUUGCAUAGUUUCAUUUUGCUGUAUUUGCUCAUCUUCGCGAAAUACACAUUCAAAACAUCUUCUGUUAUUCAGUAUCGCGAGGGAGCAUUGUGAUGCCUGAAACCAGUGUGACUGGGUCUCAUUUCUGCUUGCAUGAGCAGAUGCUAUAUAUUUCAGGCUGGUUAGAAUUCCCCACCCACCCCUUAUUUACGUUUCCUUCAGUCAGGACACAUUCUGAGCCCUCAUCAAACCUUUUGGAAAUCCACUAAUUGAGUCAGGAAGUUUAAAAGCAUCAUAAACUGGUUUGAGUAAAAGGAUUGAAUAAACAGAAGACAGAACUUCUAACCUGACAUUUGUUUAGGCUCUCAACAGCUGUUGAACCUUUAACAUUUCAAGACUUCCAGAAAACCUUGCUGAAUAAGGUCCACCAAGAAACCCUCCUAUGUGGGAAUGUUACAAACUGAGAUGCCCUCUGAGAAUGACAGGAAACCGAGUGUUUGCAAACUACACAAUGCUCUGUGGAAGGGACAGGGAACCUCUGACCCUCCAGAUGUUGUUGCACUCCAACUAGCCACAACCAUCAUGGCUAACAAACAGAGAUGAUGAGAGCUGUUGUUGGCAUCCGUUGUCUUGGGAGACAAUGGAGAAGUGCACUUGGGGUAGGGGAUGAAGUCCAGCUGUUGGAAGGUUGCAGGGUCUGCUGUGGCUGCAGAGACCAAUACGGAAGAGACAUGUUUUGUUGCAGCUGGGGCAGAUGAAGGUAUCCAGUAGUGCUGCUGCAGAUGCAGCAUAGUGUUUCUUCUCUCUUCAUUCCUCCCAGUGGUCAUUCCUCCUCUAGUCACUGCUAUGAAUUCACAACCUGACUGUCGGUCUCCAGGCACUGCAAGGGAUUCCCACACGGUGUGGUUGAUGUUGCCAGCUUGCAGACAUCUUUGUAACGCACAGUUGGUCUGCACACAAGCCAGAUGUUGGAAGCCUGCUCCCCCUAGAGCAUGUCCUUGGGGAUCCUGCCAUCUUCCAUUCUGUGGAAAUGACCAAGCCAGUGCAGACAGUGCUAAGACAGGAGUGUGAACAUGCUGCGAAUGUGAGCUUGGGAGAGCACAUCUCUGUUUGAAACUCUGUCCUGCCAUGUGAUAUACAAAAUCUUCAAGUCACAGUGCAUGUGGAAGGCUGAGGUUGCAUAUAUCCUAUCACUGCAUUUGAAGAGGAUAGGAAACUACAAGGUAUUAGCUGUGUAUAAAUUUUAUAACCAGUGAAGCAGCCUUUCAUUGAUGGUUGAGUUAACAGAUUAUCUCUGCCAGUGCCAAAUGUAUUUAAAAUAUGAUGUUUGUAUGUACUUAGCGCAGCAUGAAUUAUUAUUAUUUUUUUAAUCUUCCAUGCAAUGAUUUGAUUAAUUUGUAUUUUUUUGUAAUCUGCUUAUUUCUCCAGAGAUACAGUGUGGCUACCAGGCAGUAGUAAAAACCAGAAUAAAACACAGAGUUAUAUCCAACUUAAGUUAUACUUGGAACAGACCCACUGAAAUCAGUGGACUUAAGCCAUGCCCAUUAAUUUCAAUGGCUCUACCCAUGAGUCACACCUAAUUUGCUACAAACUCAUAAUCCCUUUCAAAGCCCAAUUUACAUUGAAAUAAGUUAACAAUAUCUAACCUGCUUGACGAAUGCCAGCAAAUUAGGUAAAUAGUUUGCACUUUAUUAGAAAUCUUUCAGGGCCUUCCAUAGUUUCACUGACAGUGAGCUUCUGUCAGUAAGGAGCCACUUAAGCAAUGCUCAUCAGAUUUGUUGAUAAUGUGGGAUUUAUUUAUAAAUCAUUGGAAUAUAAUGAAAAUGUAUCUCCCUCACUGUCUCUCUCCUCCAUUAAUAUAUUUUUAUAUAUACUUCCUGUAUGAAGUAGUGUCUAUUAUAUGUUUUGUCUUUUAUAUAUUUCAAUAUAAAAGUUUAAAACAUUGGAUUUUAACAUCUGUAUAGUGUCUGAAAGCAUUAUACGAAGUGCACAUGUGGUUAAGCCAAUAAAUUAUGGACCCUUUGGGUUUCAUUUGUCUGGCUUACUGGAAUAGGAUGUUUUUAUUUAAAUCAAAUCCCACAAAUUAGACAUUCUUACAAGAGAACAUGUCUGAUUAUUUUCUUAUUACAGUUUGCUAAUAACUUUUCCAAAACCUGCCUUGUCGUAGUAUAUAAAAACUGCUACAAAUAUGGUAUCUAAUUCUGGUUAGUAGGUGGACAGACUUGCCAUAUGAAGUAUUCUUUAAAGAAAAAAAUGUACAAAAAAAUUAAAAUUGUCUUUUAUAAAUUAAGGAGAUAAUAAGCAUUCAUUUUAUUUCUUAAAGGUAGCACUGUAUUUUGAAAGAGAAAAACUAGCAAAGCUUAUCACUUUGUGCAAUGGGUCUCAAUUAAUGAGAUGUCAAUAAUGCCAACGAGAGAGCAAAAAAGGGAGGAGAACGGGCUACUUACUAUGAGUUACUCAUUUAGCAUGAGGAGUGCUAUGCAGAUAGUUGCUCAAAAUUGCAUUCUGCAAUGUACAUUUGAAAUGAAUACUUCCGCUUUAGCUCGUAUAAUAGUUAAUGGAAAUCUGGUAGACUUUUAAACAUUAGAAGGGGAUUGCAUGCCAUUGUUUCCACAAGUGGUGUUCAUAGUGGUACUGUAUGUUUGAGUAACAUCAAAGUGAUCCAAGUGUGGUUCCCUGCAUACAAAAAAUACCUACUUAAAAGUGUCUGGGAGAAUGAUUUGGAUUUAUAAAUAAAAAUUCGAGUAUCACAAUUCAAGUAGUCCAUAGUAGGUAUUAAAAACACCUACCCUGGGUAGAAGACUACUUUCACCAAUUCGUUUAAAUUAAAAUAAAUAAAUAUAUCCCUACACUAAAAUGAUUUCAUGCAGUUGCAUCCAUGUCAGGGCGCUUUAAUGAGUAGCAGGGCUGUGUUUUAUUCCUAGACAAGCUAAGCCUGCACACAAAUUUUGUAUAUAAAUCUACACUUAUUGAAUUUUAAUUCCUGAGUUGGAUCUGUGGGUGAAAUACAGGUGCCAGCAGGAGCUAUUCUGCCAAGGAUUAGAUUUAGACCAGGGAGCUUUGCAUCGACAAGAUAAAGGCUGUAAUUACCAUUAAAAACUGCACAAAUAAAGGCAGUUAAUAAACAUGUGUGUUGUGUGCAGGCAAGUUGGUUGCAUUCCCUUUUAUGAUUCCCAGAGAGCAUAUUUGUGAUUGAACAUAAUGGUUUAUAAUGCCAUUGGCUUGUUUGUCACAGAAGGGCAGCCCCCCCCAUCUUUUCUCCAUUAGGUGUCUCAAAUAACUGCUGCUUUUUCUCCUGACUUCCCCCUCUGCUUCUGACUUGUGUUGGAAAAUAUAACACCACGCAGCAAAAAAAGAAGUAUGUUCAAAUUAUUUGGCUUUAAUGGUUCUUAAUUCCUUAAGUCCUAGCUUGAGUGCAUCAUUGCAUUCUUCCAUUUUAUUAGCGUACUCCACUAUGUAGAAUAUGGUGGGUCUUGCUUUUGAGUAAAUGUGCAUAGGAUUGGGCUUCAUGCCUAAAAUUCCAACUAUGCGUGUCCCUAUUUAUUACAUUCACAUCCUCCUUUUCAAUAUGCUCUCAAAAGAAAUCAUAAUAACUUAUUGGUAGUGAAUGCAGAACAGGGAAUCCAAAAAAGAUCAAAGAAUUAAGCUUGGAAUGGAGGAGGCAGUUCUCAAGUUAGCCACAUAGCAAGGUGUUCAGUGCUUGAAAGAUCAGAACCAGUAUGGUUUGGAAAUGGAUCAGUAUGCCUUGGAAAUGCUUUUGACAGUGUUGGUAGAACCUAGCCAUCAUUACUAGUAGCCAUUUACAGUAUAGCCUUUUACUCUAUGAACUUGUCUAAUCCUUGUUUAAAGUCAUACAAGUUGGUGGCCAUCACAAUCUCUUGUAACUAGCUUCUCUUAGUAGCUUGAAAAAUAAUUUACUAGAAUGCUAAGAGGCUGGCAGCAAGGAAAGGUACUACCUUGUUAGAAGGGUACUAAUAAAUUACGUUCUACCAUGCAAACAAGGGAUGGAGCAAUCUGUGCCUCCAUUGCCAUCCUGAUCACCCCCUGCUCAUGUAUUGCUACCAGACAAAGAGUUAAGUACAAGGUUGAUAUAAGUUUUGCUAGUAAGAACAGCAGUAAUGGAAGAGAAUGAGGGCAGCAAGAGAUGAAUGCGUAUGUUACGCACUUUGGCAUGAAAUUUAGAGAAUUAUGCUUGAGCCUUCAUGGAGGUCUUUCAGAUUUUGGGACCUGGUGUAUGUUUAUAUAUGAAUACAAAUAUCUGGAACCAAACGUAAAUGUGUGUAAUUAUAUACAAAGAAGGUGGGAUUUUUAUUCCACCAAAUACCCUCCCCACUCUUUCCUGCCAAAAGGAAAAUAUGGAUAUGCAGACAGAGUAUUCCCCAAACUUUCAAUUCAAACUGCUAAAAUAAAACUACAAGGGUUGUUAAUCCUUCUGCUUGCGGGUAUAGACUUGUAUCAACAACUGUGGUCAAGAGACAUUUCAGCAGCUUUGUUGUAGAUUUUGCAAAAUGAGGUUCCUGCUGAUGGUUUUAUGACUUCUUCUUAAGUAUCCAGCCUAGACUACUGAAGAUGGUUUGGAUGGGCCAUUAGUUAUUUAAAGGAUGGUAAAUUUUUAAGUUCAUAAUUUAGUUUUAUGGACGUUUGUUUUAGAUGGUACAUGAGAAGGCAGCAAAAUGUACCAAAAUGUGUUCAUACCUACCAAACUUAUUUAAACAUUUAUAUUUUCUUUACCUUGCUCCUCAGAUAUAAAAGCUUACAUAUCAAUAAUUUAAAAUUUAAAAAGACAACCCCUGCCUUCAAGCUCACAGUUUAAAAGCCAUUACACAAAAGGAAAAAGGGGGGUGGGGAGGUAGAAGCAAGAAAAAAAAACCUCUAGUCCAUGGAAUGUGUCUUAAUGUUAGGAAUGUCUAACUGGAAAGGUUUGUUCUGUCACCCUGUGUUUCCUCUACUACCAGGGUUACUAGAGACUGUUAAAUAGAGAUUAGGCACAAAUCUGGCUAGUCACACCUUCAAUAGUAUAGGUCCCUCUUCAGCCUUCUUCUCCCUUUCCUGAUCUUUCCUCAUUGCCGAUGCAAAUGAAAAUUUUAUUGGUUUCUUCAAGGCUCCUCCUCCUCUUACCAACAUUACAAAACUCCAGCUGUUUUCUACUCAUUCUUCAUCAAUACUUCAUCAAGCCCUGACGAAGCCUUCACCUAUGUCUUGAAGGUGCAAGAUUCCCCAAUUAGCAGAACCAUAUGCUGCAAAGUUUUGCUAAGAUGUACCCACUCAGAUUACAAGUAAGCAAUAGCAUGUUUGAAUACUCUCUCAUGUAAAAAGCCUUCUCCAUACAGAACACUUGCAAGUUAGGGACACAAUUGCUUUUUAAAUUCAGCUGUAGUGGAGCAAAUGGAGACAAGUUUUUCCUACUGUCUGGUGAUGGACGAUGGUCUUUUUUAUAGUAUACUUAAAACCAUUAUCUUUUUAGGGGCUACCCCACAUUUUCUUCAAAAAAUUGCUUUGCAUAGGUAAAUACCACAGAGUGAGCAAGAUUUUCUAAAGUAGGGGGUCCAUGGCUUGGCUUUUGAAAAAUAGGAGGGUCCUUAGUAAUUAGCUAAUUGGGAACCACUGCUGUACAUGGAUAAACACAGUGGCUUGCUUCUGUUUGUACUCAGGCUUCUCCUUUCAUGGAGUUAUAACCCAAUAAGUUCCCAAGCAUGGAGGCAUAAGCUGCUUCUCCUGCACAGUGUCUCAGCCAGAGAGGCCUCUCCACCUUCACUAAUUUCGCAUGGAGGGGUGUUGGGGUAUCUGACUGUCUGUGUAGGCAGGAGCCUGGCAAUGGGGAAGGGGUUGUCUUCAACGUCUGGGGCUAGUGAUAACCAGUGAACUUGGAUGAGGGCCCUGGUGCCAUUGUCAGAGGGGCAGGUUAGUAUUGGCAUUGUUGUGGGUUCACAAAAAGCAUAUCUUGCUAGAGUGUGAUUUUGAAAGGACAGCUCAUUUAUUACAGAAGAUUGAAAGCCUUAUGUGAUGAAAACAAUGUAUAAUUCUCAUAAAUCCUGCCAGAUGUCAACAAGAAAUAAUGUGUCAAGCAACAAAGCAUUGAGGGUUGUUAUGAGGGAGGCCAGUAUGAGCAUUGGCUUAAAGUGGUUGCCAGUGUCAUCUUGAUUCUAAAAGCAGGAAAAGGGGGCUUGUAGUUUACUGUAUACCAAAAAUGCAAAAUAUUUCAGUGAAUACCUAUCACCUGGUUGGUCUCCUUACAUGCUAGUUCCUAACGCUUGGGAGCUGUUGCUCGUUUGGGGAGUUUGAUCCCAUGAUGUAAAGUUGUUUACUAUGUAUUAAUACACAGGAAAAGGUAAAGGGACCCCUGACCAUUAGGUCCAGUCGUGGCCAACUCUGGGGUUGCGGCGCUCUUCUUGCUUUAUUGGCCGAGGGAGCCGGCGUACAGCUUCCGGGUCAUGUGGCCAGCAUGACUAAGCCGCUUCUGGCGAACCAGAGCAGCGCAUGGAAACACGGUUUAUCUUCCUGCUGGAGCGGUACCUAUUUAUCCACUUGCACUUUGACGUGCUUUCAAACUGCUUAGGUUGGCAGGAGCUGGGACCGAGCAACGGGAGCUCACCCCGUCGCAGGGAUUCUAACCGCCAACCUUCUGAUUGGCAAGUCCUAGGCUCUGUGGUUUAACCCGCAGCGCCACCCGCGUCCCAGGAAACCCAUCACUAAAUAAUUGGAUUUGGUUAACAACAUAUCUGAGAUGCUAUUUUCUUUCCUUCCAGAGACCCCAGCUCUCCUUUCCUUCACUGAAGCAGAAAUGGGAAGAAUAUCGGCUCCAGUGUUUGGAGUAUCUCCAUGAAACACCCCCUCUUAUGGCAGGUAAGGCUGCUCAGCACAAAUGGCACUCUCAAAGAGCAUCCUAACUGCAUACUGCUACAGUUCUUAUAGGCCAUAAUGUGUUUUCCAUCAUCUCCCCUUUCCUAUUAGUUUCUGCAACCUGGUCUGCAGUGUCCUGAAGGGCCAAGUUCCUAACGAUGGAAGGGAAUGAAUUUUGCUAAGUUAUAGAGUGUGAGCCUUACCCAGCUAGAAGAGAAGGAUUGUAGCUUAGUGGUAGAGCUUGCUUUGCAUACAAAAGGUUCCAUCCCUGUUAUCUUCAGCUGGUGGUGGAACAGAUGUCUUUCUGAAACCUUGGAGACUCACUGUUGGUCUAAAUGAACAGUACUGAGCUACAUGGGUCAAUAGUCUGAUUAAAAUUAGGGGAUAUUGUGUGGGAUGUGGGAGGGAGUCAGAAACAAAAACAAUAGUGGGCAUCAAGUGCAUCCCCCCCCCCCAUAUUUGAUAGACUAAUUGUGGAGUGGCUCCACCUAGGCAUGUACUUGUAACUUUUGCUGCUGGGUGCUCCAGUGCAGUGUGUGCCAUAAUUAUUAUGGGGGUGCCGGUCCAUGUACAAGGGAGGAAUUCUCCUACCUCACAUUACAAUGUUCAGUAAGCUGUCCCCCCCUUUUUUGCUAUCUGCAUUCAGAAGGGAAAUGAUUGUGUUUUAAGACAACAUUAUAUAUAUAUAUUUAAAAAACACACAUAUUGGUAUUGUAUUAAUUAAAGGCAUUUAGGAUAGCUUACAUUAAAAGUUUAAAUGUUCAAAUAUUAAACAUAUAUAUUACUGUAAGUAUACAGUAUCAGUGCAUCAUAGUGGUAGGAGUAAUUUAGUCAGCUAAAAUUACUUGGUAAAACAAAUAUGUAUUAACAGGCUUUCUAAAACUGGACUUGGCAGGUGUCUAUCAGAAAAGGGUUCCAGAUUGGGACACUCUUGCUGAAUAUGUACCUGUUCCACUAUAAUAACGUUGAUGAAAUAAGGCAGAUGGAAGAAGGCUGUAUUGGAUUGUUUUAAAUGUGUGUAUGCCCAUAUCAGGAGGAGGCAGCCUAAGAUCCAAAUUAUGAAAGAUUGAUUGUAUGAAUGAAAACACAACCUACUGUAACAAGUUCAGGUUUCUGGUCAUUUGGUUCCUAGUAAUUUGAAAAAGAAAGCCUGCAGCAUUAAAAUGUUCUGGUCCCAACCCACUGGAAUGGAUAAGACUUGAUCUGUACCCCCCCCCCAUAUAUAACAAAGCAUUAGAUUUUUCCAUUGCUUCUUCUUAGAAUUGCCCUGUAACAUUAGAGAAUGACACUCGCUGGUAGCAAUAAUAGUAAGAAGGUAUUAAUCUCUCUUUGCUCUGCUAGGCAGCCAACACUACACUCCUAGGCUGAUGGUUUAAUAAAUCUGAAACUGAGCCUUUAGCGUGUUGAAUAAGCUAUAAUGCUGAUUGGUGGGCUUUUGUGUGAGUAUUUCAGCAAUGUGUCAGUGUGUAUUGUGUGGAAUUAAGAGCAUGACAGCAGAUCAUUUGUAUUGAGAAAAAUACAUAAGGUAUGUUGAGUUAUUGAACUAGCAAAUGCAAUGCCAGAGACAUGUGUUGCAAACCAGACAAAGCAGGAUAUCUGGUACCAGGAUAAUACCUUCAAUGGCAGCUGCUCCUCUUCCAUAGGCUACAGUGAUAAUCUUAACAAUUCAAGACCAAGUUGCUGGUCAGCUGAGACAGGUGAAGAACCACUGAAGUCAUACUUAGCCGUUUAGCAAGUAGAAUUGGAGCUGAUGGUGAAGCACAAUCACCUUAUGCCAGGGAUUCAAUGAGGAAAGCGACAAGGACCCAAGAAACAAGCUGAGGACACAUGGCACAGCUGCUUUGCUGAAGCUAAGUAGAUUUGGGUCUGGUCAGUAUCUGGAUGGGAGACCACCUAGGAACCCCAUGAGUUUCAAGAUAGAAAAUAAAGGGGAUAGAAGUAUAUUGAAUUAAUAAACAGAAUGGCAAGAACUUCACUAACAAAUGCUGUGAAUUGUUUGUGCAGUCUGUAUUGAGUCAUGCUAUUAACUUACAGUUGUAGCUGUCUAGCAGCUUGAAGUAAAUUGUAAAGAUAGAAUGGUUAUUUUCCCUACCUCCUUCCCCCCCAAUGUUUGUGUCUAUGUGUUGUGGGGUGUUAUUAGGGAACGGGCUGUCAUUAUUACAACACUUGGUUCUGGAUUGUGUUUCUGUUCAGUCUUAGUUGCUGAACAGGGCUGUAGAAGCAUUGCGGCUGAUGAUUGGUGUAAGACACAAAUAAUGGAUUUAGAUCUUUUUUGGGGGUGGGGUGGGGGUACCUAUCUAAUAUUAAAUCCUCCCAACCUGGACUCUUGCAAUGCAACCUCAUAAAGCUGCUUCUUCAUUUUCUUCCAAUUUCUCUCCAAAUAUUCUCUAUCUGUAGAAGGCAAGUUCUGCAACAGGACAUUUGAUGAAUAUGCAUGCUGGCCUGAUGGUCUGCCUGGCACCUACGUGAACAUGAGCUGCCCUUGGUAUCUUCCAUCACCUAGCCCAGGUAAGUAUGUUUUCCUAUCUUUGAAGAACAUCCAGUAUACACAAUUUCUCUCCCACCAGCCUGCUAAUUUUAUUUAUAUGUUUGUUGCGUGUAUAUUCUGCCACUCCUUUAGGGAACUCAAGGUGAAAGACAUGAUUCUCACUUCCCAUCAUAUCCUCAAAAACAGGUAGGUUGGGCCAAGAGAGAGCCCAAGGUCACCCACUGAGCCUCAUGGUCAAGGGGAGACUUGAAUAUUGCACUUCUUGGUUGUGGUUCGACACUCUUAGCUACUAACGUGCAAAAUUUGCUAAAGGCAAGCUCAAGUUCAUCUGGAACUCUGCAUGUGCCCAGAAGCUAUGUCUGACUUCUCUCUGAACAAUGAGUGCAAGCAUCACUGUGGUAUAACAGUAAAAGCAUGUGCAGUGUAAAGCCAACUUGAUCCUGGAAAUAUAAGUGGCAAGCAAUAGGGCCUUGCAAGCCAGAAACAUGAGCAGGUCUGCAUGAACCUAAUUAAUCACACCCACACUCACACACAACAACUCCUUUUUGUAGUUACCACUUAGGUGCUGGGUCAUGUAGGGUGGGAAAUACGUUGGGACUUGGUGUUACUCGAGCAAAGAGGUAAUUGACGUAUGGACUGGUUCAGGACUGUCGGUUUUAAUUCCAAAGAUCCCUUCAGUAUAAAUGUGGGGUGGGGUGGGAUGGGCGCUAUGCUGAGUAUGGGUGGGAAAGAAAUUUCUUUCUUGAAGUCCUUUUUUCUGACAUACCUCUCUCUCUCUUGCAUGAGUAUUCAUAUUGUAUUAUGUUUGGUUGCUAGCAACUGUUAUCUUAGGGUCAUCUGAAAAUUGAAUUUACAAGCUCUUUAUCGGUUUCUCAAUCAUUAAUAAACAUAUACAUUAUUUACAGCUACUUAAAAAUUUGCUUGUAUUAAUGUGCAAAAUUGUUGACUUCCCAAUUAAUUGAUAUAAGAGCCCAUAAAACAUUCUAUAACUCCUUUCAAUAAUUCUUCCCCCCCUUUAUCUAAUAACCUACAUGCAGGAUUAAAUGCCUUCCCUUCAGCAAACCUAUUUAUUUUCCAACUUAGGACUCGGUGGCAGUCAUUUGGCUGCUAACAGCACUAAAAAUCAUCACUGCAGGAGAAAGCCAAGAUUUACCAUAAUCCUGUACCUCAAUAAAUUACCAGAAUGUGCUGCAUCUUUCAUGUACUUUUGCAAAUAAGCAAAAGCUGAAUUAUCCUGGGGUAGAAUACAAUUUUCACUUAAAACACAUUAACAUUUGGAUCUCUUCAGAAAUUUUCAUUAAAGGAUUGCAAACCACUUUGGAAACAAAUUAAGCUUUAUAAUCCUCUCAUUCCUGUUGCUAUAGUAUAUCCUCAUUUUUCUUUGUUGUCCCAAUAGACUUGAUGAUGGGCUGUGGCAAUCCUUGGUCUCCUCCAUUAUAAAUGGAUGUGUAGUAUUGUGUGUGUGUGUGUGUGUGUGUGUGUGUGUGUGUGUGUGUGUGCUGUUAAUCUCGUCAUACUUUUACUUUAAAGUGGAUUACUACAAUGCAGUCUAUGUGGGGCUGCCCUUGGGUUUAUAAACACCAGCAGGUGCAGAAUGCUGAUCAGGGGCAUCUUGCUGACAACACGUGAGACUAUUGUAGAAACAUCUGCACCAGCUGCCCAUCCACUACCAAAUCAGGUUCAAGUGUUUUAAUUUACAAAGCCCUGAACAACAUAGGUAGAGGGUACCUCAGGGACUGCUUGAACCCUUAUAUUCCAGCCCAGCCACUGAGAUAAUCUGCAGCGGCAUUGAUGAUCAUUCCCCAAGUUGGCGAGACUCAUUUGAUAACUACAAGAACCCAAGUCUUUUGUGUCACUGGCUCUGUAUUAGGAGAGGGGUAGUACAUCUGGUGGGAGAAACGUCACAUUCCUUCUGGGGUAGCUUGUCCACCUUUGAUCUCCACCCUGUACUCAGCUCCCACGUGUGGCUCCUAGAAGCUAUCAGCAUGCAACAGUGGCCACCCCCUAGGAAACAGCUUUAACUGGCCAGCUAAACCAGGUGAGUCUAGCUGAUAGGUCUCAAAUCCUCAGUGAGUUAGGGACUUUCCCUGCAUGUGAACACAUGCUCUUGUGGAUUGAGCAGACGAGACCAAUUGUGUGUCAAGGCCCCCAAGCCAGCCCCCGUUAGAAUAAAAAUUCACACUGACACAGAUUUUUGGUUUAAGGUUAAUGGGCAAAAAUUUAGGCCACAACUUUAUUGAUUACAGCAAAUGUGAGCGGUAUUGGCUUAGGUAUUGGCAAAGGACUAUAUUGGACUCCUGCCCCCUUUGCAGGAAGUCAGUAAUGAUAAACCACUAAAAGAGGAAGCUACAUCGGGGGAACCCGCCUGUAGCUCUCCUUGGUGUUCCCAGAGGCCUGGCAUGGCCCUAGCCCCUCAAGUGGACUUCGGACAGAAUCUAGGCCUUCAACAGAAUACCCUUGGUCAAUGGUGGGGCAGGCGAUGGCCGACCUCCCCUCCCCCACAAGUCAAUGAGCCAAUGCCUAACCGCCAAACCUUACAAAGUUGUGACAAUUACUAAGAGGUAGGCGAAAACCAAGUGGCCAGGGCCAAUCUGUCAAAUGGAAAAAUUCCUACCUGGCCCCAGUCUCAAGAGAGAAGUGAGGGGUAGAUGGUGCUCACCAACCUAGAAAGGUAGCCCAUCUAGGAGAAGGAAAACUCUGAUCCUAAACCGAUGCUGCCUUGCAUAAUAGCUUUGGGAAAAGAAAAGGUUAAGGAGUAAACCCUGCACAAAUCCAGAGUGUAUUCCCUAAGACAGUUGGACGGCACUUUGCAUGCCUGCUUCCGGCAACUCCUGCAGCCAAGCUGGUGCCCAACGCAUUGCUUUCCUUUCCUUUGGACCGCGCCAGUGAGGCCAAGAGUAGGGUCUUGUCAUCUGAGCAGCCCAGGAUCUCCAUACACACUGCCCAGGCUUGUACCCUAGAGAGGUCACUUUGAUGCUGCUAAUUGCGGCAGUUUGACUUCACCCCGAAGGCACACUCUAUUGUCCCCUGAGACAGACGAAUGUCAACAAGGGAUUCAGCAGGCACCUUCUAUCCCAACUUUUCAAGGCCUGCUGAAAACUUUUGUAUCCCGUCAGACUUAUACAAACAAUUAAGAAUAUAUCUUUCCAUAAUAGUUAAUUUAGUUCUGAUUUUAACUUUUUAUAUAGUUUUAUUGUAUAGCUUUAUGUGUAAUUAUUGUAAAUGCUCUGAUUUUCAAAAUAAAUAAAUAAAUAACAGUGUAUGAAUAUUGUUAUAAAUAAAAUAAUGAAUAAACUUAACUUCCCAAAACCUUACCACAGCAGCAAUGUGAUGGGGUCAGUGGUCUUCCUCCUUGUACUAAAACCUAAUCAGCAUAUGGGAAAAAAUCUUUUUGCGUUUCCUUUGCUAAUCUGGACAUUAAAUCCUUUUCCAGAAAUUAUGUAACCAGAUAAACUAGGUUAGGUUUUUCAUUAAGUGAGGGUGCAUAAUGGAUUCCCUUUUAGACAGAACUCUUACUAAAACUGUUGUAAAUAAGAAUUUGUUUAAGUUAGCAAAAGUCAGGCCAUUUCACAUAGCCCAAGAUGGCAGCAGCUGCAUAAUUCUAAAGCCACCUACUUCUCUGAUUUCUGCCUUUAUGUAGAAUAAUAGUGCAAAGAGAGAGCUAAUGGUUCUGCCACUCCUUAAAAUUUAAUUAAUUAAUACCCUGCCUUUUUUCUUGACAAGGAUUCAAGGCAGCUAAUAGAUAAAAACUGUAGAGCCUUCUCUUCAAGUAUUUUGGCCAAUUAGAGCUGGCCAAAAAUGAAUACAUGUACUAAAGCUUCAUAGCUGAACUUCUGUCAAGUAUCAAGAUUAUUAGCAUCUAAACCAGUAAUUUUAUGAGGGCAAGCAGACCUAGGAAGACUUGAACUCGGAAAAUGUAUAACAAACCAUUAAUUGCCUAUGUGUAACAAAGGCUUGAAAAAUAAAUUUACCAUGAUGCAUACUUUGUUAGUACUGGCUACUUUUGUCGACUUUGGCUCCCAGCACCUGAGUUUUCCUCUGUCAAGUGGAGCCCAAUUAAGACUGUCAAUUUGGCCAAAGAAGCUGUGGUCAAAAUUAGUCAGGUGUCUCACAGUUCUUUAAGGGGUGAAAGUCAUGAACUAUUUCGUGUUGUAUUCAUCAGCUUUCAUUGUCCAUGCAGAUGAAGAGGUUUCUAGCUCUCUCAGAUUAGAGUUUAGUUACAGCUAUCACUAUUGGUAAUCAUGCAACACGAUCACUUGCUUUUAAAAAGAACAGAAAUCUGUGUAGUUAUUACUGGCGGUUAAUUUAGUGGGCCUAGACAUCUGGCAACAGGAGCGAAGCCUGUCUUGCAUGGCCCACUGGUGAGCGCUUGGCUUUAGAGAUUUUUACGAUGUGGGCAUUUACCUUAUUUGCACUGCCCAUAUUCAUAUUUGCUGUGAACGAGAAGAUUUGCGCUGUUUCUCCUGAAUCACAGAUUUUGUUCACCCUCAAUGUACUUCACACUUCAAGAUAGAAACUACAGGACACCCCUGCCUCCCCUCCCACCCCCCAAAAUGAGCUUUGCUGGCAGAUGACACAUCAAGCUUGGCAGAAACUCUAGGAAGAGGACAGUGAGAUGAAAAUUUAUUUUUCCGUAUUGUAGCCAAGUGAGAUUAUCAUUUCCUUUUUCAUCUCUUCAGGGGCUUGGUUUUCGCUGGCUUUUGUUCUCCCUACAACCCCCUUUUGUCCUUAAAUAAUAGCUGCCUUGCUCUCCCGCUCCUUUUUUUAAAAAUGAAGAUCUCUAUGAAGCCUAUAAACAGCUUUUAAUUUCUUAGAGAUAACAUCCAACCUUAUCAAUAUCCAGGAUACUUUCAUUUCUGCUCUUCCUCGAGUGAGUAGGAAGAAUACCCAGGGGCUCACUUUUUCAGGUCUUUUUAGGUGGGGGAUUUUUCCUGAGCUAAAUGUAGAAAACUUGCCCAGUGGUAAAUCAAGCACUGGUAAAUUUACCUUCCCUUUUUCAACCAUGCUGAGGCAAUUUCUGGCAUUCGGUGGAAUCACUGCAAGUGCAGACUUCCGGGGUGGCGCCUCCGGAAAAUGGCGGAAUUCCCUUCGAAUUGAAGGGAACCCGCUGCACGGAGGCUUGGGUCCUGCCGCUACGGCGCAGCGGGGACCCUCAAAAACCACAGGCGGAAGAAGCCUGUGGGCGUGGGACUCGGCGGGCACCGAGAGCGCUCUCUCCCUUGUACAGGAGCCCGGUAACGGGCUCCGGAGUGGGAGGUGCGUGGUGCUGUGAGUCGACUGCUUCCUCCGUGCAGCAACGCCGCCCGGCCGGUGUCGGAGAGCGCUGCCUUUUUCCUGGACAAUUUGGCAUCUAAAACAUCUAUCCGUGAGUACCUGAUCCUGGAAGAGCUGAACUACUUUUAAGAUUGGUGAAUAAAUAAAUAACAUUGGACUUGAACUUGAAAUUGAAUUUAAUUGGGACUCGGAACGGAAAGGUCUAAACAGGAAGUCGCCUUCCGUUCUUUUGUUACGUGAAGAAAGCAAAGACAAAUUAUACUAAAGCCUGAAAACUAAAUUCUGAGAGAACUAAAAUUCAACAUCUAAGAUUUCUGAAUCCCCCCUUUUGAUUGCAGGAGAAGAAGGGGGUUGUUUUGAUCUUUUCAAUCCUGCGGAAGUGAGUUUAAAAUAAAGUAAUUUUCCACCUCCCUGAACCAGGAGCGGGCUGUCAGAACUGACGUUUUGAAGCUUAUCCAGCUCGACAGAUAGUUAAAAGAAGGGUAACAUUUUGAUUCUACUGUUGCCUCUUGAAUUUGAAAGGGGAACUUUGGAUAAAGUUUUUCUGGAAAAAGAAAGAUGGUUGCUGUUGUUUUUCCCCUAUUAAAAAAUAAAAUAAAAAAAAAGGGUUUUCCAUCUAGUGGAACUGAGUGAAAUUGCAAUGCAGAGAGUUUAAAAAGAGAAGGACCAUUCUCGUGGGAAAGAAUUUUUUCUGACCUUGAAGGACAAUGCUUGUACAAAGGCUUGAACAAGUGUUCCUGGAAGGUUUUGCAAAAUUAAGUGCCCAGCUGGACCAGAUGCGCCAGGAGUCGACCUUGAUGAUGACGGAAGUCACCAGAGCACAGCAGCAAACAAAUGAAAUUCAGUUAAAGUCUAUACAAGUUUAUGAACCUGCUGUAGCGACGGAGGCUUCAGAGAUGGAGGGACUUAUGGAUGGGCAAGAUCAGCCUUUGAACUUGAUAAAUGAACUUGGGACAAACCUGAUUCGGAAAGAUGAAAUGCGGUCAGAUUUGGAAAUGGGGGGAUGGAUUGACACCCCUCUAUAUGGUUAUUUGGACUUUCCGAGUCUAGGGAUGGGCCAUCAGAGGAUUCGAGAAGUCGAAGUCUCUAAGUUUUCUGGAAAUUGGAAGUGGUAUUAUCUGCUGUCUGGCUUGGGUAAUGGGUUUGGGAUGGACUUGCUGCAAAGAGUCAAAAGCAUCUUUUUGCUGGAGUAUCCACGACUGAAAGGGAAAUAUCAACAAGAGUGGCGAAAGGGGCAAGAAAGAGACUUGAGGGCCUCGGACACGAGACAACCAGGUUAAAGAGCCGGAUUAUUGAGGUUAAAAGGACUGACAAUCCCGGGACCAGGGGAGGGGAGGCUGGAAGUUGACUGGAUUGAAUCUGACUUAUUAUUUUUUUUUCUUAUUUUUUAAUAUUGGGAAUGUUUAUAAAUGUUUGAAGGAUGUUGAAUGAAAUUAUAUGACUUAAGUAAGAAUUGGUAAAUGGUUUGUAAAAAGGUAAUGAUGUAAGAAUUUGCUAAAUAUGGAAUAUAAGCUUUGAGUUUUAAAGUUUUUAUAUGACAAGAGGGAAAAUAGAACAAGGAAACGCAAUGAUAGAUUGUUAUGAAAAACAGAAAGGAUUUGCUGUAAAAAUUAAACACUAAGAAACAAGAGAGGGGAGGAGGAGGAAGUCUAGAAAGGAAGUUAAUGGAGAUCGUAAAGGAUUUUAUAUUUCUGUUUUUCUGUUUUUCUUUUUUUCUUUUUUGCGGCUGGGUUUUUUCUUCUUUAUUAUUUCUGUAUUUUUUUGUUUUGUUUUUUUUUGUUUUUUUUUUGUAUGUUCAAACUUUUUUGGAAAUUUUUGUUGUUAUUUGUCAUUUUUUGAAAAUUUAAUAAAUAUCAAUUUAAAAAAAAAAAAGGAAUCACUGCAAGUGCAAAGGAGCAUAAGAAUAUCGUGUCCUCAGGAAAAUAGAGCUUUCUCUUUCAGAGAGGGUAUCUAUCUCUUGUUACUGUCACUGGGAAUGUAAUCUCAUUUUUGUUACCAUUUUAUAAUUUAAGCCCUGCUGCCAAUAACACUGUGUAGACCAAGAAAGCUUGGAGUUGCUACGGUAAUCCAUUUUACAUUUUAUGACUCCUUCAGGGUCCUAAUAUUUAUUGUCUAAUGGCCCUAAAUCCUCUUAAAUAGAAAGUCUUCCAGGGACGCAAGUUCCAAACAAGAGUUAUAGGUGCAGUAACCACAUUUGUUUUUCUUAUGCCCUCUGGAGUACACAGGGUUUUGCUGCAGACUGGUGCAGCAUAGUUACCGUAUUUUUUGCCCUAUAGGACGCACUUUUCCCCCUCCAAAAAUGAAGGGGAAAUGUGUGUGCAUCCUAUGGGGCGAAUGCAGGCUUUCGCUGAAGCCUGGAGAGUGAGAGGGGUCGGUGCUUGCGGAGAGUUGCCUGCAUGCUGAAGCCUGCGCGCGCUGAGCUCAGCGCGUCCAGGCUUCACGGACCUCUCCGCAAGCAGCGGGAGCCAGCGCUGGGCUCCCACAGCUUGCAGAGAGCUGCCUGUUUGGGGGCUGGGGUCGGGGGAAGCUCGGGCUUCCCCCGCCCCAGCCCCACGCCUGGGGGGGAAAUAAUUUUUUUCCCUUUAUUUCCCCCCCAAAAAAACUAGGUGCGCCUUAUGGGACGGUGCGUCCUAUAGGGCGAAAAAUACGGGUAUGCCUCGGGAGCACUGGUACGAUGUGUCCAUAUGGCUUGGUCAUAAGAGCCAGGGGCAAGAAUGUGUUGCUUCAAACUAUAGCCUUACUUCUGAACAAAAUGCAUGGCAGGUCAAGGCUUUACUAGAUGUACAGGAUGCAAGUAGCGCCGUUGUUUCAACUGGGUGUUUAGUGAAGCAUUCCUGCAGUACAAAGAUAAUUUUGAUUCUAACCCAUUUAAUUAUUAUUUUUUUCUGAACUGUGUCCACAGGACUUAUUAUUCUGGAUUGAGGAAAGGAGACAUGGUUAAAUACUGGUUGCACACUUAUCUAGUUCCAAAGAAAGCGUUGGUGGAUGGGGUUGCUUUUGAACAUUUGAAGCUGCUAGAUGAGAUCAUACAGGGAUUUGGAGUGUGGUGUCAUCAAUGAGUUCUACCUGAGAAAGCAGGUAGUUAGCUUGAUCGAGACCCAGGUGGCUUGUUUGACUUGGAGUGACUUUUCCCAUCUUCAGCUGCUUCACCAGCUAUGACGGCUCCUGGUUGAGGAUAGCCUGGCCACAGUGGUCCAUGAUCUGGGACCCCCAACUGGGUUACAAUAAUGCAUUGUGCAUGGACCUGUGCUUGAAGACAACUCAGAAGCUUCAGUUAGUGCAGAACACAGCAGCCACAUCUGGUGGGGCUGGAUAGGAUGUUUUUUACACUAAUCCCUAGGAGGCUGCGCUGCCUGCCUGUUUGCUUCCAGGCCCAAUUGAAGAUGUUGGUUUCAACCUUUUAGUGUCCUGAACAACUUCAAGGCCCAAAUACCUUGUCUCCCGUAUACCUACCUGCCCAUGUCUUAAAAUCUGCUGCUUGAAGUGUAAUAGGUUUUUGCAUGUUAUGUGUCAACAAGGGAGAGAGCUUUCUCUGUUAUGGUGCCCCAACAGGAAACCAUCUCUGUUGGCUUUUUGGUGCCAAGUUAAAAAAAACAAAAAAUUGUUUGCCUAGACUUCUGUCCCAUUUUUUAAAUCCAUCCUGUUGUGCAUCACUGCAUUUUAAAAUUGAUUUGAUAGUUUUACAGCCCUAUGACAGUUUUGGUCUUGUUUUGUACAUUGGCCUGAUACCUAUUUGAUGAACAGUGGUUUUCAUAUAUUUUAAUAAAUUAAAUGAAACAGCCAUUGGGUUCCCUGAUCCCACUUACUGCCUAAGCCUUUACUAUAUGGCACAGGAUAGAUGAAUACUGAACUACAUCACCUUUUCUUUUUAUGUAAGCCCCCAUAUUAAGUUUGUUUAUUUAUAUAUAUAUACCAUCCUUUUGCAAAACAUCAGGGCAGUGUACAACUACAGAAAAACAUUUAAAAGCAAUACAAGCUAGACAUUCCUGCAUGUUAUGUCCUGAGUGUGGAGAUGGAGUUGAUAGCCAAACUCCAUGUAAUUACAUUUAAGGUGUUUGACAUCACUACCACGAUAUGCUUGCAGACUCGGUUAGACAGAGACCGAGAAGGCUUAUUUUGCUCCCAGUGGUCUGCCAUGCAUAGCUGGCAUGCUGCGCUUAGUUUGGUGAACCAGAUUAUUCUGUGUUAUGUUAAAUAAAGUAAAGAUUUGCUUUGAAGCGUGGAGCUUGAGCGCCCGACACGCUUGAGUUGAAUUAUCAGCAUAGAUGAGUAUCUCAGCAUGUUUCUCGUAUUUUAAAUGGUACUAAUAUAAGUAUGCCUGAGAAGGUAAAUGUUGCAAAGAAGAUAAAGAACAUAAAAUAUGUAAAUACUUUAUAAAUUAUUAAUAAUUUCAUUUCUGCAAAAUAGUCGUAAGUUGCAAAGUGCUAAGCUUGUGAAAUGGAGUCAUUUGCCUCUCAUCAAGCACACAGGCUGUUUAAUUUUGCACAAUGACUCAUAUUUGCAUUGUUACCCUUUCACAUUCCUGCAUUUUACUGACGAUGAUCCUCCAGGGAGCUUUUCUGUUAUAGGCCAAAUGGUCCCCAAGAGGCACAGGUCCCUACUACUUAUUUUGAAAGUGCUGCAGAUAAAAGUUUUAUCCCCCAAACAUGUUCCAAAUGUUGACUUUUAGAAUUUCUAUUCAUCACCUUAAAUUUUAUUUGAGCGAGAGCAAAAUCCUUAAUGGCGUCAUGUUUAUGAGGGAAUCCACUUUUUAUAGCUUUUCCUUGAAGAUAAUGACAGCAGAUUCUGGCUUAUUUCCAGAGUCAUUUUACACUUCUGGGGCUAAUUUACUUUGCUUCCUGACAACUGGAGUAACCUGAAGUGAGUUAGGGAAGAGCAGGAACAAGUGCUCAAUCAGCAUAAUUGCUUUUGCAAGAAACAACCUGGCUUUGCAUAUGUGAAAGCAGCUUGAUUAUCACCAUCCCUGGAGUCAAAUUAAGCAAGGGGAAAGUCCCUAUUGAAUGAAUACAAAUGCAGAACCUUCUUUGAACUUGUGUUCUCCUACAAUGUGCCAGGUGGGUGAGAGUCGCUAGGCUGUGAACUGCAAAUCAGCCCUGAGUGCUCACUGGAAGGACAGAUGCUGAAGCUGAGGCUCCAAUACUUUGACCACCUCAUGAGAAGAGAAGACUCCCUGGAAAAGACCCUGAUGUUGGGAAAUAUUGAGGACACAAGGAGAAGGGGGUGACAGAGGACGAGAUGGUUGGACAGUGUUCUUGAGGCUACUAACAUGAGUUUGACCAAACUGCGGGAGGCAAUGGAAGACAGAAGUUCCUGGCGUACUCUGGUCCAUGGGGUCACAAAGAGUCGGACACGACUAAAUGACUAAACAACAACAACAACAGACCUAUUUGGAUUUAGACACAGGAAGGAACCCACUUUCUGUGCAUUUUGAUUUUUUAAAAUGGGAAAUAAGUAGAAACAGUAACUAGAUAGUAAUCUCCAGAGAUAAAAAUAUCACUUGAAUGCUUUGGAACAGGUGGUUAAGAAGAUGGAGUUGCUGGAUAUGUUGAAGCCUCCGAGGAAUCCUGCUUUAGAAGAGAUAUCAAAGGGAAGAUAGUGUUAAAGGAUUUGGGUUGGGCUGGGUGUCAUUGUGGGAUCCUCUUCAACCCUGUGAUUCUAGAGAUGAAAGACUGGGAUAUGGAGAAGGGGAGGACUGCUAAUAUGGGCAGACUAGUUCCUUGGUCAAGUCUUCUCUUUUGUAAUAUAAGCUAGGACAAUAUGUUUCCAUUGGAACUAGAGAGCUGGAAACAUAAGUAAGGCAAAAGUGGCCAUACAUUUCUUCCUUCCUCACCUGGUUGGAUGUGAUAUCAUUGAAGGAUGCAUGUCUGUAUGUGCAGGUCUGGCAGUAUAAAAGAACAGUAGACAACUGGUGCUGGUGACUUGCAGUCUGUGAAGAUCCAAAUGCUAAAGUGCUGGGGUUCCCCUGGAAAUCUGAUGGGAAUCAAUAUCUUUUGGAGCUAAUGCUGUUAACCCCCAUCUUAUUCUCAGCCUGUAUGUAUAGCACUAAAAUGUAAUAUAUUUGCAGUGACGUUAUUUAAAGGAAUCCAAUCCAAGGUACAGACUGAAACCUCUGAAAUGUCUUCCUGAUUGAAUAUGGGGCAUGUGUAAUGGUACAUUUACAGAAGUUCCACAGAAGUAUAGCCACACAAAAUAAUGGUUUAUUUCCAUAAUGGAAAAAAUACUGUAUCCAUGAAAUAUUGCACUAACAGAGAUGCCAUGGCAUAGGUCUGGUGUGACAACAGGAGUCAGAUUCACUUGAAUAAAAGUUUGAUACUGAGUUCCAUGUUGAAUAUUAUCAUUGUGCAUUAUACCUACCUCAGAAAUGACUGUACAGCUUCAAUACUUUUCCCAUGCCUAUAGAAGAAAUUUGAGAUGAACACUACUGUGCCUUAGUAUUUACCUAUAGAAGCUGGCUUCUUUCACAUUGGUACAGGUGUGUUCUAAAGUGCUUCAUAUUAUUUUCAAGAUCAUUUUUAGAGGACUUUGUUAUAAAUUAUUCUGCCAUCGUUGUGCAAAGGGAACUAAGGGUGGAAAUAAAAGGUCAUUGUAGACUAUUUUUGUUGUUUUCCAUGGGGAGACAGACUACAAGUUUUUAUGAAUAGAAACUUGCUUUGCCCAUGAAACAAAGGUUGCUGAAAGCCGAUGUGCUGCCUGUGUGAUUGAUAAAUUUAGGUUGUGCUGGUUGAGUGGAACUGUUCAAAGAACAAAGUCUUGUGCUAGGAUAUAUUAUCUUUUGCCAUCAAAGGGCAAACCACUCUGUCAAGGAGCAGCAAGUCAAUCUACCACAGCAAAUAAUUUGGCUAUUACUCAUAAACAGCAGAUUCACCACUGCCUUCUGGAAAAAAACUGUUACCUUUUCCAGAACAUUUCCCCUGUCGAGAAUUAAGAAGAGUUAUUAAAUUUGGGACAACUUACGAUGCUCAACACGUGUGCAGAGUGCACUGAGGGGAAACUCUACUCUCUGCCUCCUCUCCCUCAGCUUGUCUUUCCCUGUCUGGGUAAAAUGUGAUAGGCUAGGACAUGAUGUAAUUUGUUUCAAAGAUAAAUUAUGUGGCAAUUUAUUCCAAAGGACAAUUGGGUGACUAAUCUUCCACCAUUCCUGACACACAGCUGUAGUAAAAUGCAGAUCAGGUUGGUUGUUUUAAAGGGGGAAGCAUUUAAUUUGUUUUUUUAUUUCCAGCAUAAGUGAGCUAGCUAAUGAAAUAUUUGUGAGCCUCCUGGCAUGUGAUAACAUAUUUCCUAUAUCUAAAAGUGUUUUGCCAGAUGUAGUAUUUGAUUUGAUUUACAAGCUCAUCCAAGAACAAGAUAAAUGAUGACAUUAACUCCAGUUCUAACUAUUGGCCUCCCCUCUCAGUCUUUUAUCAGCAAACAGGGACUGUUUGGAUUCUGGGCACCAGUCCAUAUCUUUAAACAUUUAAUACUAAUAAGGUGUAAUUGACAUGGAAUUCAAGCAAACAGGCUCUAUUAAGGCUAUCGCUUCUAAGAAACUAACUUUUUGUGUGAAAGCAUCUUACAUAGAAUGUGAAAUAAAGCAAAGCCCUGGCCUAAUUGUGCAGCUUUACAGCAUCAUUUUUAGAAUAUUGGUCUCUUUUGUGUAAGCUUUAAAUGCUUAUUGAUUUCUUCCAGUUUGAGGCAACUUCCAUGGAAAAAUAAGGUCCCACAUGAAGAAGAAAGGUGAUGGCAAUUGGACAUUAACAUAAAGCUGUUUUGAUCAAAGCAGAGUAAUAGCUGGUGCAGCACAUUGUCUCACCUAUAAAAACACUUUCAUAAAGACAAGUAUACACUGUGUCAUUUUGUACAACUCUACGGCCUGUGUGCGACAUUGUUUUUUUGUCUUUGUUGCACCUUAUGAAACACAUCCUUGCCACUGCAACCUAAUACAGCAUUCAGACAUGCCUUUUGAAUUCCUGUGUUCUGAAUAACUCCCGUCUUGUUAAAUCCUGGCCACUUUUGACAUGCCAGAACCAACUCAGCAUGUGUCCCCUCCCCACAAAACAAGGAAGACUCUGGUGACUGGUGAAAUUCAGGACAUUUGUUUUAAAGCAAAAAACAAUUGUUUUUAGGUGUUUUGCACAAGGUAAAAUGUAUUUAAAUACAAGCUAAGAAAUGCAUAUUUUAAAAUAAAGACGUAGUCAUAGCAUAGAAAAUAGUAUCAAAUUGGCUGGAACCAGAGUUGCACUUAGCAGAGUUCCUGAGGAGGUGAUUUUUUUUCUCCAAGGCGUUGGGGGCCACAGGAAUUGCACAGGGGAAUUGGGGAAGAUUACUUCUUCCUCCAGCAAGGAGUCAUUGCUGGAUCUUAGUGCCUUCCAUGAAUGGAAGGAGUCUUUUCAUUUGUGGUUCAGUCAGUCUAGAUAAACAUUUUGACUUAUUGAUUCAGAUUUCUGAAGCUCUUGUGGAAUGUCUGGGCUUGUAUGAAUGCAAAACUUGCAUUUUCCUGGCCAAAGGGAGAUUUCAACUGGGAGAAGCAUUAAUAAUUUUUAUGAAUAGCGGUAUAUAAAUAUUUUUAUAAAUAAAAAUAAAUGAACUUCAAAUUCUGGUAAUGCCACUUUUAAAAAGUAAACUCUUAAGUUUUCUUAAGUAAAUUAUCUGAGAUUAUUUCUGUGUUUACUAUGGCAGCAACAAACUUUAGUAUCUUUUGGUUACCUCUUGGCUUCUGAGAGUGCCUUCUUCAUUGUCCAUAGAGAACAUUUAGAUUGUAACUUAUUUGCUGACAUGGAUGCCAACCAAAUGCUAAUUUCUAUCGAGUGGGAUGUAAAUUAUUCUAAGAGAAAAGCCAUGUGGUUCAGGAAAUAGGUUCACUCUCAAGUUACAGAGUUCAGAUCCAUGGAGUUGUCACUUGCCGAUUUUCUGAAAAACGUACAAUGAACUUGCUUCACUUUUCUAGUAGAAAAACAAUCAGUGUCAAAAUUCAUUAAACUUGAAGCCUCAGAGGCUGGGUUCAGAUGUAAAGCAAAUCCAUGUUUUGUGCAAACCAUUGUUAAGAACCAUAUCAUUGUUUGAUCAUCUACAUGUAUAACAGACAACCAGUGCUUGUCUGCUUUUGUUUCCCAUCUAUUCAGGACCCAGCUUAAUAAGUCCACUUGAAUCUCCAAGAAGGGAGGAGAUAUGAGGCACAACAGACACAAGGCUUGUUCAUAUCUCAGCUUGAUAAGCCAAGAUACAUGUUUGUGAAAACUGAGCCAUUAAAAGAAUCCAUAGUUUACCUAAACAAGCCAUGGUUUCAUGUUACAUUUUUGUAACAUGAUAUGUAACAUGAGAUAUGUAACAUGAUACAGAUAUGUAACAUGAGAAUCUUAAAAUGUCUUAGAAGCAGCUUGAACUGCUUCUAUGUCAGUACUAUGGUUAAAUAUACAUUACUGAAAGCUGUCGGGGGAAGUACCAGGCUAGGGCUUUCUGCUGGUUGAUACUAAUAAUGGGUUAGAUUUUGCUUUUGUUUUAUGUCAUCUUCCAUCAUUAUGUGCUUUCUGGUCUUGGAUAGGGCAAGUUUACCGCUUCUGCACACUGGAGGGCACGUGGCUGCUGGAGGAAAAUUCCACCAUUCCGUGGAGGAACAUAUCUGAGUGUAUGGCUACUGAUGAAGUAAGUGCCUAAGAUUUUGCUGGAAUAAUCACUAGCCUUUAUGCUACAUCCUCUGUCCCCAGAGACUGUUACAGCAGUAGUAAUGGUAGUGAUGUUUUUUAGAUAUAUGUUUUCUGUUAGAUAAUAAAGCAUGCUACCCACUGCUGGUUGCUCAAAUUCAGAUUGUUUCAAAAUUUCAGUGGAAUUGAAACAAGUAGCAUGGGCAUGGCAUUCUUUGGUCCCAAUGUUUAUCGGGACUGAUACUAAUUAUUGCAACCAGUAUAGAAGCUGCAAAUGUUGAAGGAAAUUGCUUGCAUGUGUGACCAUAGGGGGGAGAAAGCAAGAAAAUACACUGACAAUGUGGUAUAUUUUCUAGUGGUUUCUCCCUUUACAAGAUACUUGUGAAAGACAAUGGGAAAUGGAUGGGGUUGCAAAACUCAUCUUUUUAGCAGUUUUGUAUUUUCAUUUACAUUGCCUUCAGCUGGGCUGUACUGACUUAGACUAUUAUAAUAACCACGUGGACUUUUUUGGAGGAACUCUGUGAACACGCAUCAGCUUAAACCAUGGGUAGGCAAACUAAGGCCCGGGGCCUAGAUCCGGCCCAAUCACCUUCUAAAUCCGGCCCGCGGACGGUCCAGAAAUCAGUGUGUUUUUACAUGAGUAGAAUGUGUCCUUUUAUUUAAAAUGCAUCUCUGGGUUUUUUGUGGGGCAUAGGAAUUCAUUCACCCCCUCAAACAAAAAUAUAGUCUGGCCCCCAACAAGGUGUGAGGGACAAUGGACCAGCCCCCUGCUGAAAAAGUUUGCUGACUCCUGCCUUAAACCAAAGGAUUUCAGUGCUCAGAGGUUUCUGAAGUAGUCUGUGUUGCCCCACAAAGUUUUGCAACAAGCCAAAGCACUUGCAAGCAAUUUGUUGGAAACUUAAGACUUUAGAAACCUGAAUGCAAAGCUGUGUAAAUGUUCCUCAUCACAUGAAAUUAAUUGGGGGCAGUCCAGCGGAAGUCAGACUACCAUAAUUACUAUUGAACCUAAAUAUAGCACUUUAGAGUUUGCAGCACAGUAAUCUUCACAGCAACUCUCUGUGAGGUAAGGUUAUAUUGGGCUGAGGGUAAGAGAUGGAGGGUUGCUUAGAACCACCUUGUGAUCCUCCAUGACAAAGGUGAGAUUGAAAGUGGUGAUUUUCAAGCUCAUUUUAGACAUCAUGCUACAUCAGCUUUUGGCUACAAUUGUUUACUGUAGGGGUGAAGUGCAUGCUCUCAGGGACAAUCUUCUGGAGGUCAGAAACAAACAUUAUAAGGGUCACUUUUCUUUCUUUCUGACAUUCCCUUCUCUCUUUCUCCCCAUGCAUUGGGCUGCUGGGGGAGAGAUAAGCCAUUUCUACUGCAGGUCUGAAGGGCUUUUGUCCCUCCUCCUCCCUCCAGUUCUCCAAAUGUUUAAACUCCCAUUCUCUCCCCCCCCCCACUACCUUCUUGUCCACCUCUCCCUCUGGGCUCUUCCAGCUAGCAUGAAAUUAUUCUAAAGGUCACAUGUUACCAACCGCGGUCUACAUUGCCAUGUUACGAUUGUUCAGCAGAAGUGGGAAGAAUACAAAUAGAGAACAGGGCAGGAGAGAAAUUCUGCAAGUUUGAAGUGAGGUUAAUUAAAAUGCAGGAAAUCCCCAAGCUUGCUUCCCCAUCUAUUUCCUCAUUCUUUUGAAUGCCUGUGACAUAGCUGAAGAUGAUGUUCAGAGAAGCUGAAUUGCUGUAAUACAAACCACAUGCAGGGACAUUUUUUGUCUCCAUUGGCUGUUUAAAAGAUUAUUUCACAGUUGUGUAGAAAGCUGCCAACAAGACAGAUGCUUAACGACAGUGCUUGGUCGUUUGGCACCUGUCUCAUUUCCAUAAAAUAGAGUGCUUUGGGGGGUAAUGAUUUAGAAACCCUGAAUACUGUGUUGUGUCCUGAAAUGUAAAUACUGAUUUUUAUUUUCAAUUUUCAACAACCCCAACAACUUAUUCUCACACUGUUUAGAGCCAUAGAUAAAAAUAGAACUCAGAACAACCUUUAGAUUUGGGUAGGGUGAAGGUCAUCAUGUGGCUUGGCUGUAGCUGUCCUUGAGCAUGAAAUCCAACUGGAAAGAUUGAAGCUCAGAGGAAUGGUCACAGACUAACAAUUGGUCCAGGCAGAGCUCAUUAAAAUAAAUGGAAGUUCUGCCAGUGACUUAUGAAUUUCACCUAUAGUUCUGCUGCUUCUGUCUUAAGUUUGUGCCCUUUGCAAUUUCAAACUAACUCCAUGCAUUGGUUAUUAAUUUAAAGUUGGCUGACACAUGCAGUUACUGCUCUCCCUUCUGUUCUGAAUUCUUCUUUCCUUUUCCAAAUCAGUCUUCCCUUUAAAAACAGCAACACCCUUCCACACAAUCCAAAUCACUCACAAGACAUUUGGGUGGCAUAUCUCAUAUACCGCCAGCUCACGUGGUCCUGGAGAAUUUCCCCUUUCCUGUGUGAGAGGAGGCAGCACUCUGUUUGUACAGGGGACAAAACACCACUCCAGUAUCAAGAUACAAAAUAUAAGGGGCAAAUUAGGCUCAGUAACAGUCUCCCAUAUUUGGGUUUGAGUUUCAUUUUAUUAUUUUCAUGUAAUGAGUUUUUAAGCUUUCAGGAUAAGUUAUGCUCCCAGGGCACAUUGUCCCGAACAAAAAAAGAACACAUGGUUUUGGGAUUCCUGAUAUAUUGGACUUGACGUUUGUGAUCUGUACUACUUGCCUAUGUUUUUGUAUAAGAUUGUUGGCUUUGCAGUUCUGUUUAUCCACUCAGCUAUGCCUUGCGUUGACCAUCUGCUCAUCUUAGAGGAUUUUGAGGAAGCUGGGUUCGUCCAAUAACUAUAUCCUUCCAUUGCAUUCUUAUGUUAUCUUCUUUUAGGACUCACCAGAAGGCCACAUGCUAUUCCUUUCUGCCAUCUAUACCACUGGAUAUGCUCUUUCCUUCUCGGCCCUUGUCAUAGCCACUGGCAUCCUCCUGGGGUUCAGGUAACCUUGAUAUGCCUACAAAGAGUCAUGAACUCCAAAUUGCAAAUAGCAUUUGACUAGUACUUGUGUGCACUAAUGAUGCCUGUUGCAAAAUUUCAAAAACCUCAAACGUUUAAAUGCAAUAAAAUGGGAAGUCAAAGGCAGCAUAAAAGUGAGUUUCACAUAAAUGGUGGAAGAGUUUAAAGAGUUUGUUGUAAACUAUUACAUACAUAUAGUGGGGGAACUGUGGUGCGAGAAUAGAGUGCCCAAGUUCACUGUGUUAUAACCAAUAGUGAUAAUAUUUUGCCUUCAUCAGUCAGAACCAUACUGGGCUAUCGCUUGUUCUUGGUGUGCUGCACAUCGGAAGCAGCUGAUAUUUGUGCUUAAUAGAGAGACAUAAACUCUCCUGCCCCCCUCCCCCAAAGAGGUAUUAGUUUGAUGCUAUAGUAACAGAUGUAAACCCUGAAAUCACUAUUAACUCAGAUAUGGCUGAACUAUUGUAUAGGAACAUUUUGCUUUGUAUCAUAGACAGAGCAUUUUUAUUUCGAUGGAGGGACAAAACUGCCUUGCUCUACUGCACAUUUCUUUUCAGAUGGGGUUUGUUAUUAGGUGGCAGAAAGGCAAGGGAGAAGAAAUGUUUGAGAUUCUUGAAUAAAGGAUUGCUGUUACAUUGCUACUGGGUUCUAGCUACUGAGUUGAUUUUUUUUUCUUUUUGACAGGUUGUGAUUUCUGUUCUCCUAGAGCAUGACUGAGAUUCAUAAUGAAUGUUCAUUGUUACUUAUUGUGAGCCUAGAGGGGAAAUCAUGCUCCCACAACAGUCCAUAUAGUUCUUAAGUGGCAUAUUUUGCUUUUCAAACAAUAGGUAGUAAAUAUCAGAACUCUUGAUAGAAGCUGAUGCUUCUGCCACAGCCCCCUGCAGAUUUUCCCAGUGCACAGAAAGCUAAGGCAUGCCUCACAAAAUCCAUUUCUUUAUCUAAAGAGAUUUGAAGAUCAGUUCUUCAAAUCCCUCUCCUGUGGCCACUUUAGUAAGAAUUCAAAAUAGUUCUCCACUUCUACACAUCUUUUUUAGUCUAAACAUGGUUUGGAGCUUUUCGGGGUGAAGGCAUUAUAAGUUUUCCUUUGCCUUCAACAUAAGAAGAAAUCCCUGCAGCUCUUCCUGAAUUAUAUGCCAAGUGACUCAUUUGCCCACUUCAGUUUUGAGCGGAGUCCCCCUGUUGCCCUGUUCAACAAUUGUUACAGCCUACACGUUUGAGUAACUUAAACUUGAUUAUUUUUCAGGCAUCUGCACUGCACCAGGAACUACAUUCACUUGAACCUUUUCACCUCAUUUAUCCUCCGUGCUAUAUCCAUCUUCAUUAAAGACUCUGUGAUAACUUGGAUGUAUAGGACAGCUCCUCGUGAACAGCAGUGGGAGAGUUUAUUCUCUUAUCAGGUAGGGGGAUGAGGCCAAAACACCUUUAGUACCAGUGAUCCUGUGACUCAAUAUAUUUGUAUUUAACUUUCCAUCUUCAUUUGAAGGAAAAGGUGCCCUGGGAUGCCUUGUUAGAUUUGCACGCUUCUAGAGGUUUGCUCUCAGUGCUAGUCAUCCAACUGUCACAAUUUCAGUUGUGAAUGAUUUUUCUGAUACAGUUGAAGUCUCCCUUGGUGCUCUUGUUGUAUAAAACUUUUCCUCUGUGCUCCAUUUUAUUUGUCAUUUUCUUUCCCUGAGAUGAGAAGGAAGCAACCAAUUCUUUUUCUGACAAGUGUCUGUUGAACUAUGUCUCUUUAGCUACUAUUCCAAUAUCCCAACAAACAUCUAGAAAUAUUACCUCAAAAAACCAAAGACUACGUCGGGAAAGAUACCAGAGUUUUCCCAAAACAGAAGGUCUGGGAUUCCUGAACAGUUCUGCCCUGUCCCAUUAUUAUACUUGGUAAACAAUUCCACUUUGGUUUGAUAUUUGAACUGUGUCACCCAAAAAAGUGGGAAUUCAGUCGUCUCUGUUCCCUGAUUUUGUGAGGACUGACCAUCCCUGCUUUUACACUGAUUGGUAGCUGUGAGAAAUGGCUUGGAUCCUGAGAGACUCAAACAGUAGGAAGUUUGCCAAAGAGGACUUGCCUGCCUCCCACACUCCCUGAAAGCCUCUCUGAAGAGUUGGAGAGACUCUCUUGGAUAGUGUGGGAUGGGGCAUGCAAUGAGAAAAGAGGAAAUUGCCAAAAUUGAGCAGAGGUCCCUUAUACAGGUGGCCUCCACUUGAACAAGGUGCCUCUGUCUAAUUUUAGAUUACUUCCUCACCAGCCCAUCCUGCCAUGUUUAACAGGGCCCUCCGACCCUCUGAAUAAGCUUUUCAUAGACAGAUACAGUGGUGCCUCGCAAGACGAAAUUAAUUCGUUCCGCGAGUUUUUUCGUCUAGCGAAUUUUUCGUCUUGCGAAGCACGGUUUCCCAUAGGAAUGCAUUGAAAUUCAAUUAAUGCGUUCCUAUGGUCAAAAAGUCCAAACAAAGCCAAAUUUGGUACAACAAGAGUUUAUUAACUGCUCUUUAAAGUCACACAUACUUUAAAGAGCAUAUCAAAAAUUGAAGGAACAAUAAAUUAAGUUUCUAAACAUGACAGGAAAAACAUUUAAAAAUCAAAAAGGGUACAUUACAUUUUCUAAGACUCUGGGGACCACUCGAAGAAGGUUCCUCUUCCACUCUUUGCUUCUUGCUGAGGAACCUGUCCAUGGUCUGCUGCUUCAUCCGCCUUUUCAGCAGCUCCCUGAGAGGCAACAUGACCGUCGUAUCAAAAAUGUUCGCUUGGUCAUGUGCCACGUGCUUGUCAGGGUGGUGCCGCUCUGCAAAAGCCUGCACCUCCUUCCACUUCUGGCAAAUGUCCCUCAGUUCUUUGGAGGACAGCCGUUCCUCAGUUGCUUCCUCCUCUUCCAGCGAGGCCUGCUCCUGCGCAACCUCUGACUGCAGUUCAACCAGCUCCUGGGUGGUCAGCUCGUGGUCGUGCUCCUCCACCAGCUCGCAGACGUCCUCCUCUGUGACCUCCAGGCCCAUGGUCCUCCCCAAGGCAACAAUGUCCUGCACCACUGUCGACUCUGGUGCAUCAGAGUCACUUGGUGCCACACAGUCCGGCCACAGGCUGCGCCAAGCGCAAUUCAAAUUCCUCUGGCUGAUCCCCUUCCAGGCCGUGGUGAUCAUCUUCAAGCAGGUGACGAUGUCGAAGUGGUCCUUCCAGAAUUCCCGCAGGGUGAUGGUGGUGCAAUCAGUCACCUCGAAGCAUCGCCUGAAAAGCUCCUUGGUGUAGAGUUUCUUGAAAUUGGCGAUGACCUGCUGAUCCAUCGGCUGGAGCAGUGGCGUGGUGUUAGGCGGCAGGAACAUGAUGUUGAUGAAGCUGAACUCCUCCAACAAGUCCACCUCAAGGCCUUUAGGAUGAGCAGGAGCAUUGUCCAUCAGAAGCAAAGCCUUCAGCGGCAGGUCGUUGUCCAGCAGGUACUGUUUGACAGCAGGGCCAAAGGCAAGAUUGACCCAGUCCACAAACAGCACACGUGUGACCCAAGCCUUGCUGUUGGAUCGCCACAUGACACUCAGCCGCUCCUUGUCGACCUUGUGUUUCUUGAAGGCCCGUGGGUUCUCCGAGUGGUACACCAGCAGGGGCUUGAUCUUCAGGUCGCCGCUUGCGUUGGCACAGAAGAGCAGGGUCAGACGGUCCUUCAUGGGCUUGUGGCCAGGCAACUUGGCCUCCUCCUGUGUGAGGAAAGUCCUUUUGGGCAUCCUCUUCCAAAACAGCCCGGUCUCGUCGCAGUUGAAGACCUGCUGUGGAACGUAGCCCUCCGUCUUCACAACCUCCAGGAACUCCAAGGCAAAGUCUUCAGCCGCAGGAACAUCAGAACUGGCAGCCUCUCCAUGCCUGACCACGCUGUGGAUUCCGGAUCUUGCCUUGAACCGGUCAAACCAGCCUCUGCUUGCCUUGAAGACUUCUGGCUCGGCCGAGGUUCCUGGCUGUUCCCGGAUGAGGUCUGCGUGCAAGGCCUUGGCCUUCUCACAAAUGACGGCCUCAGUCACUGUGUCCCCUGCACGCUGCUUCUCUUCUAACCAGAUGAGCAGCAACUUCUCGACCUCCUCCAGAACAGCUGGGCGGUUCUUCACGAUCCUGGUGACUCCCUUGGCUGCAUCAGUCGCAAGGAUCUUCUCUCAUCUUCAGGAUGGUCCCGAUGGUCGAUGGGUUCCUGCCGUACUCCCUGGCGAGGUCCGUCACACGCAUUCCACCGUCGUGCUUCCGGAUGAUCUCCUUCUUCAUCUCCAGCGUCACCUUCUCCUUCUUCCUCUCGCCGGCCUCCGCAGCAGCAGCAGUCUUCUUGGGUCCCAUGGCAGCACAGCUGUUACCUUUGUAAACUCAGAAAAGAAAAAAAUCAGCAAUUCAAACCCAGAACCAAGUCCUUGAAUUCCAAACACCCAACCCAAAAUCCAAAACCCCCAAAAAGUUUUAAAAGUUUAACUUACGAAAUGGCUGCAAAUCACCAAAGUCUUCAAAAUCCUCAAAUGGCUGCAAAGAAGUUUUGGGAAAGCUUUAAAAAUCACCAAAGUCUUCAAAAACCUCAACUGUUCCCCAGCCCUCCCCAACUGUUGCAAACCCUCCCCAACUGUUGCAAACCCCUCCUGAACUGUUCACACAGACAGCCAGCACACAGAAAUUCAAAACCCAGAAAUUUUUUCAAAAAACAACAACAUGGCCCAAUGGUUACAGAAAACCAUAAAAAUUCAAAAAAAGCACACAAGCUCCCAGAUUCCUGCAAACCCCUCCCCAGCUGUUCCCCCAGCCACCCAGCACACAGAAAUUUAAAACCCAGAAAUUUUUUUCAAAAAAAAAACAACAUGGCCCAAUGGUCACAGAAAACCAUAAAAAUUCAAAAAAAACCCCACACAAGCUCCCAGAUUCUUGCAAACCCCUCCCCAGCUGUUCCCCCAGCCACCCAGCACACAGAAAUUUAAAACCCAGAAUUUUUUUUUUAAAAAAAAUAAACAUGGCCCAAUGGUCACAGAAAAUCAUAAAAAUGCAGAAAAAAGACACACAAGCUCCCAGAUUCUUGCAAACCCCUCCCCAGCUGUUCCCCCAUCCACCCAGCACACAGAAAUUCAAAAAUUCAAAGCCAGAUUUUUUUUAAAAAAAAAUAAACAUGGCCCAAUGGUCACAGAAAAUCAUAAAAAUGCAGAAAAAACCACACAAGCUCCCAGAUUCUUGCAAACCCCUCCCCAACACCAAGUCCUUGAAUUCUAAACACCCCAACCCAAAAUCCAAAAAACCCAAAAAGUUUCAAAAGUUUAACUUACCAAACAGCUGCAGAAGAAGUUUUGGAAAAGCUUCAAAAAUCCAGCAAACUCUUUAAAAAGCUCAGAAAGGCCACCACACCGCGUGCAAUGUGUUGCUCCUCGAGGUCAAGUCGCAACUGCACCUCUUCCAGCAAUGCACCCUGGGUUUUAACGGUUUUACGAAAAAGGAAACAAACUUGCAAGACGUUUUCGUCUUGCGAAGCAAGCCCAUAGGGACAUUCGUCUUGCGAAGCAACUCGAAAACGAAAAAACCCUUUCGUCUUGCGAGUUUUUCGUCUUGCGAGGCGUUCGUCUUGCGGGGCACCACUGUACAUAGGUAUAUGUACACGCAUACUUGGGGGGUGUGGUGGAAAAGCUAUUCUCCUGUUGAAUUUGUUCAAAAUACAAUUGACACUCUCAAAAGGUGUUUUUUUAAAAUGCCAUUUCUAGCCAAGUACUGGCUGGGGGAAUCUGGUAUCUGUCGUGUCACAUGCACUCCUGCUUUUGCUUCCUUGUCUUUCACAAUGCAUCCUGUAUUCGCUAAUUUCUCUGUUCUUCUGUUUCAGGAGUCACUUAGCUGUCGCUUGGUCUUUGUGAUGAUGCAGUAUUGUGUGAUUGCCAACUACUAUUGGCUGUUGGUGGAGGGAAUGUACUUGUAUACGCUGCUAGCACUAUCUGUUUUUUCUGAGCAGAGAAUCUUUCGGCUCUACCUUUUUGUUGGCUGGGGUAAGUAAGUCUCUCCUCCCUCCCCACCCGCCACCGUUUUUAAUGAAAAAGUGCAUUUCUCUGCUUGAGUGCUCCAGGAUAAAUGAAAUUGAAGCAGGAGCAGGGUUAGCAUUGUCUUUUGCAGUAAAAGAAGUACUAACCAUUUGAUCUACUUUCUUUUCUCUUUUUGCUGCUAAACUCAGAUGCAUCUUUAAGACAACAACAUAGCCAUCAUUUUUAUACUUGUGUUAGGAUCUUCUUCUGCUAGGCUUGGGCUUGCUACUCUACCACCCAUCAGGGGUGAGGAUGGUCUUCUUUUAAGAAGCAUGCAAAGGGGCAGGGAUGAAGCUGCUCUCAAGUGGGCCACAAUGAUAGCCUUUCUUGUAGAGUAUGUGGCAUGCUCUAGCUAUGCCUUUACUUUCAAAGAGAAAAUAAUAGGAUUCUUUGUGGAAGAGAGUGCUCAGCUGAGCAUUUCACAAUACUCAUUUCCAAGGGAGUGUAUGAAGACCAGCAAACCAAAUCUCUAUUAACCGCACUAUGAUUUUGCCAACCAAUUGUAGUUCAAGUGGCUUUUGCCAUGAAAAGGCUAUCUGCCUGGUAGUUAUAUACAUUGCAAAAUUGGGACUGACCAGGCAAGAAAUGUAUCACAUAUAUCAGGCACAUUCUUAAUAUCUGUUUGUCAAACUAUUAUGAAGUCUCUGUGAUAAAUUAUCCAUUAGCCUUUGGAAUUCUUGAAAUGUGAUUAUUAUAAUAGUGAUGCUUAGCACAGAGCUCAGUCGCAAAUGCAAAACUUUGGUAAUGAUCUUGCUGCUUUAUUUUAAUGUUCCUAGCAUUUGUGGUUGUGCCAGCAAUGUUUGCUAAGAGCUCUGGAAACAGAAGGCAGUGCUUAAAAAACAGGACUUCCUGUGCUUCUUUCAUAUCUCUCCCCCCCCCCAACCUGAACCUGAUCAAUAAUUUCAUAAAGCAUCCGAUUGCUUGCUACUAGAUUGAAUUAGGAAAAGUAAGGACAGUGUCUGCUAUUUUUUCUUAUUUGUAUCAUUCUAGCUUAUAUCAUGUUGAUUCUAGUUUAUACUGUGACACCAAUUUUCUGCAUGGCUACUUAAAUAUUUUAAAUGUAUUUUGACUGAAUCAUAUGUAUGAAAUAAUCAAUACACAUUGAAGAUUAUGUUGAACAAUAAACCACAUAGGGUUGCCAUGUGUCCUCUUUUUCCAGGAUACAUCUUCUCUUUCAGGGGUAAAAUUUGAGACAAAUUGCAUUUAUUUGCAUUGAAUGACCGUCAUAGCGUCCUCUUUUUUGCUCUUCAAAAUAUGGCAACCCUAUUAUAGUGGAGGAAAUGUUUAUAUUUACUAUUGUCCUUUUUAGAAUGCUUUGAGAGGCUGGAGACUUAGAAGGUUAGAUUGCAUUUUAGACUUUGCAGUUAUAAGUGCUUUUAUUACGGAGCACCCUUUUCUUUGUGUUCUCAUUUGGUUUGGUUUUGAAAGUAUAAAUAGCGGGAUGUUGUUAAAGUUCUUUGGUUUAUCCAACUGUGUGUUUCAUGAUGUUUAGAUAUUUUGCAACGCACACAGUGUAUACAAAACAAAAAACACAAAUCAGUUUACCAGCAUGCAAGACAACAUACAUAAGCAGAGCCUCCUGAAACUUGCUAUUCCAGAAUAUAAUGAGUAAUGCCCACUUUUCAAUAAAUGUAUUUCAUAGAAUUGUGAGUUGGAAGGGACCCUGAGGGUCAUCUAGUCCAAUCCUCUGCAAGGCAGGAAUCUCAACUAGAACAUACCUGUAAAGAGCCAGUGUGGUGUAGUGGUUUAGAGCGGUAGAUUCGUAAUCUGGAACCGGGUUCGCGUCUCUGCUCCUCCACAUGCAGCUGCUGGGUGACCUUGGGCCAGUCACACUUCUUUGAAGUCUCUCAGCCCCACUCACCUCACAGAGUGUUUGUUGUGGGGGAGGAAGGGAAAGGAGAAUGUUAGCCGCUUUGAGACUCCUUCGGGUAGUGAUAAAGCGGGAUAUCAAAUCCAAACUCUUCUAAAUGACAGACAGCCAUCCAACCUCUGCUGAAAAACCUCCAAGGAAGGAGAAUCCACCACCUCUUGUGGGAGUCUGGUCCACUGUCAAACAGCUCUUACUGUCAGAAAGUUCUUUCUGAUGUUUAGUUGGAAUCUCUUUUAUUGUAACUUGAAUCCAUUGGUUCAGGUCCUAGCCUCCAGAACAGGAGAAAACCAGCUUGCUCCAUCUUCCAUGUGACAGCCCUUUAUAUAUAUGAGGAUGAUUGCCACAUCUCCCCUGUCUCCUCUGUACCAGGCUAACAUAGUCAGUUCUCUCAACUGUUCCUCAUAAAGCUUGGUUUCCAGACCCUUGAUCAUCUGGGUUGCCCUCCUCCCGCAUUCCAGCUUGUCGAUAUCCUUCUUAAACUGUGGCACCCAGAACUGGACACGGUACUCAGGUUGUGGUCCGACCAAGGCAGAAUAGAGUGGAACUAUUACUUUCCUUGAUCAUGAAACUAUACCUGUGUUAGUUUGGUGUCAUCUGUAAAUUUCUUAAACCUUCAGUACUUCACCCCACUUGUCACUUUUUUCCAGGAUGACGAGGAACCAUUAGUGAGCACUCUUUGGGUUUGACGAGUUAACCAGCCACAAAUCCACCUAACAGUUACCUUGUCCAGUCUACAUCCAGCAUGCAUCCUUUUAUAGUCAGGUCGUUUAAUCAUAAUUGCAACAGUUCAUCUAUGAAUAACCAAUCUGAGAUUAAAGGAGCUGUAUUGGUUCUUGCCCUACCGCCCAAUUACAUUCUCUGCAUAACCUGGCAGCAGUGAGUAGAUUGGCCACUAUCUCUGAAUCAGUCUUAUCAACCAGACUUUUUAAAAUAAUAAAACAAUGCUACCUUUAGGUCAUGUGGUAUCAUGUCAUUUCAGUAAUCGAGAAUAGUUAGCAUAGUUGUCCAAACAUUUGUAUUGUUGAGAUGUCUAGAAUAUAUGGGGGAUGGGGAACCAGCAUGCACUGAGUUGCAACAACAGCAGCAGAUUAAUACAGCUUAACCUACAUGGUGUCCAAUACCACUGAAAUUGUAUUUCACAGAUAUUUGCAUUUUUAAUGUCUAAAUUGCUUUGGCAAGUUUUUGCCCUUCUGCUGGUUCACCUUGUGGUCUGAACAUUCUGGCAAAUGAACUUAUUGGCAAAAUUCAAAAUUCAUACAAAUGAUCAGUUGUAAAUUAUUCACCUAGCUCUACCAAAUGCACAGUGAUAUAUUGAUGAUGAAAAUAUUGUGCUCUGUUGAAGCCAAUAAAUAAAUAUAAAUAAUAAAGAGCUCAGAUAGAUAGAAAUGUCUAAAGCAAUUCUGCCGGGGGUGUUCUAAUGGCACUUUACAACCUACAAAUUGUACAAUUAUUUAAAAUCCUACAAAGCAGAGAGCUGACAAAAUGUUUUACCCUUUAUAAAAAAAAAUGUCUGACUUUAGACAUUUAUCUAAAUAAAUGGAAAUGGGGGGAAUUAAUAGUCUGUCCAAACCUAGACAGACCUAAAAAUCCAUUAUGAGGAAUACAGCAGAGCUCUGUCUGUCUUGCUGCCUGAAAUAUUUCUGAUUGCAGGCUCAACUUAGCAAUACUUGAAGACAAUGGUUGCAAUGCAGGAAGGGAUCCAAUAUGCACUCUGAGCAAAUGCAGUCUAGUUCUCCUCUGAGAGCUGAGAACAGCACAUUAAAAUGGAGGUCUGUGUAUGGGUUUAAAAGAGAGAAUGUGAAAUUAUCCUUGUCUUCAUGGGACGUUGAAUCAUGCCCAGUUACAUAUUUUUCUGUUCAGCAGUAGAGUUCUUGUGAAUUUUUCUUACUAUGAUAGUGCUAUAAAAAUGUUUUCUUUCUCCAAACCUUUAUUAGAUAUAUUACAGAUAUAGACCAUCUUAAAACAUCCAUAUACAAAAAAUUCUCUCUCUUUCCCUGAAUCUAAUAGCUGAACUUGAUUGGCUAUUUAAAAAAAAUUGCAUCUUUCUUAUCUUUACUUAUUUUGUAGAUGUGGAGGUUUGCUGCAGUGGGAUUAAGGAAUUGUGACUUGGUUCAAGGAAACAGUAGAUUUUGUUCCUCUUCUUUAGUUCUAGCACUGACUCCCAGAUCAAACUUACACUCACCUCAACACCAUACAUUUAAAUCACUCUUAUAUCGCUUUUAAACUCAUGGCAUCCCCAAAAGAAUUCUCAGCACCCUUAUGGACUACAGUCCUAGGAUUGUUUGGGGAAAGCUAUGGUUGUUAAAGUGGUAUAAGACAGCUUUGAAGGCAUGCCCUGAAUGUGUCAUGAGGCUUAUUCACACAUUGCAGAUUUAGUAAUACUGGCUUGUGUUCCAGAACACGGAUACAUGCAUUUAAUCCAUAUGAGAGCACAGAAAAAACCACACUCUGGCUCUCUUGUCUUGCAGCACAUUUAUGCACUGUGUGUAUAGAUGCUAAGAUGUGUUUAGUUGCAUCACACAUUGCAUUGUACAAGCGGGUAUAGACAAAAACUAUAAUGAGUACUUAAUGUACUAUAGUGUGAAAAGUGACUCUUGGCUAGUUUUUAAUAUAGAAAAUCAGAUUUUUUUUUACACCUUCAUGUCUUCCCUCAGUUUUUAGUGAGUGACUAGAUAAAGAACAUGCUUGGGCAGUUAUAACCAGGUGAAGAGCAAGAUGUUUACUUUGUUGUUUUUUAGAUAUUCUUGUGAAUGAGUUUUGUAUGUGGGAAAAUGAAAAGUGACAGUGUUUUUUGCUGCUAUGGCAACUACCCCAGUGGGGAAGACCUUGCACAAUAGCCAGCAGGUUGAUCUUAGAAGUGCAGCUCCUCUACAGUGUUGAUGGAUUUCUUCUGGUUUGGCUUACACGACUACUGGUGCUAAUCAGAACUACCUGAGUAAUUUAUUAUGUCCUAGGUCUCCCUUUCUGUUAUCUCCCCUAGCUUGUUAACUAAUGCAAAUUACUUUCUGAAUGAAUUGCUUAAACAAGCAGCAAUCCAUACGUCACUUCGAAAGGUUUUAUUGCUCAUUGCCUAAUCAUUAUGGCUUGUGAUCAUAACUUUGUGCUUAAGUUGUGCACUUUUGUUCACUCUCCAGAUAAUGCAGAGCACUGAUGUGCCAUCCUAUUAAAUUUUAGGGAUAAGAGUGGCAGGAAAUUCUGUUGUCUUAACCUUCCAUUAUUUCUCAGAUUCUUAAAUAGAGGCGACUUCCAGGUUAUGCAAAGGAUAGUAGGAUGGAAUUGAAUGAAAUAUUUUUCUUAUGCCUCUUAGAGACACUUUCUCAGUGUUCAUUAUUAUCCAAGUGCUCCAUGCUUUCCCUCUUAUUCCCUCUUAUUGCCCUAUUCUGUAGUUUAAAUAGAAUGCUUCUGCAUGGGCAGUCAUUGACAUAUUCCUGACUGGGUCAUGCAGGUAACUUCCAGAAUUAUUGCAUGAAGAAAUGACAAAUCACUUGAGAAAAUUGCUGUAUAAAGUUACAUGGGCAAUCUAUUAUGGUGUAACUGUUAUUGUUCUUUAUUAAAUUUGUAUACUGCUCUGUACCCAUAGAGCUUAGGGCGGUAUACAACACAAACUCUUACACAUCUAUACUCAGGGAUUCCAUUCAGUAAGGCUUGACCAGGAAAUAUCUUGAACAUAAAUCAUGGUUUCAAAAUAAUUAGCAUUUCAGCUAAUGUUAGGUAAAGUUCUGGAGUUCUAUAUGUAAUCAGAUUUAAUUUUUAUUAGUUCAAAUAGCAUUCUGUAAUUUUGCUUAUGGUGAAUUUGGAUUUUUUGGCAUCUUGAGGUUAGGGUUCUACCUUUGGACCUAUUGAGGAAAAUUGGUGAAAUAGCAUAUUUCUGAAUAAUAACUUUGUUUAGGGCUACUUAACUGAGACAUCUUCAUUAAUAUUUUCCUAGAGUACACACACGCUCUGUCCUUCUGUAGCUAUGGAGGUAAAUGUAACAGAGCACUAUUCCCAGUGUUCUCCUGUAAAGUACUAGUGGUGAGUAUUCCACAACUAUGAAGUCUAAAGAAAUGAGAUGAAAAGAGGAGUCUUAAGCCCAGAACAGAGACUACAAUUUAAUUUUGAUUCAAAACACAUUUGAAAUAGUUUCCCACAAGGAAAGAAAAGGUAUACUCAGUGACUGUCCUUUUUCUGGUGCCUGUGAAAACCUGGACUGCUAAACAGCAAACUGUUUUUAAAGAUACUUCAGCUAAAUGAAGUUGGUGGAUGGGCAUUAGCUUUUAUGUACAUAUUUACUGGGCUAUGUUGCAUAAAUGCCAGUUUGGAUUUGAGGGGUUUUUGUUUUUUGUUUUUUUGCUUUCAGCAUAAAUUAAAAGUCUGUGGGUUUUAAGAAAAACAUACUUCAAAAUUCUUUACAUCACUUCUGGAUUGUAAGAGUACGUGUUUCCAUUCACAAAGCUAGAGGGUUAGUGAGUUUUCUAGCAUCACUUUAAGGCCCAUCUGUAGGCAAAGAAAGACAGACUAUGGCUUAUCUGCAUACAGAAUGAAACCUGACUUGGAGAACCAGAUGAUGCUUUACUGUAGCACAACAUAGAACAGUUCAUCUGCAAAGAGUUCUCAAGGAAUCUCUCUCACCAGGCAACAGAGCAGUAGAUGAAACUUGGUGUUAGUAAGUGCAAAUUAAUACACAUUAAAGCAAAUGCGUUCAAUGCCACACAUACACUGAUGUGUUCUGAAUGCCUGAAACUACUUAGAAAAAGGCACCAUGGCUAUUGUAGAAACCUCAUUGAAACCAUUAGCACAGUGUGUGUCUGCACUGCAAUGAAAUAGGCAAACAUAAUGUUAGGAAUUAGUAGCAAGGUUGAAAAUACUACUAUGAUUAUGGAAAUCUAUCGUAUGUGUGCUUCUAAGAUAGGGGUAUACAAGCAGAGAUUUUUAUCCAUUAAAGGGGCUGCAGUUUUCUCCCUUCAAUUUUAACACUGUUCUAAACCCUCCCUUUGGUCUCUCUGUGAUUCAUUUUGUGUUUUCAAGUGUACUUUUAACAAUGCAGACAGUUUUUUCCAGCCUGUGACAGCCACCAGCUGCCUGGUUAUUCUCUGAGUAUACUUAUCCAUUGUUAAAUUGUCUAAAUUUAUCACCUUUCAACAAAUCAAUAUGGAUUAUUGGAACUACUCUUUUUUGAUCUGUCAACAUUUCCAAUUAAAUUGUCCGUUUAAGAUCUUUCAUAAACAUAACUCCUGACAACGCAGCUGUGUUUGGACCUAAUUGUUUUAAUUUCCACUUUUUUCAGACCCUUGGAAAGCUUUCAGUCACAAUACUAUUUUCAACCUUAAUGCUGAAUUUAUUGCAUUGGUCCAUAUUCUCUCAGAGUAUAUGUUUUGAAAUAAACUUCUCAAUUUCUCCGCUAUAUAUGAUCUCUUCCAGAAUCUCAUUGUUCAGAAAAAUGUAUUUGGCAGGCAAAAUAAUAUAAGGGAAUAUUACAUUGUCAGGGAAACAUAAACCUCCUGCUUUAGAGAAUCUAAUAAGAAUAGUUUUUGUUUUCCUUGGUUGCUUUUUGUGCCAUACGAAAUCCAAAACCUUUUCACUGUUCCCUAGCUUUAACUUGUAGGUAAAUUCUAGAAUAGAAACAUCAACUGUAGCACAAUUCUGCCCAUCCACUUCAUUGUAUUCAUUUCAUUAAUUACAAUUUUUAUAAUGUAUCAGAGAUCUCCUUGUAACUGUGAAUCUGAUCCGAGUUGUUUUAACUAACAGAAUUAUAAAAAUCAAAAUUAACACCACAUCAGGCAGUUAGUUAUAAGAUAUAUGUAAUUUAAGUGAGCUAGUUUAGAUGCAAUGCUAAACUAUUGUUUGGUGUUACAAGAGCAAAUGUUGGUGAGCUUUGGACUAUGUGGGGGAAAGGUUUUAAAAAAAUUGAGUACCUUCUGUAGCAUUUUUUACAGCCAGCUAAAGAGGCAGAAAGGAACAUGCCAUUCAAAAAGGGGAAAUGAAACGAAAAGGUGAGAAAAUUAAGGUUCCUUCCCCUCUUUGAGGUAAAUUUAUUCUCUCUGCUGUCCCUUACUAGUGACAAGGAGCUAUUAUAGCAUGUUGGCAACCACAAUAGAAUCUGACUAGGAAGGAGCCAUGAGGGCCUUGUGUCAUAGGAGAGGAAUUAUGGGAGAUGGGCUCUUUCUUUUAGUCUAUUAUCACUCUAUUCUUCUUAUAAGAAACUUGUCAAAUAGAAUAUUAACAUCUUUAUUAGGACAUACUACACUGUUCUUCACUAGUUACCAGUUCUUUAGUAGGGAACCAAGUUUUCUUAUAUGUGUUGCUGCUUUUUGAAUUAUCCCUUUUUACAAGGGCUACUAGAGAAUAGUCCCGGCUAUUUUUCCAUCUGAUGUCGGAUAUUAUCAAGUAAACUGUGUUUUGGAAAGGAUUUGAGUCUACUAUGUUUCCUACUAAAGAAUCAUUCUUUCUUCAGUUGUGGCUCCAGUUUUCAUUGCCUUUGGCUUUCUCCUAUAUGAAUAGGGGCAGAAGUUAGCAAUAUGUAUUCCACAGAUUGAUUAAAACACUGCUAGGCUGCAUUCACAGUGUGGUUUAUUCCAUUUCCCCAACAUUUCUCUCAGUGUUGAUUUCCAUGUCAUAUCUGAGCUUCCACAAGAUGUAAAAGCAACUUCUAGAAAAAUAGUGGAAUAUAGCACAAGUUUAGGGUUCAUUUCUGUGUUACUUGCAAACUUUUCCUGGAAACAAAUAACAUGGAAAUGAGCACUAAAAUUGUGCUGUUUUCCACUAUAUUUCUGGAAGUGACUUGUAUGUUGUGUGAAAGCUCAGAUAUCAUGCAGAAAUUAACAGUUAGGGGAAUGUUGGGGAACUGGAAUAAACUGCUGUCUGAAUGCAGCCUCAGUGUGAGCUGAAGAGAAACUAGGAAAUAUAGAUCUGUACUUAACUUAAUAUGAUGUUUUCCCUGUUACUUGACAUAUCUCUAAGCCUGAAGCAUCACCAUUCUGAAGCUGUAUAUCCUGCAAAUGCUGCUCUCCGCUCCCUACAAAAUACUUGACAGAGUUCAGUUCCAUAAAUGUAGCAAACAAUCAACCAGUAUUGUUAACCUUUUUACGACUAUAGGUUUGCUUAUGAAAGCACGGAAAGUAGUUGUUGCCUAGCAACCGUCUGAAACUCAGUGCAGAAACAGAGCAUUCAAAUUUCAGGAAAAUAUUAAGGACCAAAAGGGCUUGAAAUUAAGUUUUCAUUAAUUAGUCUGUUGCAAAGCUUGGAAUAUAGCAGAUGUUUGUGUAGACCAAAGUUGCAUACUUAGCUCCACUUACCUGGGAGUAACACUCACUUGAAUUCAGUAGGACUUUAAUCAGAUUAUUCUGCAGAACAAGGAAUUCUGCAGCUGCAGGCUAUGGUACCUUGUCAGAGAUCUGUGAUAAAGUUUAUCUAAUUAAAACAGAAAAAUUAACAUCAGUGCACACAAAGCAAGCAGGUGUUCAUUUCCUAAAGUAGUGGUCCUAUCUCUGGCAUUCUUCUGAGAAUGGCUUCUGAAAGGCUUUCUUUUGGAAAUCUGAUACGGAAAACGGACUGUUUCAGUUCUUUUUAUUUCUCUCUUCACUAAGUUGACUUCUUGCCCUUCUAUAAUAUAAUUAGUUCAAACAGAACUAAUUUAAAGCUGUAACUGCAGCUGUGCAAAUUAGCAGCUGCUUUAACAGCAGAAUUCAUUGCAAACUAUCCUUUGGAGUGCUGUAUUUCAGGCUGGCAGGAGAAUGGUAGCGGCUACUCUCAGACUCUAAAUAGACCUAGUGAAGGUAUUGCUGUAGAGCUGUCUUGUUCACGCCAUCCCAUUUAAGAUGUAAAAACUACCUUCUCUUGUUGAAUCUAGGUGGCAGUAGCAGGAGAUGCUGGAAUCUGCUUAAUGGCUGAUUAAGUAGUGGUAGUUUCAAUAUGCAUUAACUUCCAAAGGUCAGUCAGAGGUCUCAAUCUAGGCUGAAGCAGGCAGUAACCGAAGACUAAGACAAGACAAUCUGACUGCAAAAUCUAUUUUCAGGGAAGCCUUAGGGAGUUUUAAAAUCAAAUUACAUGAGCGGUAACAACUUUUUUGACUUUGCUAUAAAUCACAAGUGCCAAUACAAAUUGCACUGAGAACAUAUUGCGUAUAAUUAGUUUUAGAAGGAUUAAACGGCCUGAGGCAGUCGAUUUUGGAUUGUGAAGCAGGAGUUUGGGAAAACAAAACAUACCUGUUCUCCUGUUGGGGAGCCUGCACCACAUUUUAAUACUAUGAAAAACUUAGUCCUGAAGAAGAUUCUAGUUGCAUUGGGAAUAUGCAGCUGCCAUCUCUUUGCGGGGAUAGUAUUUCACUUACCCCAUUUCUAAGCUGUGAAAAGUUCCAGGAGUAAUUUUACAGGUUUAAGUUUUCUUUGCAUAAGAGAGCGGUGGAAGCAUAUGAUAUCUUUUGCAUAAUUGUAAGUGAAACAAACCCUUCUGAGGAGCACACGUUUGGGUCUUUAGCUAACCGGGAGAAGGAAGCUGCUUGUUCUGUUGUUCUUCUUCUUCUUGUUGCUCCUGAUGCAGGUGGGGAGGGGGGGGUUAGAUAAAAAAGAUGGAAGAGGGCACAUCUGUAUAAUUAUUAUUUUCCCCCUUCAUAUUUUUCCUUGUGGUACUACUGCCAGCCAGAGUAGAUAAUACUGGACUUAUGUUAUAUGUUGUUUAUUUAUAAUAUCUCUUACCUGCACUUCAUUUUCAAGGCACUGCGAGAGCAGGUUACAUUAAAAUCAAUACUAAAUACAUAUUAAAACAGGAUGCCCAAACAACGUACAUAAAUCAAUGAGAUAAGGAAUUCAGCAGACUUCUGUAAAGGCCUAGAUGAAAAAGAGUGUCUUCAGCUGGCACUGAAAACUCAAUAGAUUUGGUGCUAGCUGUACCUGAGAGGAGAAGGGAUUCCAUUAUUGGGACACUGAUCCCCCAAAGGCCUCAUCUCACACGAAGGAUAGCUGGAUGAAUAGUCUAUAGCUUACCAUGAGGCAACUGCAUGUAGUGCUUGAGGUCUCAGGCUUAGAGCUGCCAUCCUUGAACCUGAGCAUUUUAUAGCUAUAUGGACAGAGGAGUGUAGAAUUCAAAGCACUCAUUUUUCUCUGCUAUUCUUUCAUUGGGAAUGGAAAACUAUGAUUCAGGUAGGUACAAUUGUACUUCUUGCUUUUAACUUGCAGGUGGAUAUACUUGGAUGCACCUAGGGAGUCUCCUGAGUAUAUAGAAAUCACUGUUUUGUUUUUCAGUGCUUCGCUUCAAAACUGCUAGGCACCUGAGUUCUGGCUAUGGCAAACAUGGCAGUUUGGUAGCAAAUAGCCACCCAGUCAGCAAGCACAUCCCUGUAUCUGACCUGCAGUGCGCAACCUGACCACCUUGUCUCAUCCUUUCCACCUUUAUAUACCCAAGGGAUUUAUUGCCCAGUACUGGCAGUAAAACAUGCAUGCAUACACCUGACCAGAUUUAUAACUUCUAAUUAGAUGUUGGUAACUUUGUGUACAGUAUAUCAGUGCAAAGCACAGGCUGUCAGCUCAUAGGUAUGCAAAUUGCUUUCAGAUCUCAGGGUUGUGUUUUAAACUACUGACAAGAACAGAAUCGUUCAAAUUUAGCAGCAGCAACUGUUUUUGUCUGGUUUGUAAGUAUUAAAAUACAUCGCUCGUUUCAAAAACCAGGUAACCCAAUAAAAUAUGACGGUCUUUCUGAGGCAUCCAGGCCCUCUGCAAAUCACAGGGGCUAUUGCUCCGCUCAGCUAUUUGUUUGCUCUAAAGAAAUAAAGCCUGUUUUCUUCGAGCAUUCAUAUCUCAUCUAACCAGUGUUACGGUUUGAGGCUUUUAUUAAUACAAUUUACCUUCUUCGCUUUGCAAGAAAUUAAACAUUCGAAGUAAUUAAAUAGGUUUCAUUAGAUUAAAGGAAACACCUGGGUUUGGAAAUGAUCUGUGGUGGGACACCUAAUGAAUAUCUUCAAUAUUGCAGCUGGACUGUUCUUGCUCAUCUGUCUUGGUAAACAGAUGUUGGGUGUCUGUUGAACAACUUCAAGGAUGGCACUUCACUGGUCUCACUGGCCCUCAAUAUCUUGUCCAAACUAUACUGUUCUUGUUUUAAUUUAUUUUCUUAAAAAAAUGACUCCAGAAGUGAAGAUAGCUUCUAGCCAUUUAUCUGGGCUUCAGGUUAUCUAAUGAAACUGCCACAAUGUAUUAAUAUUAGCUUUGGCAUUCCAUAGUUCUAUUGAAUAAAUUUCAGAUUAAAUUCAGUACUUCCACCUUAUGGAUUUUGUAAUGUGAAAACUUCUUCAGGAAAGGGUGUUUGUGUUUAAUUCAUUUAAGCAUAAUGGGCUCAACUUACUGUCUGCAACCUCUUCUUGACUAAAGUUGUUCUGCGUUAUAUAAAAAACUUUGUGUUGCCUUCCUGUUUCCUUUUUCUUGUUUCUCAUUUUCUGUGCAUAUCUUGUUCCCUCUUUUUUCCAGGUGUGCCAAUGCUGUUUGUUAUCCCCUGGGGAAUUGUCAAGUACCUUUAUGAAGAUGUGGGGUUGGUUCAGUUCUGAUUCAUAGCUGAUCGCUUUUGAGGGUUGUGUUUGCUGCGGGGAGGGGAGAGGUCCCAUUUUCCUUUCGCUUGAUUGCUUUGGCAGUGGCUGUUCCAUUGACUGACAUCUUAUCCAUUUGCUCGUGUUGCAGCCUGGUUAGAGCAGAUCAUGUUUUAUGCUAGAAAAGCAUCUCAUUAAGAAAAAAGAAGAGUUCUGAUGACAUUUUGGCAAAAAUAAAUAAGCACAAGCUUUUGCUGGCCAACCAUUUUCUGCAUCAUUAAAUAUGUGUGUCUUUGGAAAGGUAUUCUAUUCUCUAUCCUGGCCCCUUCCUCUCGCUGCCCCUACUAACUCACCACACUGGUCAGAAUGUCUCGAAACCUCUAUUUCCAGUAGUGGCCAUUAUGGACAAGCAUAAUUUGUUAACCAAUCUUGAUUCUGAAGUUAAUCUCCAUGAUGGGGAAAGUGUGUGUCCUAUAAUGGUGUGGCUGUUGAGGGAAAAGGUUGUGUUUUUACUCAAGGUUACAUGAGCUGGGGAUCUUAUAUUUCCAAUGGAUCAUUUUCAGGCACCAGAAGGAAAACACUUUUGUCACAAGUUGUGGUGAUGCCUACUUGCUUAGAUUACUCUAAUACAGAAUAAGACAAAUUAACUGACUUUACCAGUGGCUGCUGGUUAUGAUGCCCAUAUACAAAAGUGUUUUCCUUCUGGUGCUUGAAAAUCAUCCAUUUUUUCUGGCUGGGGAGGGCGAGGUAUAAAUAAAAAUGUAUUAUUAUUAUAUUAUUCUUAUUAUUAUACUGCCUGUAAGAUUAGAGGCAUCGUGCCUCUGAGUACCAGCUGUCCUGCCUAUACAGUUUUCCCAUAAGCAGCUUUCUGGCCACUGUGGGAAAUUGGAAACUGGGCUAGAUAGUUCUAUUCGUCUGAUCCAGCAGGGCUCUACUUACUAUCUUAUGUUCAGUGAUACUGCCAGUAAUAUAUUCUGUCCAGAGGCUGGCAAAAAUUUCCAACUGUGUGUGUUAUGUCUCUAAACAACAUUCCUCUGAUGAAAAUAUGUUAUUCUCAAUAUGUGUCUGAUUUCCUAUUUGCCUUUACUUGAGUUAUUCAGACUUGUUUAUAAAUACACACUCCUAUUUUCUGUGUGGGUGGCCUCUUGUUACAUCAAACUAUAUCACACAAAAGAAAUAAAAAGACAUUACCAUGUACUUCUUGUUCUUUUACCUUUUAUUGUUCAAAUUUGAGCGAAAAUAACAUAGCUUCAAAAAACAUAAUUUAGCAUUCAGUUCCUCAUCAGGUUAUGCAUGCCUUAAUAAACCUCUUCAUCAAACACAUGCAGCUGGGCAACAGGGAUUGCAGUAGGGCAGCCUGGUCUGAUAGUUGCUGCCAUAGUGGCAAACACACUGUUUGUGAUAGUGAGGUGGUAUUUUCAUUCAGCACCAGCAGCCCACUAAUCAUGCUGGAACAACAAAUGCAGCAGGUAUUACUACUUGUAAUCCCCUUUCAAAUGUCACAGCCGCACUCAGUGAAUGUUAAGAGUGGAAGGCUGUGCCAACCAACAUAAAAGUGGUUGUGGUCGUUUGCACACCCACAACAUGCCUACCUAGAAGUAACGGGGGCGGAGGAAGAGCUUGCCACCAUGACACGUUCUUCUAGAGUGCCAAGAAAAAGCCUGAACAUGUGAAAAUAACAUUUUUUAAAAAUGUACCACUUCCUCUCUUCUGUAAUUGGUGGUGGUGGUCCAAUGUUUUGGGCUCCCAGUUCUGUUUUAGGAGAAUUUACUCAGUGGGUGUGUGAAUUAGCUGCUGAGUGCUCCCAUUUUGAGCUAUUUGUCCUUCCAUCAUUAUUUCCUCUUCCUCCUCAGUUCCCUUUCUUUCCCUCUUGUGCUCAGGGAUCAUAAGUGUGGGGGGAAGUAAUGGUUCUUUAUGCUAUGCAUAUUAAUACGUAUACUGCAUUCCCCAGUUGUCACAUAGAUAUAGACCUCAUAUACACCUGACAGGCUGCUGAGCUGCUUACAACCCUUUCAUCUAAUCUGCCUAGUCAUAGGGCAGGGACAUUGCCCUCCCUAUGUUUGUUAAAUGGAGCCAUGUAUUAAUGCUCAUGACUUGGGUACAAAAUGUUGUACUGGCACAAGGAGCAGCCCCAGUCUUGGAAUGGUUGGUAGCGUGCUGAUCUAGGCUACUUCCUCCCAUAAUCCCCUGCCACAAUCACCCUUUCAUGGCUGCCUGCCGCUUAUUCACAGUCCAUUUACAUACCACAUUUUCUGCAGAGCUGUGCUUAAAAAAACAACAGUCUAAACAUAAUAACAAUAAUACAUAGCUUAAAUGCAAUAAUAACAGCAAUUCUUUAAAGACAUAUCAAAGAAAAUUAAGUUGGCAUAAACCAAAGGGAGGCGGGUGGUGCUGUGGUCUAAACCACUGAGCCUAGGGCUUGCUGAUCAGAAGGUCAGUGGUUUGAAUCCCCACGACGGGGUGUGCUCGGUUCCUGCUCCUACCAACCUAGCAGUUUGAAAGCACGCCAAAAAGUGCAAGUAGAUAACCCAGCGGGAAGGUAAAUGGCAUUUCUGUGUGCUGCUCUGGUUUUGCCAGAAGUGGCUUAGUCAUGCUGGCCACAUGACCCGGAAAAACUGUCUGCGGACAAACGUCGGCUCCCUCAGCCAGUACAGCGAGAUGAGCGCCGCAACCCCAGAGUCGUUCACGACUGGACUUAACUGUCAGGGGUCCUUUACCUUUUAUAAACCUUACCAACAGGACAAUUAAUGUAGUGUAGCCCGUAAACUAAUGGCAGUAAUAACUAGCAACUCCUCCAGCUCUUAUUCCUAGACUCAAAGGUCAAAAGUCCCCAUAGAGUUUUGAGCACAGGGUGGGUGAGGCAUGACAGCUGGAAGCAGCCAUGUAUGUCUUAUGCUGGUUAUUAUUUUUUCUUUAGCUACAAGAGCACAAGUUCAUGCCCUGGGUACUAGUUAUGUAUAGCCAGUUCAGUUUGGCACAGGCACUUCGCACAUUAACCUGAGUUGGCGUAAAGUGUAUGAGCAUAGUGGGCAACGCACAUGCUAAGGACCAGUCCUGGCUUUCCAGCAUGCAGUCCUAAGUAUUUGAAGAAUUAUAUCUCCACGGUGUAUGGUACUGCAAGCUCCUGUGCAUGCAAAAGUGUGAAAUGACUCUUAAGAACCAGCUCCAGUGUUGCACUGAGUGUGUCCCCCCUUAAAAUAAUGUGCUGUCAUUGUGGAGUGUACGUAUAAUGAAUUAUUAGGCAUUGAAAAUUGUACUGACUAUUAAAAUUCUUUUGAUUACAUAAUUCAUUUUUGUAAUGAACCUGUUCACGUUGUAUCUGUUUUGAACCCACUCUGAACGCAUUAAUUUCAGAAAAAUGAAUGUAUAAAUAGACUGGAUGUUUGUGUGACAGUCAUGCUACCAGCCACGCUGGGUGUCAUGCCAUCUGAGGGAGGGUGUGUUCAACUAACACAGAAUGUACCCUUCUUCUCAGCCUACUCCCCCACUUUUAAAGCACACCAGACAAGAUGUUAAUUACUCUGAGAGAGUUCUUAUGGAUGUGAAUUGUACACCUGGCUCAUACUUUUGUGUGUGUCAAAUUGCCCGUCAAAAAUAUUCCUAGCAUUUUCUGAAGUUCUAGUCUAAAGCCAGAUCAAACUAAGUAAGACCUUGACAAGGACCAUUUUUGUUCUGAUGAUCAGUAUAGGUAAGGUAAUGGUAAAGGUACCCCUGCCCGUACGGGCCAGUCGUGUCCGACUCUAGGGUUGUGCGCCCAUCUCACUUAAGAGGCCGGGGGCCAGUGCUGUCUGGAGACACUUCCGGGUCACGUGGCCAGCGUGACAAGCUGCAUCUGGCGAGCCAGCGCAGCACUCGGAAACGCCGUUUACCUUCCCGCUAGUAAGCAGUCCCUAUUUAUCUACUUGCACCCGGGGGUGCUUUCGAACUGCUAGGUUGGCAGGCGCUGGGACCAAGCAACGGGAGCGCACCCCGCGGCGGGGAUUUGAACCACCGACCUGACGAUCGGCAAGUCCUAGGCGCUGAGGUUUUACCCACAGCGCCACCCGCGUCCCUGAUGAUCAGUAUACAGUACCUUAAAAACCAGACAUCUUCCAAUCCCUGCUACUAAGCAUGCUGCAAACUCAGUAGUUUUUUUGGCAAUGUAAAAAUGUGUCAGGAAUGUUCAUGUUGAAUUGCUUGCCUUUUGUGUUACUCAAAGCUGGCUUAUGAUUUCUAUUAAACAAAACCCACUGUCUGAUGCAUUCAGCAGGCCCUAAUGGGCAAUUUGGGUAAACUAAAACUUGUAUAAAUAUUUCUAAAAUGGUAUAAUAACUAACCUUGUGCCUUUUCUUCUCUAUAAAGUGCAAGGUUUCUGUGCCUUAGGCUCAACAGUUACCCUUUGUCUCUGUGAUGCUACAGUAGAUGUGCAGCAGAUUGUAAAUUGCAUUUGUGACUGGAAUAACUCCUUGCUUAGGAGGGAUAUUAAGAAAUGAAUAAUGUCCAGACCACAGUGGUUCAAAGCAACUGACAGUUCUAAAUGUGUACGGUACUGAAAAUCAAUAAUUUUAAACAAUAAAGACAGAGAACCCCAUCAUAAGUGGGCAGCUCUUUUACAUAAAUGGUACAAGUUAGCUUUUAUAAAACAGGUUGUUAGAAAGGGUGGAAUUUUUAUUUAGUUGCAAUUCAGUGGAUGAGUCUUGUUUACCAAGCAAGGCCAAAUGUAAAUAAAAUUGGAAAGGAAUCCUCUCCUUUCCCAGUUCUGCUCACUUAUUACUUUGGCAGGUGACCAGGGUUUUUUGUUUGUAUAUUUGUUUUUUGCCCCCUUGUGGUAAUAUGUUGGCUUAGUUGUUAGUCAGUCUUGCAAAACUUAUUCCUGUUGUAUGGUGCCCUUUGGCUGCUGCUUAGGUACUGUGGUAAAGACUGAUCACAUCGAACCAUUAUGAUGAUCUAUUUUGGGAUAGAAUAGCCCAAAUUUAAAAAAACAAAAAAGGGAGACUAAAUUUCUAUGUAGUGGUUGGGGCCACAUGUAAGAUACCCAAUUCAGAAUGUACGUACUGUCUUAGCUUUCUGCAGUACUGGUGUAACAACAUAAACCACCAAAUUCUGGUGUAGCAAUUUCAUUCUUAAGCCCUUGUUUACUCAUGCAUGCAGUUAUAAAAUAUAUUUGAAAUUCUGCUUGCUAAGGACCAUCUGGCCCAGGAAUGUUUGCACUGCUGAACAGUGAGCAGUCCUCAGAAUGAUGGCAGAGUCCAGUGUGGAAUUUAGGAAGUGCAGACUUAGGGGCUCUUGUUCAGCCUCUUAUUUUCACUCUGAUCUGCUGUGGAUUUGCAGCACUUGAGGGUUAGAAAAGAUGAAUGAGUGUAUUUGAUCCCAAAUAUUUCCCAGCACACACACACACACACACACACACACAGACUUAAGGUAUACCCCAAGGCAUGUACAGAAAUGUACAGUGGUGCCUCGCAAGACGAAAUUAAUUCGUUCCGCGAGUUUUUUCGUCUAGCGAAUUUUUCGUCUUGCGAAGCACGAAAUCCCAUAGGAAUGCAUUGAAAUUCAAUUAAUGCGUUCCUAUGGUCAAGAAAAGUCCAAACAAAGCCAAAUUUGGUACAACAAGAGUUUAUUAAGUGCUCUUUAAAGUCACACAUACUGUAAAGAGCAUUUCAAAAAUUGAAGGAACAAUAAAUUAAGUUUCUAAACAUGACAGAAAAACAUUUAAAAAUCAACAAAGUGUACAGUACAUUUUCUAAGACUCUGGGGGACAACUCGAAGAAGGUUCCUCUUCCACUCUUUGCUUCUUGCUGAAGAACCCCCUCCUCAAUUUUCCCCCAGCCACCCACCACACAGAAAUUCAAAUCCAGAAAUUUUUUUAAAAACAGCAGAGUGGCCCAAUGGUCACAGAAAAUCAGAAAAAUUCAGAAAAAAACCACACAAGCUUCCAGAUUCUUGCAAACCCCUCCUCAACUGUUCCCCCAGCCACCCACCACACAGAAAUUCAAAUCCAGAAAUUUUUUUAAAAACAGCAGAGUGGCCCAAUGGUCACAGAAAAUCAUAAAAAUGCAGGGGAAAAAAACACAAGCUUCCAGAUUCUUGCAAACCCCUCCCCAACACCAAGUCCUUGAAUUCCAAACACCCCAACCCAAAAUCCAAAACCCCCAAAAAGUUUUAAAAGUUUAACUUACCAAAUGGCUGCAAAAGAAGUUUUGGAAAAGCUUCAAAAAUCACCAAAGUCUUCAAAAACCUCAAAAAGGCUACCACACCGCGUUCUAUGAGUUGCUCCUCGAAGUCAAGUCGCAACUGUAUUAACGGUGUUAAGAAAAAGAAACAAACUUGCAAGACGUUUUCGUUUUUCGUCUUGCGAAGCAAGCCCAUAGGGAAGUUCGUCUUGCGAAGCAGCUCAAAAAACGCAAAACCCUUUCGUCUAGCGAGUUUUUCGUCUUGCGAGGCAUUCGUCUUGCGGGGCACCACUGUAAUUUGAUCUUCAAUAAAGACUCCACUUAUGUGGUAAACCUGUGUCUGCAGGGUCUCCUUUCAGGCUGCAAGUGGAAGUUUUGCAUAACUGAAUGUUCCUCUAUAUAGAAAAUUCUCUGUACAUAGAAAACAUAACUAGGCUAAGAAUCCCUUUCCCUGAUGUUUUCCAUGAAGAGGCAAUUUUCUGAAUGGAGUAAGAUUUAGUUGUUACCCGCAGGGAAGUGGUACAGCCCAGACAAAAGCUUACCACCUCAAUGAGAAUCUGGCCUCUCUGACAAAGAAAGAUAUAAAUAAAGAAGACAUCUGAAGGCAGCCCUGUACAGGGAGGUUUUUAACGUUUGAGGUUUUCUGUGUUUCAAUAAUUUGUUGGAAGCUGCCCAGAGUGGCUGGAACAACCCAGUCAGAUGGGCAGCUGCUAACAACAACAACAACAACAACAACAACAACAACAACAACAACAAGAGUUGGCAUCCUUGAACAUAUGAAUCUUUCCCAGAGUGAAUGUGAUCUAGUGAAAUUCUAAAUACUACUCUGAGAAGUGAUAACUGUGCUCUGCUGUCUUUGACUCCUCAACUUAGAUUUAGAUCUUACUGAAGCAUUUAUAAUGGAUGCUGAUGAUUGCAUUAAGCUUUGGGAUUUAAUAACAUAGGCUUGGGAAAGUACAAAGGAACUAGGCAGUGUGUGCAGAUAAGUUACUUACAUUUUCCUACCCCUUUUUGUUUUUCUGGCAUUUUAAUUUUACUGUAAUGAUGUUUUGAUUGCACAUUGGUAUACAUUUAAAAGCAGUUAAAGCUGUGGUGUGCUGUAAGAAGCCAAUUAAUGCACAAGGAAGUCUAACAGAAUUUAAUGCCCAGCACCAUUACUCAACCUAUAUCAUUAUACCAGAAAACAUUUAAAUUUGUUCUAACGCUAUUCAGAGGAAAGCAAACCUUUUUCCCAGCACACUUAUUAUCCAGAAAUAAUUCUUAAGUUGGACCGAAUAAUAUGCCAUAAAGCUGUUCCUUGGUCACAUGUAUCCCUGAAGUGACUUUCCUGCGACCAAGUCCUUCCUCAGAGAACUACUGGCAAUAAUAUCAUAAACACACUUUUCCUAUGCUUUAAUAGCCAUGUUCACACAUUACAGAAACCCAGAAACCAUGGCUUGCUGUGAACUAGUACCAUGCUAAUGCAUGUGAAUAAAUUGCUCCUGUUUUGAUGCUGCCUUUCUUGAGUGGUGGGCAACAACCUUGGUUUACCAUGUUGUCUAAAGUAGCAGUUGUGGUUCAUUUCUCCCAAGCAAACCCUGAAUGGUAAGCCAAGAAAAAAGCUUGGAUUAACAUCAUAGUUUGUUGCUCUCAGCUCAGCAUAGAAAAGAGCAAAAGGAGAGCAGUUCUGCAGUGUACACUAGCCCUCAACUUGUUCAUGGUAGUCCAUGGUCUAUACAUGUGAAUGUGGCCAGUGGCUAAAACAUCAUUGAACAUUAUCUAGGAAAAAACUGAUAUUUAAAAAUAAAUUUGUGAUGCAAAGUCCACUGGAAAGCGGUAAAACCACCUGAAACUGAGGGGACCAUUCUGGAACUAAAACUACCACUCCACCUUUUUCCAUGCUUUGAGAGUGUUUACUUGUUAGUUCAUGUGUUUGGAUGCAUGUUAGCAGGCUUUCUAUAUGCUGCAGAGUGGGUAACAUAAAUGAUGCACCAAUGGAGCUAUAAUAGCCCAUCCCUACGUCAUAGUCUGUGCAUUUGUUGUAGCGUGGUGCAUAUAUGUUUGUUUGUAAUGCCCAUGGUGAGGUUGAUAAUUCACAAUGCAUAACCCAUACUUCUCACAACUGGUUUAACCUUUUAAUAAGACAGUUUUCAUGAGCCCUGGUACCUCUCCAUCUAGCCAACGUUCUGUCACACUCUUGUGGAAACAAGAAACCAUACAGGAUGGGGCUAGGCAGGCUUUGUUGGCAUUGGCUGAGGAGCAGUUCAUGUCUUUACUCCAUUCCAUAUAAACUGGAUCACAACUUAUGAGGAAAAGGAAAUUAUUGCAUUCAGGGAUACCAUUGCAGUAAAGGGCAAAUCAUGUCUCUCCACCCUAACACUGGGUGGCCUGACCUCACUGCCAGGAAUUUUGCAGGGGGUGGGGAGGGAUGCACACUGUACAAUACCAUGGGUCCCUGCUACAUACAAGACACCUCUGUGGGCACACACACAGAUACACACAUCAUAAGAAUGCAUAUAUUGCUAGUCUUCAGUACUGCUGAAUAACUUAGUUACAAAAAGAUUUAUCAAGUGUUCUUCUCAAACAAGAGGAGGCACUCUGCAUGUUACUGGGAGAACAUGCUUGGCUUUUCUUAACUGCAGAGAAUUUCUAAACAAAAAUAGACUAUUUUUGAGGAGGAAGCCUACACCAAUAAACUACUGUGGAUGCCAUAGGCUUGUUUUCUUUCUGUCAUCUUCAUAAAAUAAUUCAGAUGGGAUGGAGAAGAUAAUCAAUGAAAGUCCAAACAAGCUAGGUGUUUGAACUGAUAACAGAGAGCAGGAAAAUUGUGGCAAACCUAGAAUUCUGACCAAAAUGACACACUGUGAAGAAAGAAGAGUUGGUACAAGGAUUUUAUAAUGGGGGUUAAAACAUUGCUAGUAUCAAGGUGGAUCACAACUCAGACUUUCUAGUAUGUGGGAGGAGAUUGACUAACAAAAUUCACAGGGGCUUAUAUUCUGACUUCUAAUAAAAUAAUUCUCCAUAAUCAUUUAUUGAUAAUUCAUGACAAAUUGUGGUGGAGAAAUUUGUCAUACGAAAGCAGAAAGAGAGGCUUAAGAGCAACCAGUUUAGCAGUGAUUGUUGCAGAUUAGCCUAAACCUUUCUCUUCGGCAAGCAAGCAGUUACAUCCAUCUGUGCAAUGUACCGUGCUGGUUUGCUAGCACUUGCUGUUGUUUUCCAUCUAUGCUGCCGAGACGUGUGAUGAUGAGGAAAUUAUUGCAUGUAUGUACUAAAGUUUUCCCCUGCCUGUCUUGUUUUACUUCUCUAGCUGCUGGAACAAGAAUCUUAACAUGAACUACUGGCUGAUCAUCAGGGUGCCUAUCCUUGUUGCUAUAGGGGUGAGUGAUCAGGAAUCUUUGCAGAAAAUUUAGUGUGUUCCAGAGACAAAAGAAAGAGAUGGAAAUAUUAUUGUACUGGUGUGCACCUCCACUAACAAAUGUAUUUUGUACUGAAGUAGAGAAUGUGGUAGGUAAUGCCCUUGGUUUUUAACUAUCAUGUUUGUAGAGGAUGAGUUUGUGGGGACACUUUACUUAUUCUUGACCUUGGUGUCCAUCACAUAAACAAGUCACUUGUAGCUUAAAAUGGCACCUUCUUCACAGUUUCCAUACUGGUCUGCAAGCAGACCAGACAUACAGUAAUUUGCACUCCCCAGAAGAAGUAUGCUUCGCACUCUGAAGUAGCAUUGACAACAAAUACAUAAUUAGUGCUUCUUACCUAUACAGUCUAAAACAGUGGUUCCCAACCUUUUUUUGGCCAUACGCCACCUAAGCAUCUCUAAAAUCCUGAUUCCCCCUCCCCAUGACAUAUAAUUCUUAUUAUUCAAAAAGUGAUCACCUAUUCACGUGGAGGAAGCCUAAAAGACCAUUAACUGUUAAUAACUCAUUCUUAAAUUUCCCCCUUAAAAAUCAAAUUGCCCCUGUGUUGGGAACCACUGGUCUAAAAGAAACCUUUCAAUGUACAUUGCCAAGUGUAAAUUAACCUAUUUAUUACAUCUGUAUACCACCCUAUUGCAGAACUCUCAGGGCGGUUUACAAGCACAUUAAUUAAAACAGUGAAAGGCAAUCAUAAACAGAGGAUCAUUAAAAGCAACAAUAAAUUAACCAACACCACGUCUACAUCUUGACUCUAGAAUAAUUACUGUCAAGGUACAUGGAUUAUCCUGAUGAUUUCCUUUAAAAAAAUUGGUUCCAUCAACAACAUACCUGAAAAACAGUGCACUCCCCACAAGACACCUACAAAACUGUAAUUUGUAGCAGUGAGCUACAAAUACAUUUACAAAUUCAUCUGAUACAAAUUUUAUACAUCUGGAGAGAGAGACUGGACAGAUGAAACCAUUAUUUGUAAGGUCUACUUUGUUUACAAGAUGAACUCCAGUUGUGGAUCACUAGCUACUCCAGGACGCAAAUCAUGUGGGCACAGCCUUCUUUCUUGAACUUGGUGAACAAAUAUUCAUUUUAUGUACAGUGGUGCCUCGCAAGACGAAAUUAAUUCGUUCCGCGAGUUUUGUCGUCUUGCGAUUUUUUCGUCUUGUGAAGCACGGUGUCGGGAAAGUUUUGGAAAAGCUUCAAAAAUCACCAAAGUCUUUAAAAACCUCAAAAAAGGCUACCACACCGCGUUCUAUGAGUUGCUCCUCGAAGUCAAGUCGCAACUGUAUUAACGGUGCUAAGAAAAAGGAAACAAACUUGCAAGAUGUUUCCGUCUUGCGAAGCAAGCCCAUAGGGAAAAUCGUCUUGCGAAGUAGCUCAAAAAACAAAAAACCCUUUCGUCUAGUGAGUUUUUUGUCUUGCGAGGCAUUCGUCUUGCGAGGUACCACUGUACAGUAUUACUCUUCAAGUUUGAGUAGCAUACGCCAGAUACUUGGCUCCUGCAGAUUACAGGUUAGGUGACUUCUUGCAGAGGACCAUGUUUUCAAGUAUAGAGAGAUGGAUGGAACCUGGCAAAGGGCAGUCUGCAUAUCUCGACAAUAAUCUUUCUAGUUUCCAAAAAACUUUGCCCUAUGAAUUUACACUUGGUAUUUGCAUUUAAAAAUAAUUGUCUGUGAGUGGUUUAUGCUUUUUCAGAGUGUGAGGCACUCUGAAAAGGGCUAAACUACCUGGCAGAUGAUACUUCUGUAGAGUCUUAGAAUUAAUAGAAGUUUACUUUAAAAGAUGCACCGUUUAAUCCUUGACUUUUUGUUUUAUCCAGGUAAAUUUCCUGAUCUUUAUCAGGGUUAUUUGCAUCAUCAUUUCUAAGCUGCAAGCCAACCUGUUGCGCAAAACUGACAUAAAAUGCAGGUGAGUCAUCUUGGCAGCAAACCUAUUCAGUGCUUAUCUUAGGAGAAAGUGCUUGCAGGAACGGAUUAAAUGACAUCAUUUCAGAUUGCAGCUAGUAGGUGGCACUGAGCGGAAGCUAUCACAGUUUGAUUGCAUAUGGGGAGCUUCUAUUUGUUUUUAAAUAAGAGGAAGUGUUCAGCUUUUUUCAAGUCAAUACCAAAAACAAAGAAUUAUACAAGUGUUUGGGGAGUAAUGAUGCAGAGAAAAACUGGCAAUAUGAGCCGAUACCCAUAACAAAGGACAGAGGUGGGAAACCUCUGGCCCACUUGCCUCUCCACAAUCCCCAGCUGAUCAAGAAAUUGUGGCAGGGAAGGACUGCGGCUAAGUGCUGCUGCUGAGUUGCUGAUGGAUGAAAACAUGACUACGUUUCUAUGCUGUGUGGUGGUAAAAGGGAGUCCCUUCCUCAGUGCAGAGCACAGAAGCUGCAAAAGCUGAAAGUAUGUGUCAGAAUGAAUGUGGUGUGUUUAAGAACCUGAGCAAGGCAUUAUGUGUGUGCGCGCAUGCUUUGGCCCUGACCACUUUCCUCUCAAGGGAAUACAGACAUUGGGGCAGAGGGGCAGUUUUCCAACCCUACUUAACAGUAAACAUUGAGUCAGAUGCUUGAAGAGGUAGCUAGUUCUAUUUUUUUUGCACAUCCCUUCGCAGCACACAGGGUCAUGGUAACGCAGUUACAAAUCCUUUCCUAGCAGUGACAUCUCUGUCCUGCUGUAUCAGCUUGUCCUUGACUUCCCACGUCAUAUAUGUUCGAACAUUGUGUUUAUGCAGAGCCUGCUUUCCGACAUCAGAAUCAAGAAUUCUAGUUUCUCCUGCUUCCUUUUCAUUCAGUUCUUUUUAAUCAUUGGUCUCUCGGAAGUGUAAAGUAAAAUAUAUUGACACUAAUAAAUUAUUAUUAUUAUUAUUAUUACUACUACUACUACUACUACUAAGGUUUCACUAGCCAUUUCCGUGGGUUUUGGAGCAUAUGUCCAGUAAAUAUAUACUCUUACUGCAUCACAGUAGUUCUCUUAAUUUUCUCAAAGUUAGUUAUCAACGAAUGUGUUGAUGGUGAUUUGAAGAUGUCACAAGUUAUAGAAUACUAAUACAAAUCCUUCAGCAGGACUUUUGCCUAAUGAUUGCCAAGAACUUGAUGGCCUCUGUGAGAAUAUUUUGUAGUAGCUAGAGUGCAUUUGAUCUCCAAAAGCCACGCAGCACAUGGUGAUCCCACAGAGGGGAGGCAAUUCUGGAGCCUAGUACAGAUGGUAUAGUCUGGGGUGCAAUGUAUUGCUCUUUAUGCUCAUUUAUUGUUUUUAUGCUACUACCUCUACAUUUUUAAUAUUCUGUUAUUGUACCAAUAAUUAAUUAAUAGGAAUAGUUCAAUCCAGGUGAGCAAGUACUCACCAUUUACAAAUGGGGGGAAACUGACACUCAAGAAUGCCCAAGUUUGUGAACAAGACAUAUAAUGGUGCUUGAGAGAGGAACAUAGGGGAUUUGAAAGAAGGUGAUAAAUGGUACACAUGAAACUGAAAAGGACAUCGGGAAAGUAAAAGUCUACAAACAUAUGAAUUACUCAAUAUAAGCUGCAUCUAUUUAUUAUUUGAGCAUUAGAAUAUUAAAAGUGUAAUUUGCUUAAGAUAACCCAAACAAGUACAUGUUUGAGCUGGGACCAGUUCAUAAGGGUCUUCCAAAGACUUUGUUUUCUGUUCUGAUACUGCCCUUUUGCUAAAGUUUCCUUUGCUUUCUAUUCUCUAGAUUGGCCAAAUCUACGCUGACUCUGAUUCCACUGUUGGGGACCCACGAGAUUGUAUUUGCUUACAUUACUGAUGAGCAUGCCCAAGGAACAUUGCGCUUUGUGAAGCUCCUUUUUGAACUCUCCUCCUCUUCCUUUCAGGUAGUACCCAGCAAUUGUGUGUUCAGAGCAACAUUUAUCACCAGUGCUUCAAGCAAAACAGACCAGUUUCAAAAAUAAAAUGAUGCACAAUUAUAAAAAUCAAUUGAGUACCCUGCAUUUAGAACCCUUCUCAAUGCAGAUGCAUCAAUUAAUACUUAGCAGAAUAACUGGGAAAGAGAUCUAGGGCAUCAGAUCCGAACCGCCAUCUGGAAUUGGAUAUGGCCAAAUAUUUUCCAAUGAAUAAUCAACACAAAUUUAAAUGAAAGCUUUUAUAAGUUCAUUUUUCAUUGGCACUCAGUGCCUGUAAGGCUUAAUUGUAUUUACGCCACAGCAUGCUGAAGAUGCAAAGAAACAAAUACAAACAUAGGCUAUAUUUUUUUGGUCUUCCUUAAAAUUAGAACUUUUUGGACAAGUAUUUAAAAAGAAAUUGAAAUAAUAAUGGGCCUAUUUUUAUGAAAUUCAUUGGUUGUAAAAAAAAAAAAGGUAAAGGACCCCUGACAGUUAAGUCCAGUCGCGGAUGACUCUAGGGUGGCGGCGCUCAUCUCACUUUACAGGCUGAGGGAGCCAAUGUUUGUCCACAGACAGUUUUUCUGGGUCAUGUGGCCAGCAUGACUAAGCCGCUUCUGGUACAACAGAACACUGAAACCAGAGCAGCGCACGGAAUUGCCAUUUACCUUCCCGCCAGAGCAGUACCUAUUUAUCUACUUGCACUUUUUUAGCAUGCUUUAUUAUUUGUCUAAUGUGAAAACUUAGUUAGAUGGCUGCCCUGGGUUGCUUCUCAGCCAGCACAGUGCUGUUGGGACAACAGGCAAUUGAAGAGGGUGGUAACCCAACCUAGUGUUUUGAACUACAACUCUUUGCUCGCUGGGGCUACUGGGAGCCUGAUACAGUAGGCUGUUCUUUUGUUUUUAUCACAUUUCCAUCAGAGCAUUAGAAAGGUUUUUGCUUCCUCCCACAACAGUCGCUAAACAAGGAAGUCGGGGGACAUGAGCCUCACAGAAGUACCAAGCACUGGCGCUGAUUUUUGCAGUAUGGUAAAUGAACUAUCAUCCCUGAGCCUGCUAAUCUAUUUGAACUAGCAGUGAUCAGCAUGAAGAUGUCCAUCUGCAUAAGAGGUGUCACUCGUGCUAUCACUCACAAAUCUGGAUUUUAAUUGUGAAAGUCCUGAUUGCCCAUCUAUUUGCUGUAUCUGCUGCUUUUUUAUGCUGAAACAGUCACUGUUCUGUUGCAUCUGUUUAUGUAUUUAUUAUUACAUGUAUAUCCUUCUCUUCCUCUGUGGAGCACAAGGUUCUCCCCUUCCCAAGUUAUCACCACAACCACCUAAGGUCACCUAGUGAGGAUCAUGGCUGAGCAGGGAUUUGAACCCAGGUCUCCCAGGUCAGAGUCCAACACUAACCAAUACAACACACUGACUCCUCCAUCACUUUUAUGGAGAAAAAGGCACAUUGUUAAAUUGCAAAUAAAUUGAAUUUAAGUGCCACAUUAUAGGAGCUGCUUCUUCAAGUCCUGAGUCAGCAGGGUAUUACUCAGAUUAUAGGGAUGACGUCUUUUGCAUUCUUUUCUCAAGAUGUACUUGUAGCAGGAUUAGAUAUAGUUUCCUCUCCUAGCUAGUUUGGCUAAUGAAGUUUAAUGCAAGAAUGAGUAUGAAUUAUCUAACUUAUAUUUGUUGUUGUACUGAUUUUUCCCCCAGGGUCUUCUGGUUGCAGUUCUCUACUGUUUUAACAACAGUGAGGUAAGAUGCAUGUAUUUUGCAGUAUUACCUUCCAUACAAAGAGAGAGAGAGAGAGAGAGAGAGAAGAAUGUUUUCAAGUAAUUUAGUUGACAGAAAACUAAAGCAUUCAGAUAGCGGUUCUCUACAAAUAUAUCAAAGUAGCAGUAUGGAGAAUUAGAAGGUCAUUGUAUUAAUUUCUGAGUAAAUAAAGAGGUAGGUUAUAAUAAAGCCCUGAUAUGUUGAGAGUUGUAGUUGAAGACCUCUAUAGUCCUUGAUCUUGGUACAAGAAUAGUUGUAUGAUGACAUCCCUUUGCUUGUUAACUUGAAUUAUGUAUCAGGAUUGGAGGAAUUUUUGUUGCACAGCCUUAUUAUCUUGUUGCCAAAUUGGAUUUUGUUGACCCUGCCAGAAUACAAUUUAGAAGGAUUACAUUACUUGAAUGAAAACAAGGACUCUGAAAAGCUUAAACACUUGAAUAGUUUGGUCACCAUUUUAUAAGCCUCUUCCCCCUUCUCUUCUGUGUGUGCAGAUCUGUCUCCCCCCUCAUUACGUUCCCAAUUUUCUCCUCCUCACUCUUGAAUUCUCCCCUCACCCCUUUGCUUUCUCACACACAUUUCUUUCCACAACCCUAUACUUCCUUAUGUGUUGCUGCUGCUUUCUUUUUCUUUGUUCCCUCCUGCCCUCACCAGUGGGGGAAAAAAGAUAGGGUUUUUCCCCCCUAGUGUUUUUGUGUUUGGUUUCCAUUAAAUAGAUUCCCUCCCUAUUUUAGAGAUAACACAGUAAUUUAAAAUUAGCUGAACUAUAAAAUAACAGUUGUAACAAUAUGUUAAAGAUAAGUAAAAAUUUGUCAGUUUUAGACCCCUAAGUAGUAGCAGUUGCCAGGACAUUACCCCAUUUGCUUCUACGUAGUUCCAUCCUUAUUUCAGACAUCAUGAUACAUUGGCAUAUCACAAUGUUUAGCUGGUAUCACGAUGUUGAAAACGACAUCACCCAGCCCUAGUAGGCAAUAAUCUGGGUUGGUUUCUCUUUUUUGUGUGAAAUUUUGAUCAGAACAGAGCGAUAUCUUCAAGGCAGUGUUGUAGAACUUGCAUGUCUUCGCAGUGGACGCCAGAUCCCUGUGCCUGAGGGGGUCUCAGAAACUUCAUUUUAGGGACUGGCCACCUGUCAGAUUUGGCCCACCAGGGUUGUGAAGAUUAAGAUCUGGACCACCUGCUUUAAUAUGUGCCACAGGAUUCUUUGCUGUUGCUUUCUGCAACAGGCUAAUAUGACUAGCCUUUGGAAAACAUCAUAAACAGUAAGAGACCUCAUAAUGGAUUUUUUUCUCUCUUAACAGUAAUAUCUACAGUACAAGACCUACCUCUUGUACUGUGAUGAAUUAGCUGGCUUAUGCUUGCACAAUUAUCCAUUUACAAGAGGGACAUAGUAUUUCCUUAUUAAGUAUCCUCUAUUUUUGUGCAAAAAGCUAAUUCUAGCUGAUGUGAUAAGUGGCUUUGCUGCUGCUUCUAAUUUUGCUGCUAUCGUGAUGGAUCAAAUCUUAGUGUACACAUUGUGCAGCUCUGAAUAAAAAAUUAACUAUUUAAAUCCGCAGUUCCCACCUGUGCACCCUUUUUACUCUUGUAACUGGACCCCAAACAUUUUGCUUAACAGAUGAUUAGUGCAGAUCCAUGUUCAAAGAUGGAACCUAAAGUUACUCAGUUGGUAGAGCAUGAGGCUCUUCACCUCAGGGUCAUUGGUUUGGGCACCACGUUGGGCAAAAGAUUCCUGCUUUGCAGGCAGUUGAAUUAGAUGACCCUCAUAGUCCCUUCCAACUCUACGAUUCUAUUGCAUUCCAUUUGGAUCUAUAGUUCUAGUUUAAGAUAAGUACUGUAAGGCCUAAUGGUGAGCUGUCCUUAAUCAGUACAGUUUUGGAGCUUUCAGUUCAUAGGUACUUGAGAAAGUGGCUUAUGGGGCAGCCAAGGAAGCUCCUGGGGGCUGGGGGAGAAACCAGAGAGUAGUACAUCAUCGACACCCUUGUCCAAGCUUACAGGGGGGGGGGGGGAAUGCUACAGAACUGGAUCUCUAAUAGCUUAAAAAAAAAAUAAUUUGCUUUAUACAAAUGCUAUUUCCCCCUUACCAAUAGCCUAAGAACAGAUAUCUCUAAUAGAUUUGAACAUGUUGUACCAACUUUGCUGCCUGCUUAUGUGCUAAGUUUCUUUCACAUGUCACUAGACUUGGUCUUGCAGUGACAAUUGGAUUUAAACGCUACUUUCCCCCAUUAAAUUUUUUUAGGAAAUGAGAAAACGAGAUGGGGUGAGCCUACUUUUGCGGCUUUUCCAAUUUGUAUCCACACCCAACCAUAGUGACUUAAAAUACUCUCUUUUCACUUACAUUGUGUGUGUGCGUGUGUGUGUGUGUGUGUGUGUGUGUGUGUGCGCGUGCGUUCUUAGCACUCCAAUCCUCCCCUUUUUUUGUUGCUGUGGAUCUCAAAGUCAGCAUAACGGCAUUUGCCAGGUGAUUGCCCCCUCAGUCCAGUCCUAUGCAUCUUUACCCAGCAGUAAGUCCCUCUCACUUCAAGGGCACUCCCAAGUAACAGCACAAUCCUAGCCAUGUCUAUUCAGAAGUAUGUCAGUGUGGUUCAACAGGGGUAGGAUUAAAGCUUGUGCAUGCCUAGAAUUUCAGUCUUAUGCAAGUUUUUAAAACUGUUGAAUUAACAUUCUAUAAAUUGUGGUCUUUAGCUCUAUCUAUAUGCAGAAAUACACUUGUUGACAGUCACAGUGAGUAUCUUGGAUUCUCAAAAUGGCGUUGAAGCAGGAAAUUCAGACUAGUUUGAACCAUGUGCCCUCUUAACUUUAGAUCAACGGGUUGCUGCAAGGAGUUCAGUUAAGGCAUACAUCUAUUUAUAGACGAAGGAGAGAGGGCUAUUAUUUUUGGUUAUGAAACUACCUAUGAAGGACUGAUUAAGUAAUUACAGAAAUUAUCUGAAACAAUAACAAGGGAGCUUUAGAACCUUGCCAGUGUUUAAUUAUAUGGGAUAUUUCAUCUUUUCUUAGUGCUACAAUAGAAGUGGCUCAAAACUGGAUUAUUCCCCUUUCACUCUCUCUUGCCUUUUUGUUUCCUUAUGCAAGGUUCGGACAGAAUUUCAGAAAAGCUGGGAGCGCUGGCGACUAGAGCACUUUUAUGUCCGCAGAGACAGCAACAUGAAGCCUCUCAAGUACCCAGCCAACAGUAUAAGCAGCGGAGGUACCCUGGGGAGCACAGUCUAUGCUGCCACUUUCCAGGCUACAUUCAGCUAA